AUUCACAGAGCCAGCGGGUUGCUCGCCUUGGCUUAGAAUCUGGAUCCCUAAGGACUUGAGAGCUCGCAUCAGAAUAGCUUCCAUCGCCUCGACCGAGAGCUUCUCGAGGACAAUAACGCGGCAGCGACUCAGAAGAGCCGAAUUGACCUGGAAAGAAGGGUUUUCGGUGGUUGCCCCGAUCAGCGUCACGGUCCCGCACUCAACGUGAGGAAGGAAGGUAUCCUGGAAAUGGGAGGGAAACAGAAGAAACUGGUCCCCAUCAAUGACAACUUGAGGCAUUCCCUGUGAGUACAAUUAAUUCACAAUCGCAAUUGCGAUUUUCCGUUUGCUCAGAGACUGAAGCAGUUCCGUUUGGGACGUUUCGCUGGCAGCUCGUCCAAAAACCAAACUAGAUGCUCUUGUUUUCCCCCCAUACAUAAUUAAGGUGUGUGUGGUUUUCACUGAGAUGGCAGUGCAUCUCUCCUUUCCUCUACCUUCAACAGAACCAGGAUCUCUCUUCCCCAGGAGUGACCAGGACCCUUAAAGAAAAGUCUCCUAGCUGUGUGGUGGUGGCAGCAGUGGGGGGGCAACCUCUGUUCCACUUCUGGUGGGGAGUAAAGAGAUUUGCCUCCCCAAAGGCACCACAUUCCCAAUACCAAUCACACAGGCACAUUUCAAGGAAAAACAAAGUGCAUAGUUGCAUGCCAUAUAUUAAGCAAAUUCUUAAUUUGGUCUGUAACAGCAGCUUUAGUCAUUCCAUUUACAGUGUAUGUUGAGGGGCUGUGUUGUGUAAAAAAGAAAAAAAGUUUCUGCAAUUUUUGCUUUACUGUUCGAGAUACAGAGGCAAAGUGUUCACAUAUUCAUCAUUACUGCAAUGCUAAACUGACAAAAGUGAGUCCGUUGUGGCUCUUUCUCCCCAAAAGGAUUAUUCAGAGAGGUCGUAAAGAAUCAUGUAACUCUGAUAUUUUGGUGGAAAACAAUUUGAAUGCGACUUUAGGAAUUCGUGGAACAUUUUACGCAGAUCUCCCCAUCGCAGCAAUCCAUCAUUCAAAACAUCUUUUAGAACUUUCAACACCUCUUUGUGCCCAGAGCUCUCAUAUUCCAUUUCGACUGCAGAACUGAAAACUCUAAGAUGCAAGUGUAAGAAAUUAUAGAAAAAAUCCAGUCAGUAUUGCCUUUGCUUUCCUGCCUCUUCCCCCUCACCCCACCCCCAGACUUAGGGAUGAUGCAUUUGCAUGUUUGUUUGCAGGGUGGGAGUGUAUUUUGAAAUGCUGGACUGCCUGCCAACUUCCUAAUCCCAAAGCUUGUGGUUUAAACUAGACUGUGGUCUUCCUAAGGCUGCAAAUGAACUCUCAAUUCAGUCAGCAAAGAGAUGCCAGACGUGUAGUUUCAAUAUAGGUUAAAAGAAGUUUAGGUUCUAGUUUUGAAAGCCAAAUGCACGCCAACAAACUCAGGGACAGAUUCCUGCUUGCUGGGUGACCUUAGGGCACUGGUUCUCUUUCAUUUCUAAUCUACCUUGUAAGGUAGAGAUAAUAAAAAAUGGGAUAACCCAACCAUGUAGGUCACACAGAGAACCUCAGAAAAAGGAUGAGACAUUAUAUUUUAUUUCAUCCUCACUGCAACCCUGUGAGGUGGGUUAGGCUAAGAGAUAGUGACAGGCCCAAGAACACAUCAUAAUAAUAAUAAUAAUAAUAAUAAUAAUAAUAAUAAUAAUUUACUAUUUCUACCCGGCCCAUCUGGCUGGGUAUCCCCAGCCACUCUGGUCGGCUUCCAACAAAAGAUUAAAAAUACAAUAAAAUUAAAAUACACCUAGAGAGCUUUAUAGCCGACAGGAGAUUUGAACCCUCGCCUCUCAGAGUUCUAGUCUGACACUUUAACCACUAUGCCACACAGACUCUCAGUUGAGAUCAAUUUAAGUAUUGCUCAACCACAUUGUGUAGAAGCCAUUCAUUUCCAAAGGGAGGCCUUCCGACUACUUCCUACUGAGAAGGUAGCAAUCGGUACCUGCUGAGACUUAUUGAAACGGUGUAUCUCGUCGAUAAAGAGGAUUGUUUUCCUCUUGCAGAGCCUCUUUUCAUUUUGCGCUUGAGCAAUGACCUCUCGGACAUCGUUGGUUUUGGCACUUGUGGCCGACAGGGUCACGAACCGUGUGCCGUUCUUCUUGCUGCUGUUCGCGAUGAUGUGAGCCAAGGUGGUCUGAAAGGAAGAAAAGCGCAAGGGUGUUGAUUUUCCUCCGAGAACACAAAAGACAUGGCUAAAAGGCAUUGUGAAGGGGGAAACAGUGUUGGGCUGUGAAGAAGCGAAGGAGUGUUUUGGGAUAGAAAACGUCUCAUUCUCUUUUUCUGACUGGAAAAUAUAUUUGGCAUUAGUUGAAAAGGACAUAUUAUUCUGACAGGAAGAGAGCGUGAAAAUUACCAUCCUCUGGUGGGGAAUCCAAAGAGCUAUUUUAGCCAGUGGGAGAGAAGGUUUCUCUUUGGACAGCAGACUCUCAGGCCAUUUAUCACCAGCUGGCUUCAGAAAGCCUCUCCAUUUUCAAAAACAGAUUGCCAUGUGGCUUGACAAGGUGCUGUUUCCAAAACACAAGCCCAAAUACUCAUUGGCCUCUAGUUCUUUGGAUCCCAGGCUUCCAUGGCACAAGAAACAGCUUGAUACACCAAGCUUGGGAGUGCUCCCAUUUGUUACUUCCAUUAUUAUUACAGAUAUCGGCAGGCAGAUUUGUGUGAGCAGAAAGCUGCACGCCAUUCACACAAGGCAGCCAUCUUGGAUUUCUGCAGUUUGAUUGCCUCCCAGAUUUCUGCAGAAUUCUUGCCUCCUGCAGCCCUCUACAUGGCAUUAAAUGCAGCAUUGAAGGAUCCCAGACUUUCAGGAAUAGCUUUUUUAGGGAGUACUGCAGCAGGAAGGAGGUGGGAAACUCAAAUUCCACAUGUGGAGGCUUUGCCUGAGAGAGAUCACAAUGCAGCACUAUUCAGUGGCUGAUGCUUGAGGUUUGGCAGGAGUCAUCUGUCUCUGCCUGGCAGCCAACUGCAUGUGAUUACAGGGGCAGAAAGACAGGUGAUGCUGAACACUUUUGUCUCUGGCCUUUUGGUAUGUAACCCUUCCCAACAGAUCACCACCUUAGGAACUGCCUUUGAUAGGAAAAAGAUCCUCCUCCCCAUGCAUUAAAAACCAACAAUAAUGGGGGAAAUAGAUUGUAUUUGAUUUGGUCAACAACAUAUCGGCAUCUUUUCACCAAAGCCAGAUUAAAUGUAUUCCAAUCAGAAGCAUUAAAUGGCAGACUGAGAGGUAUUCCUUAUCAAAAUAGGAUCUGUGUAUGCUCUCAGGACGUUGACUGCAUGAGCCAUAUUUUAUUGCAUUGCAGACAAUAUGGUCAAGCUAGGGAACUAUUGAUUAAACCACUAUUGGCAAAUCAGCCGGGUCAAUCUGAAGCCUAUUAUAUCAAAUAUCUUCUGGACGACAAGUCCAAUGAUAUCACAGUGGCUGUGGCAAUGUUUCUUUCAGUAGUCAUACGAAUCAAAGAUCAACAUACCCAUGACUAAACAUAUCAGGUCUCCCUUCCCUGUGGGGAUUGUCUGUAUGAAUCUGUAUUUUAUUCAGAAUCCAUGUUAUGGGUCGUUGGACCGCAAUAAAGAUUAUUAUUAUUAUUCAUUUGGUCAAGAAAGCGGCAAAGAUAGCCCAACUUUACCACUCUGUUCUAAAGACCGUUGAAAUAGCGUGUGCAAAGUCAUUUGAACACCAGAUGCAUCAUAUGCCUACUAAAAGCAUUAAUGUUAUAUACUUAGUUCAGAUUAUUUCAAUAAAUUAAUCCAAAGGUUUUGUGUGUUGCAUCAGACUAGUUCAUUGCUGACUAAAGCUUUUGCCCACACAACUGAGCGUCCUUUUUGGCUGUCAGAUUGAUUUAUCUUAAAUCAAUCGCCUUUCUGUCUUUGCCCCCCUGGCAGGACUCGGCAAUUAUUUAUGGACCCUCUUUGGUACUCCUUACAGCAGGCCUUCUCAAUUUGUGACCUGCCAAAGCAAACACAGCUACCAGCGCAGUUUUGUGACCUGCCUUGACAAUUGCCACCAUUUCUGUGGUCUAAGGCAAGACACACACAAGGCGGGGGCAGCUUUAGUGACCCCCGGUGGGGCAGCAUACAUGGAUUUUGAUGUGUGUGGGUCACAGUCAAGCAUGCCUUCGGCACCGCGUUUCUAUGAAAAUAUUUUUAGGUACAAAUUUGGAUGUUUCGGUACAUUUGUCGCAAAAUUCACGUUGGAAAACCCCAGCAGAGCAGAAAUAGCUCAGUUUACCUAAGCUAUCUUUUAUAAACACCCCAGGAGAGGAAAAAGGGAAAUAAAGAAGGAGGGAAACCCAACUCAUAACAAGAGAAGAAAGAAUACGCGACUGGAAUAAAGAAAACUGCCCUACACUGAGGAAGGCUGUAUAUACUCUAUACCUUUAAAGAGCAUUCAAUGCAUGUUUUCCCCCCUCAAGGCAUUUUGGGCACUAUGGUUUGUUAAGAGCUGCUGGGAACUGUAACGCUGUGGGUGUCCAGAAUCUUUGAUGGCGGAAAAUAUGCUUUAAAGGUAUCAUGUGUACCUGGCCUCACCUAAUAUAAGACAGGCAUCCCCGACCUGCGGCCCUCCAGAUGUUUUGGCCUACAACUCCCAUGAUCCCUAGCUAACAGGACCAGUGGUCAGGGAAGAUGGGAAUUGUAGUCCAAAACACUGGGAGGGCCGAAGGUUGGGGAUGCCUGAUAUAAGAUGAUCUCAGUAAACCAAACCAGGGUGGGAAAUGAGGAAAACAAACUGGGGAAACCUAGGGAUGCAACUAUUCAGGACAAAUAUUAUCUGGAUAUCCUGGAAGUGAGAAGAAGAUGGCCACCGUGGAGAAAAAGAACCUAGAGUGGAAGCACCCGCAAACUCACGUUCUCUGUCCAUCGGCCAAACAUUUCCUCGUCUAUUCAAGGAACCACAGCAAGAUAAGCCCGAGUAAGACUAUGAGGGGACAUUCCUGAACAGAGCAGGAAGGAUUUGCAGAGGGACAGGUGUGGCGAACCAACCGUCUGGAUAGCAAACGCUUUAGAUGUUUUCAGGGAAGCAGCAAGAGAGUCUUUUGGAAUGCGAGUAGGAGGCAGCAGGCUUUCUCGAUUUCAGAGUUUCAGCUCAGCUUAGUUCCUCCUCCCCAUCCUGCCGCAAUCAGAUACCACUGUCAGGAUUCAGUAUCCACAGAAAGUCGAAGGAUAGAAAGACUAUAUAACCUGACCUGAUCAAUACGGGCUCGUCUGGUUAAUAUAGACUCAUAUCCCAGUUGAGUCACGGACAAACCGAGUAGCUUUAGCUGUGAAGUUAUUCUCUCUCAGACUGAGGGUUGUAGCAACCAAGCGUUGCUCAGAGUAGACCCACUGAACUUAAUGGCCUAAGUUAGUCACGUUCAUUAAUUUCAGUGGGUCUGCUCUGGAGUAGGAGCAGCACUGGAUUCCACCCUUAGCCACCAAUAUGUUAAAACCAGGCCUUUGGGGGGGCGGUUAUUGUUUUGCUGCUUUGCUUUACUUAUUUACUUGUUUUUAUCCUGUAUUUUAUUCUGCGAACCGUCCUGAGAUCUUAUGAUGAAAGGUGGUAUAUAAAUCUAAUAAAUAACCAAAACAAAGCACAAAAAAAUGGCUGCAAACUUCCAUUAAUUCAGUUGGUGCACUAAUCAAGAAAUAACAGCAAUUAAUUGGUGCAGCCGAGAUGUAAGAGUUCAGCACGAUGCAAAUCACCCAAAGGAAACAGACAAUCAAAUGAGUUUUAAUUCAUUAACUAAAGGAUUAAUAUAUCUGUGUCUGAUUAAACCAAUUGUUUUGAUAGGGGGGAGCAUGCUUCCUUCAGUUUUAGAAGUUGCAUGUGGUGUAGUGAUUAAGAGCAGUAGACUCGUAAUCUGGUGACCCAGGUUCGCUUCUCUGCUCCUCCACAUGCAGCUGCUGAGUGACCUUGGGCUAGUCACACUUCUCGGAAGUCUCUCAGUCCCACUCACCUCAGAGUGUUUGUUGUGGGGGAGGAAGGGAAAGGAGAAUGUUAGCCGCUUUGAGACUCCUUCGGGUAGUGAUAAAGAGGGAUAUCAAAUCUAAACUCUUCUUCCGGUGGCUCUUUUACCUGUUGCUGAACUAUAGUUAAAUUCAUGCCACACAUUUAAAGAACAAUGCUACCACUUCAAACACUCAUGACUCCCAAGAAUUAUGGGACCUGCUACAAUUCCCAGGGCUCCCUGUGAAUAGAGAUUGACCAUUAACCACUCUGAGAAUAGGUAACUCUGUGAGUGGGCAUGAGAUUGCUUUGAAGCAUGGGAUGAAUGUGGCCUGCAACUCCUACCAUCCCCAAGCAUUGGCCAUGCUAACUGGGACUCAUGGGAACUGGAGUCCCAACAACUUCUGGGGGGCUACAUCCCCAUCCCUGAAUUUAGCAAGCAUCAUCUUACAAGAGGCAUUCUCCUCCUGCAUAAGAGUGAAGGGGACUUGCUUCUAAGACAGCGCCUGACAACUCCAAGAUACUGACUAAAGCCACAGCUGCUUAGCUUCAGCAAGGUGAUGGCCUCGUGGACCUUCAAAUCCCACCCUGGGAGGGCUUUCAACGUACUGUACUGUCCCCAAUAUAAGCCACAAUCCCCCCCCCCCCAAUUCCAACCGUGAAAAGUUAAAGUGCAAUUCGUGACCUUACAAAAAUUGGCUUUUAUGGUAUUGCUGCCGAAACAGACAUAUGGUAAAACGAAACGAAAAACAAGUUUUAUUGUCGAUUUGCAAGCUUAAGACUGUUGUGUGAUUUAUUCUAAUGCCAUUCAUCGUUUUCCCUGUAUUUUACAGUGCAGUAUUGAUUUUUUAAUUUGCAUUUACGGUGCUACGAACAGGUGUUGAACCCACUAGUACCUCUCUUCUACAUUUGCCAUUUACGGGUGUGAGUGCCUGUGGAAUUUUAAGGGAGCAGCUUAUAUUCAUGUACUGUCUUUUUUUCCUAUCCCCGCCUUGAACUUUAAAGGUGCGGCUUAUUUGCGGGUGCAGCUUAUAUUCAGGCUAAUACGGUACAUUCGCACUUAUGUUACAAAUAACCAACUUUUUCUCAGAGAAACGGGUUGUCUGCUUUAUCAGGGAAGCCAUGUUAGACAAUUAAGAAAAGGUUUUCAAUAGACUCAUCUAAGCAAUCAGCUCAUUCAGGAGUUCCAAAAGAUAUAUGUAUGAAUAAGGCUUUUCAGAACUGAACUUUUCUUGGCUGGAUGUUAAUUCUAUUCAGAUUGCUGCACAUACUUUAAAAAACAGCAACAACUGGGCAGCAGCCCCCUCUGCCCCCACUUUCUUCUCCAAUAGCUGCUCUGGGCCAAAAGAUCCUCUGCAGCUGGUGAGGGCAGGCGGUGACAAGCCUAAAUGCUGCCCGAAAAGAUAUCCCAAAGAUCAGAACUACUUCAGCAGGUGCUCCGAAUCUGAUCCUCUACUGGAGAGCGCUUCAGAGCCAGAGCUUUAUGUCCUGGGGACUAACAGUGAGAGCAGGGCACUUCUGUUUGUUCCAUCAAUGGCAGCACAUCCACCCCCAAACUCUCUCUCACCCUCUCUCCUGUUUCUCGGUCUCCUUAACCUUUUAGGCAGCCGAAGGUAGAAAGACUGUCAUUGGAUAUAAGCCAGUACAAGCUCAGGCCAAGUAUGUACGGGGAGCCUGUAGUCCUCUGGGUGUUGAUAGGUUAACACUGGGACGCGGGUGGCGCUGUGGUCUAAACCACUGAGCCUCUUGGGCUUGCUGAUCAGAAGGUCGGCGGUUUGAAUCCGGCGACGGAGUAAGCUCCCGUUGCUCUGUCCCAGCUCCUGCCAACCUAGCAGUUCGAAAGCACACUAAUGCAAGUAGAUAAAUAGGUACCACUGUGGCAGGGAGGUAAAUGGUGUAUCCGUGAGCUCUGGUUUCCGUCACGGUGUUCCGUUGCGCCAGAAGUGGUUUAGUCAUGCUGGCCACAUGACUUGAAAAACUGUCUGUGGACAAAUGCUGGCUCCCUUGGCCUGAAAGCAAGAUGAGCGUUGCAACCCCAUAGUCACCUUUUUAACCUUUAGGUUACACUACAAUUCCCUGCUGAAUCCUGGCCAUAAUAGCUGGGGCUGAUGGUGGUCCAACCACUUUUAGACUUUUCUAGGCUAUCCUCUUCCAUUUUCAGAAUGGAAAUGAUUCCUGAUUCAGGAAAGCAUUAUGUUUUGAAGGCUAUGUGAAAAAGUUCAGUUCCUUUUUCAUUUAUUGCAGGGCAGAAUAUUCUGCAUUAAUCUAUCCCCAAGCUGUAGAUUGCAGACUGAUCUUAGUGCAUAUUUGCUCAUAUGCAUAUUGCACUGCGUUCCGUAGAACAUACUCUUAAGAUAUCUGUGUAUACAGUUGCAGCCCUAAUUACAAGCAACAGGUGUUAAGACAUAAGAAUACUGGUUUCUAUUAAAAAAAACCAGGAUACAUAAAUAGAAUGUAAAUGGAAAGGAUUUUUUUUUUUUACAGUAUGAUAUACAACAGCUAACAUUCUCACUUCUAACACUGUCCCUCCUAGAAAAUAAGGCUGUUUCUUCUUUUUCCCUUUUGGUCAAACUUACACACAGCUAUGUACUAAUUUUUCUGUGGGAUCCAUUCUCUCCUACUCUUUCCUUUUAAGAGAUAAAAGUCAAAAUAAUCCAAGUCAGAGAGGAGUUAUGCAUUAAAUCUGAACUUCUGUAAUGUUUGCCACUACGUUAUACAUUGCUUAGUUUUCAUUAAAAAUUCUUAACUACAUUUCCUGUAAAGGUUUGAGACUGUGCAAGGAGAAAGCAAACAAAAGCUUACUUCUGAGUAAUCAAUGUGUGAUUUUAAAAUCUGCACAUGAAUUGACCUAAAUCUGAUUGCACCCUGAUGCCAUGACGCUUGCUAACACAAUCUCCUGAAACAAAACAUAAUGAUUAUGUUUCAUUUGAAAAUACAAAACACAGUAGUAAGUCUCCCACACCUCCCUCGUACUCUCUGGAAUUAGAGGGUUCUCUGGAAGGCCCAGAGCAGAAAUUUAACCCUUUAUUUUCAUAUAAUAUAUAUAUCCAAUAUUAAUUAGUCCUAAAACACAUGAUUGCACUGUGCACUAGAUAGCUGGUCCCAAAGACUUACCAAGAUCAGCGUCACAAUUGCCCUUCUCUAUUUAAAUCACCUGGUCCUCAACAUUUAUUGCUGGUAACUUGACCGCCCACCCAGAAGGCAAUCAAUGACCCUCCAUUGGGUAUUCAUGGAAUCCAUAUCCCCCUCCCUAUACAAUUGCAAUGGUGGUGUGGCCAACAGCUGCUUCAUGCUGUUAGCUCUCCCUGGCAAAGACCCUCCGGGCUUAGGAUGGGGGAACUACAUUUAUUACAGAGGUCUGCUGCCAGCUGGGAAGAAGGCAGGGUUCUGAACAGCCAAGGAAACCACGCUGCAUUUAUUUCACAGCCCCAUUGCCAACAUUCCCAGGAGACCAGCUGUGAAAGGCAGUUCUGUAGGGUGGGGACCACAAACCCACGGACCACCAUGUCAAACUAAGAGAGCCGGGCAUUACACGUGAAACUUUCAUUUUCUUCCCAGCUCCGUUUGUGGAAUGCUCUCCCCAAGGAGGUUCGGCUGGCACCUUCAUUAUAAGCCUUUAGGUGCCAGGAAAAACGUUUCUCUUUAACCAGGCCUUUGGUUGACUGACAUCCAAUGCCCUUUUAAAAUGUGUUGGGGAGAGGGGGUUAUUGGGAUGUCCUUAUUUUUUAUUUUUAUUGUGUAUUUGUUUAUAUGUUGUGAUUUUAUCAUGUGGACUGCCCUGAGACAUGUGGAUAUAGGGCAGUAUACAAAUUUAAUAAAUAAUAAAUCUGUAAGGAGGAGGUCCUCAUCAAGGCCAGUGGCAACGAAGAAAAUUAGGAGCUGUUGUGACAAUAUAUACUUCCAUUUCCUAACUUCUUAAGGAGCAUAUUUACUACGUUCCUAUCCCACCAUUUCCCCAAGGACCUCAAGGCUUGCUAAACGUAAUUCUUUCCCCUGACCCUCCAUUUUAUCCUCACAAUAAUCCCGUGAGAAGAGGCUAGGCUGAGAGAUUGUGAUUUAGCCAAGGUCACACAGCGAGCUUUGUGUCUGAACGGGAUUUGAAUCUGGGUCUCCCUUGUCCUAAUCUAACACGCUAAACCACACUAUACCACACUGACCCACAAUGUUAUCACAGUAAAUUGUGGGUUGUUUUUUUUUUUUGAGGGGGAGCAGAUGUAGUUGGGGGGGGGUUGACGUAGAACUCAUACUCUCAACUGAAAAUGGUGUAUACAGGUCAAGUAUGCAAAAUGAGAUUUAACAUAUACACAGCAAAGGGGAACUACCUACAGAAAUUCAGGGCAUCUUUGUGUUUGGCCUCAUCACCUAUUAAACACUGCAUGCAGUGAUGGGCUCACCAUUUCGAAAUUUGGAAACUGUGGAAAUUAGCCCUGAAGGGUACAAAAAGAAAUCCCUGAUUUGGCAGAGAUUUUACCAGGGAAAUUCCCGCUUCAUAACAAACAGCCGAGAUAGCUUUGCUAGAGUAAUCCAUUAAACGGUAACCAACCCCUGUCAGGUCAGUCAGAUUCGAUUACCCUCAAGUCUUCUUGCCUCAAUAAACAAGGUAGAGAUAACAGGUGCAGGGCGGAGUUUCAUAAUUUACUGACAAUUUCACACAACAUCCGUCCUAGUCUUGUUAAUGCAGGGACCGAGCCGCUCAAGUCUAAAUCCACUUCCACCCAAAAAAAGUCUUGUUGCGACAACGAAUCUCAGCCACAUGUGAAACCCCUUAAGCAACUGGUAUGGAUGAACAGGCACUUAGACCAGAGACAGCCAAGCCCCUAUUUCCCCAAAUGGCCUUGCUGCCAAGCCCUUUUGACAAAAAUGAUGUUUGGCCACAUCUAUCUUUAUCUUCUGGGACUGGCAACUACAGAUCAUGUCUCUCUGUAAGGGAAAGGAGGGUUGGCAUGUUGUUGUUGUUGUUUAGUCGUUUAGUCGUCUCCAGUUCUUCGUGACCCCAUGGACCAGAGCGCGCCAGGCACUCCUGUCUUCCACAGCCUCCCACAGUUUAGUCAAACUCAUGCUGGUAGCUUCGAGAACACUGUCCACCCAUCUCGUCCUCUGUUGUCCCCUUCUCUUUGUGCCCUCCAUCUUUCCCAACAUCAGGGCCUUUUCCAGGGAGUCUUUUCUUCUCAUGAGGGGGCCAAAGUAUUGGAGCCUAAGUUUCAGGAUCUGUCCUUCCAGUGAGCACUCAGGGCUGAUUUCCUUCAGAAUGGAGAGGUUUGGUCUUCUUGCAGUCCAUGGGACUCUCAAGAGUCUCCUCCAGCACCAUAAUUCAAAAGCAUCAAUUCUUCGGCGAUCAGCCUUCUUUAUGGUCCAGCUCUCACUUCCAUACAUCACUACUGGGAAAACCAUAGCUUUAGCUAUACGGACCUUUGUUGGCAAGGUGAUGUCUCUGCUUUUUAAGAUGCUGUCUAGGUUUGUCAUUGCUUCUCUCCCAAGAAAGGGUUGGCAUAGAGGUUUGCAAUUGCUACUCCUGAUGGGUGGCUUUUAUGCUUUUCAUUUGCAUUGUCCUGUUCAAGGGUCAUGUACCACUCUCAGCAGUUGUCACCUAAACAUACAACUGAGGAUUAAUACAAAACUUGAACCCCCAUUCUCCAAAGAGAGGAGGCAUUUGUUCCUCAGUGACAAAAUGCUUCUCACUUGUUGAAACAACCACCCCUCCAGUGGCCAUAGGUUCACAGAAGCCAUUGGUUUCUUUUGGACGCUGAAAGCUUAUUGUCUCUUCUCAUUGGCUAUUCCAAGACUUUCGAACUCCCUUCCUAGAGAAAUUAGACUGGCUCCCUGGCAGGUAAAUAUCUAUUUGCUCCAACAGGCUUUUGGGAACUGACUGAUUUUACUGAAAGGGUUAGGGCUGGUGCCAUGCUGUUUUUGUUGCAAUUAACUGUAUGUUUUCAAUAGAUUACAGAUAGACUUAACUCUAUCAAUGUUUAAUUGGUUCCUCCCCCCUAUGUUUUUAGCUGUUCUUGUUUUUAUCUGUAAGCCACCUUGAGUCCUUGUCAGGGAAAAAGUGAGCAUAACUAAACUAAGAAUAAAAAUAAGAUUGUCCCCGGUAUAAAAGGAAACUUCUUGGCAAAAUUAGACUGAAUCUUGCAUUGUAUAAAUAUAAGUUUGUAGGGAAGUUAACAGAAACUAUAUACGAAAUAUGUAACUGUGUGGUAUAAGAUAAUCAACAGAUAAAGUACAGUGAGACUAAUUGGAAGCCAUUUUUAAUAUCUUGUUUUAUAAGUUUUACAAUCAUUCACAUCACUGGGAGUACAAAUGAUGUUAGUUAUAAGAAUUGUGUUGUUUCAUAUAUUGCUAUUGUCUGUUUGUCAAUUUACAGUUUGUUUAUUUGAUUGUAUGUCUGUUUGAUGGUUUGUUUGCUUUCCUGGCAUAAAUGUAUCUAUUUUAUAACAAUAAAGAUACAUCACAAAAAAAGUAUAAGAAUGUCCCCAAAAUACUUCUUUAUGUUUGGAGUGGGUUUGAACUCUGACCUGCCACCGAAGUGUGACAGGAAAUCACAUGUCCAUGCAUUUUAAUGCAGGCAUGCCUUUAGGGUGUUAUUCAGUCCUAAUUUUUAAACAAUAGUAUUCCUGGAAAUUGUACAUAGGGAAUCAUUUGAUUGGCGUUGUUUUCAGACUUUCCUUUCUGAAUUGUAAUGUGGCUAUCUUACGUAACCUUUGUAAGAGUUGCUAAGAAAUAAACACCUUUUCUCCACCCAUGCUAUCAAGACAAGGUGGAUCAUAACCAAUUAUACUGUUUUGGUAUUCUAGAAUUCAUCCCUACUGUGAAUUUUCCCACAACCUGUGAAAAUCGUCAGUGACUGUAGUCAGUUAAUAUACACUGGCAAGCUGUGUCUCUGAAGAAGCAAAGUAUCUCCUUUAUGGUCGCACAGAUAAGAAGAAGACUUAAACAGGCUGACUUUCCACUGUUAUACAGUGGUACCUCGGUUUAUGAACUUAAUUCGUCCUGGAGGUCCGUUCUUAAACCAAAGCCGUUCUUAAACUGAGGCGUGCUUUCCCUAAUGAGGCCUUCCGCCGCCGGUGCCCUUCCACCGUUCGGCUUCCGUUCGUAGACCGAGGUAAAGUUCGCUAACCAGAACACUACUUCCAGUUUUGCGGAGUUCUUAUACCGAAUAGUUGGUAAACAGGGCCAUAGCUGUCAACGUUUCCCUUUUUUAAAGGGAAAUUCCCUUAUUCCGAAUAGGAUUCCUCGCAAGAAAUGGGAAAAGUUGACAGCUAUGAACAGGGCUGUUCUUAAACCGAGGUACCACUGUAUUGCAAAAGGCAAAGAUGGUCAUAGUGGAAGGAGAGAGGAGUAUCACUUUGUUUAUGCUGACAGCCCUAUAUGCCUGGCACCAGCAAUUGUAGUGGAAACCAAUUCAGUUUAAUACAAGGAAUGCCAAUAAGACUCGUGUGUCUAUGGCAGAAAGCCACAACCUGGGAAGGAAGAAAAAGAGACUGAUAAACAGCAAGGAGAAGAAAUGACUCGGAAAUCAAUCAAGCUGUCAGAGAAGUGAACACUUCAAUAUGUUCCAAACUAACAUACCCCAUUUGUACCCCUGGCCUAAACUACAAAUACUUUUGCCCUGUCAUGAUGAAGUUUGAACUAAAAGCUAAAAGACAAAAAUAAGCCCUGUGAAACUUAAUACAGAUUGCCAAGACAGCAUGUUGCUUUGAAGUUAACACAUUCCCAUCGUCUAUUAACUCCAUUAACGUAGUAUAAGAUUGCACAUGGAAGACCGAGAACAGCUGGCUUGCAGCCUUCAGAGUCAAUUUAUUAAGUAAUAACAUGUCAGACAUCCCCUUACGUAACCCUUUUGCACGGGUGUUAAAACAUAAACAAAAAAAGUACAAAAACAAGGUUAUACCAAACCUUCGGUUUGGCCAGUUCUGAGGUUCAUUUGCAACAGCAAAGCUAUUCUGUGCUUGGGUUACAGCCGUGGAUGUUUCCCUGCUGCAUCUCUAGACUAAAAUUGGGUGCUUCAUGGCAGACAUGCAAAAAUCUGAAUCUUGCACAUUAGAGGGUCAUAAAUCAUAGCACAGCUUACUCAGGUUGCAAGCUUGUGUUUAAGCAGCUGGACCAGCCAAGACGAAACAGGGAAAACUUUUUAAAAGUUAAUUUGUGGCUUGAUAGAACAAACUGAUGCUCCUGGUUCAUGCUAUUUGACUGUGGGCAUACGCAGGAUACCUAGGGACGCGGGUGGCGCUGUGGGUUAAACCACAGAGCCUAGGACUUGCCAAUCAGAAGGCUGGCGGUUCGAAUCCCCGCGACGGGGUGAGCUCCCGUUGCUCCUUCCCUGCUUCUGCCCACCUGGCAGUUCGAAAGCACAUCAAAGUGCAAGUAGAUAAAUAGGUACCACUCCGGCAGGAAGGUAAAUGGCAUUUCCGUGCACUGCUCUGGUUCGCCAGAAGCGGCUUAGUCAUGCUGGCCACAUGACCUGGAAGCUGUACGCCGGCUCCCUCGGCCAAUAAAGCGAGAUGAGUGCCACAACCCCAGAGUCGGUCACAACUGGACCUAAUGGUCAGGGGUCCCUUUACCUUUACCUUAUACGCAGGAUGCUAGUAUUAAAGGUUCGGGGGUAAUUUAUUACCACUUCCAAUAGCCACAGAUUUGAUGGUCACUUCAAGCGUAUUGUUCCCUUUUGACCUGCACAGCUGACACUUAGACUGAGCUUUUUAGUCUCUUCCUGGAGCAACUUGGAGAAUCUUGGAAGACACAUGUCCCAUGUGCUGUAGCAUCAAGGUGUACAGUGGUACCUUGGUUUAAGAACAGCUUAGUUUAUGAACAACUUGGAUUAAGAACGCUGCAAACCUGGAAGUAGGUGUUUCGGUUUGUGAACUUUGCCUUGGAAGCAGAACAUGUUCCGCUUCUUGUUGAGUGUGUUCCAUUUGUAAAUUGAGUUCCCCGCUGCUAUGGGAAAGCACGCCUUGGUGUGAGAACGCUUUGGUUUAAGAACGGACUUCCGGAACGGAUUAAGUUCGUAAACCGAGGUACCACUGUAUAUAACUUUUCCUCACUUAAAUGCUUUAUUCCUGAUCUGUUGUUAUAGGGUUGCCAUAUUUCAAGAAGUACAAAUCCAGACACAGUUGCUCCAAAAAGUUGCUGAGCUUUCCUUGUUUUUUUGGACAAUCGUCCAAAUUUGCGAUUGACAACAGCGGACAUUGGGGUGGCGAGAGGGCUUCCAAAAUCACCGUCUAGGAGGCAACAAGGAAGCAGCCACUCAACAGCGCUUUUGCUUCCGCUGGAGAACAGACAAAAUCCCAGACAUUUACUAUUCAAUUGAAUUUCCCCCCAGGGCGCCAAUUUAGCCCCACCCCCCUGACAUUACCGGAAUUUUCCGGUAUAUAUGGCAACCCUGUCUGUUAUCGUUGAGAGCAAAUUAUGAAAGCUUUUCCUGUGCUUGGUACCAUUGAAAUAACGGAUGAAUUCAGGUAGAGUCAGGGGAGGGAAUCAAAGGAACGGGUACAAGUGAGUAUAGGAUGGAGAAAAGUAACCCAAAUUUCUAACCUACAUUUAUUUAAGCUGCCGCCCAUUGCACCCCCACAGAGCAGAGGCGGGGGCAGAGGAAGAGGUAACAACAUGCCUAAAACACAGCAGCAUUAUGACAUAUUAAACCACACUCAUCAUUUAACCCAAGAUCUCACAAGAUUUCUGUGGAAAAGGGCCUGUCUUGAUCAAGUUUUGAUGGGCUUUUAAACAGAAAGCAAAGCUGAAGAGCUGGAGAAGAAUAUUGCGGGAACCCGGGGCAGAGGCAGGUAUCAAGCAACUCAGAGUGCAACCUAUCAGAAAAACGUUGGAUUUUUUUAGUUUUUGGUAUCCCAUUCUGUUUUUCUUUGUCUGCAGUGUGCAUACACAUGUCUGUCUACCUUUGCCCAUUUGCUCAGAAGUCUAAUUGCUGCCCUACGAACUUCAGUUAUUAACCUUUUUUUAAAAAAAAAGGGGGGGAGGGGAAACGUUUCAGUUCAAAGAAGACCGAGAAAGAAUAAUUCAAACAUUUAUUUUAUUUCAGUAUUUCCAGGUUGCUUCUCAGAGUUACCCAAAUGACUGGGGCAGGGCUGGGAAAACUGGAUGUAACUUCAGGACUUGGCAAAUAUGCCAAAGAGAUGGCAGACUUUCUCAGUGAAGAGAUACUACUUUUAAACUCAUGAGUACACGCUGUAUCUCUUUGGUUUUAGGUUCACCAGUUACACAAGAAGGGGGAAUGGUAUGUGUUUCCUUUUGUUUCAGGGACGGAAGGCAGUGAGGCCCAGUCACAGCAGUGCUGAAUCCUAGAUUUCAUCUUUUUUUUUGGAAAAAAAGGGAUAGUCCUCAAUUCUGCCCUUGAAAAGACCACAAAAAUGUGAAACAGAGAUGAGCUACUCUCAAUGUUAUCGCUCCCUCAGUAUGCCAUGGGUCCUUUUUUUUGCGAUGAGAUCUAUUACAGUGGUUCCUUGGUUUACAUAUGCUUCAGGUUACAUACGCUUCAGGUUACAGACUCCGCUAACCCAGAAAUAUUACCUCGGGUUAAGAACUUUGCUUCAGGAUGAGAACAGAAAUCGGGCUCCGGUGACGCAGCAGCAGCAGCAGCAGCAGCAGGAGGCCCCAUUAGCUAAAGUGGUGCUUCAGGUUAAGAACAGUUUCAGGUUAAGUACGGAUCUUCGGAACAAAUUAAGUACUUAACCUGAGGUACCACUGUAUUAAUAUGCAGGUUGGGAGUGUGUGUGUGAACCACGUACUCCUUGGAGGAAAAGCUGGGUUAUAAAUGCAAAAAAUAAGCUCUACUACUUAAGGAAACUGGAGGGGCAAGCCAGAUGGAGAUGUCAGUCGCCAACCUGGCAACCAGAGAUCUCCCUGGGGCCACAAUUGGACCCACGCCAGUCGCAAAAACGCACCUGGCGCCUGGCUAAUUUUGAACACUGGACUGUGUCCUGUGGAGUCUGUCAGAGGGGAGGGGGAUAGAAAGUAAGAAGGAGUCCCCCCGCUGCACAAAACAUCUGGCUGUAAAACCUAUAAAGCCUUGGAUGGCUCAGGACCGCAAUACCUGAAGGGCCGCCUCUUUCUAUAUGAAUCUACCCGGACCCUGAGACCAUCUUCUGAGGCCUUCCUUCAUGUGCCUCCUCUUCGAGAGGUCUGGAGCGUGGCUCCCAUCUGUGGAAUGCUUUUCCCAGGGAAGGUCGCCUGGUGCCUUCAUUAUACACCUUUAGGCGCCAGGCAAAAAUGUUCUUUUUUAACCAGGCUGUUGGUUGAUCUGAUUUACAUCCUAUGCCCUUUUAAAAUGUGUGGGGGGUUUUUGUUGUUGGAGGGGGGGGGGGGCUACUGGUUUGUUGUUUUUAUUUUUACUAUGUAUUUUGUGGUUUUUUAUUUUGAUUUUAUUCUGUGAAUUGCCCUGAGACCCCCGGGUAUAGGGAGGUAUAUAAAUUCAAUCAAUCAAUCAUUCAAUCAAUCAAUCAAUGGCUGGUGGUUCGAUCCCCACCCAGGAAGGGCUGGAUUCCUGCACUGCAGGGAGCUGGACUAGAUGACUAGACGACCCCUGGGGGUCCCUUGCAACUACUCACCUUGCCACAACCCGGCGGCCCCCAGAGGAUGAACGAGGGGAUUUCGUGCACUUCCAGCAGGGAGCGCAGGAGCGUCCGUUCGCCCAGCGCCUGAUCCUGCCCCACGUAGUCUUCCAGGACGCUGGGCCGCAGCUUGUCCGCCAGGGGCUUCCCUUCCAGCUUUCGGGCCAGGCUUUCCAAGCCCAGCUCGGAGCCACGCGCACCGGAGCCCCGAUGAUCCUCCCCGUCCGGCUGUUUCUCUCCCGUUUGCGCCCGGGAUGGAGAUGGAGACGGGGCGGCAGCAGCAGCAGAGGCGCCCCGAGGUGUCCCGGAGCUCCUGGCCUUGUGGAAAAGGGAGAACAGCGGGGCUGAAUCGGGUCUACCCAUCCCCGCGCGCUCUUCCCCGCUGCUCCUCUCCGGGGAGUUGGAGAGGCGAAUUUUCUUCCGGCAAGACGCGCCCAUCCCCGCGUCCUUUGGGCUGCUGCUGCUGCUGCCGUCGAUGCCGCUUCGCUCCGCAUCCUCUGGGACUUCGCUGCCUCCCGCUUCGCUUUGCUGCUGCAAACAUCUGUCCAGAUGUGAGUUGAUGCAGCUGGCGGGGAGCUCCCGCAGGCAAACGGGGCAGCUCACGAAAAGCUCUUCCUGCGCGCCCGCUCCUUCCAUUUCCAGGGCCAAGGAAAGAGAGGGGAAUCCCACGGAAUUAAGGCUGGCCCCUUGGCUUCUCCCCCUUUCCUCUUGAGCGCACCCGCUUUAGGGAUCCUCUCCAAGAAGACAGAGAUCCAAAACAGCCAAAACGAAACCAGAAGUUGAGCUAUAGAAACAUGCCCGGGCAGGAAGAGGAGAAAAGUCAACACCUCCUUUCGCGACAAACCCAGCGGGCUGUCGGGAAUCGUAGUUCUUUAUGCGGGAGGAGCGUAAAGGUCCUGCCAUAGCUGUCAACUUUUCCCUUUUUUAAAGGGAAAUUCCCUUAUUCCGAAUAGGAUUCCUCGCAAGAAAAGGGAAAAGUUGACAGCUAUGGGUCCUGCCGGGCUCGACUGAAGUUGGAUCCGAGCUUGAGAGGCGGACGGAAAAUGCCAUAAUCGCUAACAUUUGUUGUGCAUAAUGUGCACAGCCUUUAAUACAAAUUAGACAUACCUUUUACACAUUACAGCGGUACCUCGGGUUACAUAUGUUUCAGGUUACAUACGCUUCAGGUUACAGACUCUGCUAACCCAGAAAUAGUGCUUCAGGUUAAGAACUUUGCUUCAGGAUGAGAACAGAAAUCGCGCAGCGGUGGCACGGUGGCAGCAGGAGGCCCCAUUAGCUAAAGUGGUGCUUCAGGUUAAGAACAGUUUCAGGUUAAGAACGGACCUCCGGAACGAAUUAAGUACUUAACCCGAGGUACCACUGUACUCGCCUCAGUACAGGGGAUUUGGCGGUUGUGAAAGCUUUUGUACACUAAGCAUCAUCCUCGUGAUUAUUAGAGAUCAGGCCCUAAGGAAUCUCCGUAGUCAAAGACUACAAAUUAAAGUGCAGUUGUGCCUGCUUUUGAAACACUGUGUUUUGUGGCAAUCGAUUGAAGAUUUGCUCAAUAGACACAUGCAGGUCUGGCUGCUAUGUUGUUCUGAAUACAUGGCUUUGCUGGGUGCUAAGUUUGCCGCCAUGUAAACACAUUCUGUUUGUUUCCUUUUAUUGCAGACAACAGACAGGAGAUAUUGGGGGCCACUCCUAUUCGGUACUUUACGGAACCAUGAUGGAGAAACACGUAGUAGCUUACCAUUCGAAAAUCUAUAAGAUCAACCGGAUGGAUGAAAUGAACACGCGGUAUUACAACAGCCGGGAGGACACCAUGGCAUUCUUCCAAAAAUUGGAGAAAGUCAAAAGCGAAGAAGAGGUAUGUGAAGAUUACAUAAUGUGUGUGCGCGCACGCACACACACACACACACACACACAGAAUCAUCCAUUCACACACAGAAUGAAGUAAACACUUGUGUGCGUAUAAAAUGUUACAAAAUAUUGGUCUGCUUUCUGUGGCAUCAGAUGGUUGUUGAACAGAGAAGAAUGUUCGUGAACAUAUUAUCUUCUUGGAAAUAUAAAAUUAUUCCAAGCAGGUCCUGGCCAAUACAUUUUGGUGCCUGAGGCGAACCACAAAAUGAUGCCUCCCUCACCAUCAGGGAAGAAGGGAGUAAGUGAAGAUGUACGCCAGGAACAUCUUCUGCCAGUGUGGCUCCUGCUGCCUCAGGCGGUCGCCUCAUCUUGCCUCGUGGCCAGUCUCGAUUCAAAGGCUGAUUUGGCUAAGGAUAGUCAAAAAGUUGGUCCACUUGAUGAUUCCUAGGGUAGAAGAUGUCAUGUUGCACAUGGGUGUAGGAUUGGAGUAAGGCUGUGAUGGUUUGAAAGUGGUGUAUAAACAAUUUCAGUAAAUGAAUACAGUUGAAAGCAGUUGGAUUAGUUGAGGGAGGCGACAGGACUGAGAGUUUAUGGUUUCCAUAUUGCCUGUGUGAAAGUUUUCAAAGGACUGAAAUAAAAGGUGUUAUGAGGUUUUGAGGUGUCUUACAAUGUACGACCACAUGAUUAUGACUGUAUGUGAUUAUGUCUGUUUUGAAACCAGCAGGAGUGUUUCAGACCAUGUGGCCUUGUGUUUGUGUUAGAAAACUGUACACUGGUACCUUGGUUCCCAAACGGCUUAGUUGACAAACAAAUUGGCUCCUGAAUGCUGCAAACCCGGAAGUAAGUGUUCCGGUUUGCUAACGUUUUUUUGAAGCCAAAUGUAAGGUUUUAAACAUAUAGGCAUUGCCCCCAUGUUUUAUUGCUGCGAGUGACUGGACAAAUCCUUGUGCGUAAAUUUGGUGCAAAAGGAUUGUGCAGUCUAAGAUUACAGUUUUUAAGGUUGCUGACAGGAGGUUUGUUUUGUACAUUUUCGGUUGUUUCAAAGGGCAAAGGAAGUAAUUUUUAAAAAUCUUUGCACUUGGCUAAUUGUGGAGGGUCUCUGAAAUUAAUCUCAUACAAGGAGCAAUUGCACAACUUUCCUCUAGGUGGAAGUCUCCUCCACGUUGAGCACUCCGCAAAAUACUGUCCUCCUUCUCCUGUCCACUUUUUGCUAUAUUAAAGGGAAUCAUGCAGGAGCAGUGAUGGCAAAUUUCACCUGUGGCUUUAAUUAGUUAAAAAUAGGUUUCAUUGAGAAAAGAAAAAGCCCUGCAUGGUUACUUCCAAGUACAUGUAUUGUGUUUGGAUCGAGGUAUUGACUGCUAGGUUUCAAACUGUAUUUCAUAUGUAUUUCCUUUCUACAUACAGCCAUAUUUGGGUCAGAACUUUCAUAUUGCUUAAAUUGGGGUUGGGGCAACAGGACAGAGAACCCAGGUAAGCGCUGCACUCCUGAAGCUUCUCACCACUUAGAGAAAUUGGAAACAGGCAGCAGUACUUUCACGCACAAAGCCUGAAAAACACCCUGAUCAGCUUGAACACUGACCGCUUGGCAGAUUGGCUUUCCAAACCAUGCAGUUACAAACUUUAGCCAGUGCUAUCACUAAUUUGCACCCCGACUGCAGACCCUCCAAAUGUCCCUUUUUCCAGGGACAAUCCUGGAUUUACAGAAGCUGUCCCAGUUUCCAAUUUGAUCCCAGAAUGUCCCGCUUUUCCUUAGGAUGUCCCUAUUUUUGUCAGAGAAAUGUUGAAGGGUAUGGUUGUUGUUGUUGUUUAGUCGUUUAGCUGUGUCCAACUCUUCGUGACCCCAUGGACCAGAGCACGCCAGGCACUCCUGUCUUCCACUGCCCGCAGUUUGGUCAAACUCAUGCUGGUAGCCUCGAGAACACUAUCCAACCAUCUUGUCCUCUGUUGUCCCCUUCUCCUUGUCUCUUUCCCAACAUCAGGGUCUUUUCCAGGGAGUCUUCUCUUCUCAUGAGGUGGCCAAAGUAUUGGAGCCUCAGCUUCAGGAUCUGUCCUUCCAGUGAGCACACAGGGCUGAUUUCCUUCAGAAUGUAUAAGUUUGAUCUUCUUGCAGUCCAUGGGACUCUCAAGAGUCUCCUCCAGCACCAUAAUUCAAAAGCAUCAAUUCUUCAGUGAUCAGCCUUCUUUAUGGUCUAGCUCUGGGAAAACCAUAGCUUUAACUAUACGGACCCCUCAGCCAAUAAAGCGAGAUGAACGCCGCAACCCCAGAGUCGGCCACGACUGGAGCUAAUGGUCAGGGGUCCCUUUACCUUUUUAUAUUGGCCAUUGCCCAAUUUCAACAUUUAACAUAUGUAACAGAUUUCCACCCCUUGUUUUGAUGUCUCUGCCCUCCACCCACACCCAAGUCCCUUGCAUCUCCUUGCAUCUUUCCCCCCUCUCCUCCCUUUUCAGCUCUUAGAGGGAUAGAAAACGCAAGAGCAGAUAGCUUGCAGCAGAAGUUAGGAACUGCUGAGGUUGAUGCUCGCAGCCCUGGCCCAUUUGAGAAUGUCAGAUGAAUUAUCUUCCAAGCGAGGCUCUGCCCGUCUUCUCUGCACCUGUUUCGUGCUUGUCACUGAGCCAUCACGUUGCUUCCCUUAUAGGUCCGAUCGAGUUUGCCGGUGGAUUCCUUCCAGCCGGCAGCUUAUCCAUGCCUUCCAUAGCUAGGUAGUGCUGGCUGGGCUGAGCAAGGCCACUGAAUGAGCCCGGCAAAAUUUCCCUAGCAAUGCCCCAAACCUGCCCCCAAUGCUAAAACAUCCCCACCCAUCCCAAAAUGGGUCUCCUUUCGAAAGGAAAAGCUGUCUGGAUCGCUGGUUGCUUCUGCUUCUUAGCCUCAUUCCUUUGGCACGUGCUGUGGACUCUCUUACUAAACCAUGGAAGCAAGAGAAAGACCGAAGUAUCUGCAGACACACAGGUAGCUGAAAGGCUUUUGAGGAGGGUGGAUACAUUUCAAUAGCAGGCUUGCCGUUUGAUACAGAGUCAACUGUUGAUAGUUCGCAAAAACAGGUUAUGGUGUCCAGGCAACAUUCUCUUUAUAUGCUUUAAAGAUUUUCCUAAGUGUAUAUCUUCUUUUAGGCUUGCUGUAUUUGAAAAACUGAUAAAAAUGCAAUUUUAGAAACUGGAAGAAGGGGACAAAAUAGAAGUGCAAGAUGAUGUAUUCUAGAGUUAUAUAAUAGGUUGGUGUAGAAUUCUAGGCCAGUGGCAUAUUUUGUCUUCACAUUUUGAAAGGUUGCAUCCUUCCACCUUCAUGGCCAUCCUAAAUUCUCAUUGAUCCAUGAAACAUCCUCUAGUGACCUCUGCUGGGAGAGACAAUCUUUGUAGUUAGCUAACCUGUUACUUGUACCAUUCAUUAUCAAGUCAACCCACUAUUUGAACCCUCCAUCCGUUGGUAUGCAUGUUUUUGUCUCCUACGUUCUCUCCCCUGAAAAGUAUUUACAAUCGAACUUCUCCAUCCCAACAGGCAAAUUUCCAUUAUUUUACCCAUUAUUUGGUAGAGAGAUCACCAUGUAUUCUCUUUUCCCUCUCCAUUUCCCCAGGCAGGAACAGAUUUCCCAUAGGAUCAAUUCAUAUUUGAUGAUUGCAAAAUAAUGGUUUUAUAGAUGAAUGCAUAUAUUUAUUUUUAUUCCUCAGUUAAGGACUCAAAGCUGGCCUUAGCAUGUGUAAGAUUAUUCAGUUAGGAAAAAAAUGUAAGCAUGGUUUUACUAGUGGUGAUGGAACAGAGCAAAUAUAGGUGGAAUAACACUCCUCUUUUGCGAUCAAGUACAUACCUUGGAAAUGCUCCUUUGCCCAGUGUUGUCAUUGGAGGCACAGCUGGCCUUCCAACUCUGGCUGGUUCACCAGUCAUGGUUGUCCUUGGACCAAGAUAGUCUGGAAUCAGUAACCCAUGCUCUGAUGACCUUGCACUUGGAUUGUUGUUUUAUGUGCCCUACAUAGCGUUGUCCCUAAAGGCUGCCUAGAAGUGGUGAAGAAUGUGGCUGCCUAGUUCCUCAUUGGAACAGCCAGACUGGAAGGUGUAAUACCUAUCCUAAAUAAGGUAAAGGUAAAGGGACCCCUGACCAUUAGGUCCAGUUGUGGCCGACUCUGGGGUUGCGGCGCUCAUCUCGCUUUAUUGGCCGAGGGAGCUUCCAGGUCAUGUGGCCAGCAUGACUAAGCCGCUUCUGGCGAACCAGAGCAGCGCACAAAAAUGCCGUUUACCUUCCCGCCGGAGUGGUACCUAUUUAUCUACUUGCACUUUGACAUGCUUUCGAACUGCUAGGUGGGCAGGAGCAGGGACCGAGCAAUGGGAGCUCACCCCGUUGCAGGGAUUCAAACCUUCUGAUCGGCAAGUCCUAGGCUCUGUGGUUUAAUCCACAGCGCCACCCACGUCCCGCAUCCUAAAUAUUAUCCUAAAUAUUAAUAAUAUAAUAAUAAUUUAUUACCUUUGGCCUGGCCUCCCCAGCCACUCUGGGCGGCUCCCAACAGAAUAUUAAAAACAUGAUUAAAAAAAUCGAACAUUGAAAACUUCCCUAAACAGGGCUGCCUUCAGAUGUCUUCUAAAAGUCAGAUAGUUGUUUAUUUCCUUGACAUCUGAUGGGAAGGCCCUCUGCCUGGUUCCCUGUAACCUCACUUCUAAAUGCACUGGAUUGACUGCCUCUGGGCUACCAAACCUGGUUCAAGGUGCUGGCAAGGCCCUAAAUAUUUCAGGUAUUUAUAGGAGCACCUUUUUCAGUGCCAGUCAAUUCGAUCCUUGAGAUAAGCAUCAUGGCGCUCCAAGAUUGCACAGUAUGGGGAUGGAUGAAAAAGUCUUCCCCGUGGUGGAAUUCAAACUUUGGACUAGGUAGAGAGGUAUGUGUAUCUUUUGUUUUGACUGACAGAUCCAGUUUUUAAUCACAGUGAAAUAUUAUUCCAGGACACCUCCUAUAAUCCCUAGGGAGCAGGACUAGUGGUCAGGAUGGUGAGUGUGGUGUUCCAAGAACAUCUGGUGACCCAGUUUGAGAAACACUGAAUUUCAACCAAUAGCCCAUUUAGCUCGUAUCAGUUGCAGCUCUUCUUGUGAUGUGGGGAGUGACAGAUGCCAUUGAAGAUGGUUUUUGUGAAGCCCUCAUGGUUUCAAAGAGACUUAUCCUUCAGGGUUUGAAGGAUAAACUCCCAGCAUCCACCACUCAGCUGGUCUGAAGACCUUCCUGUCCUUUGCACAUUUGAACGUGUCUAAUAUACAUAUUCUACAAAGUUGUUUGUCAGUUUGCUAUGCGUUUGGACACCCCUUAAAAUAUAACCAAAUUUUGCAUGAUGGUUUCUGAGACCAAGGAGCAGGCUUCUGUAAAUAUAUGGUAGUUGGACGCCACUUGGAAUCAAGAUGGCAGAAUGAACCGUUCAAAACUGCACUGCUUUUUUUGUGUGUGUCUUAGAAUUCCCAGGCAAUGUUGAAUAUGAAGCUGCUUGUAUCUCAUCAAUCCCAUUUGGCUAUCUAUCUGGGCACAUGGACUACUAAUAGUAAUACAUAUGUUUACGUUAGAAUUGAGGGAAUACUUUUAUUGCUAAUGUGAUCUGGCAAUACUUCUUCCGUUGUUCUUUUGUCGUAUUCGCGAAAUAUAAAUUUAUUAUUAUUAUUAUUAUUAUUAAGUAAGGGAGUCACACUUGUGUUAUAUUUUCUUUCUAAUUCUGCUGUGUUAUAGCUUCCAAGUUAGGCUGGAACUGUCCAGCGGCUGCUCUUACAGUCAUACUUCAGGUUACAGAUGCUUCAGGUUGCAUUUUUUCGGGUUACAAACCGCCAAAACCUGGAAGUACCAGAACAGGUUACUUCCAGGUUUUGGCAGUCACGCAUGCGCAGGAGUGCCAAAUUGCAACCCGCGCAUGCGCAGACACACCACUGCGGGUUGCGAAUGCUGCAGGUUGCGAACGUGCAUCCCGCACAGAUUAUGUUCGCAACCCAAGCGUCCAUUGUACAUGCAAACCUUCCACCCAUUUUGAUAGUUAUUGCACCUUCGUGUGCCCAUCCAAAUUUCUUGGAGAUUUCUGCCAUUUCCAUAUUGAUUCUCUGGCAUGGCUUAUAUGCUGGGCCAUAUAAGAAGGGGCAUUACGAGAUCAUUAACUAUGGCUGUAUCCUAAAGCCAACAGCAUUUUUAUUUUUCAUGGCUUCUCUGCAACAGUGAAGUAAAAACAUACUCUCCAAGUGUCCCGGUUUUCCAGGAACAGUCCUGGAAUUACAGAAGGCACGCUGGUUUCUGAUUUGACCUUGGGAUGUCUCUUUUCCCCCUUUUCCCUCCCCUCCACGUCUUGGAUAACAAUUAAAAAUGGUGUGUGUGUGUGUUUGUGUGUGUGUAGUUACAAAAACGGAAUCCUAUUUAUGCGGAAAAUAAAAUCCCUGCACCAAAUGAAUGAAGCUGCUAUACGAAUCCCUUUCUAUAAUUUUGAAGGAAAAGGUCAUCAAUCCACUUUAAAUUCUUUAAUUGCGAUGCUUCAGCAGCCAGCCAUUUAUUAGGAAACUCGGGGAGCGUUGAUUCAUUUAUUGUAAAUGGAGCCCUAUUAUUAUUACAUCCUGCCUUUUUCCCUGACAGGGACUCAAGGCAGCUUACUGCUAAAAUGUUAUUUCAUUUCAUUUAUCUGUGGAAGGUGUUGCACAUGAUAUUUCCUCUCACACGUUUUUCUUUACAACAAUUCUGCAAGGUAGGUUGGGCGCCGAGGUUGUAAUUGGCUCAAGGUGACCGAUGUAGAUGUGUAUAUGAUGCAUAGCUGUCAACUUACAGAUUUGAAAAUAAGGGACCAGCAGCCUUGAAAAUAAGGGAUCAGCAGCCUCGAAAAUAAGGGAUCAGCAGCCAAAAUAAGGGAUCAACAAUUACUUUGAUAAAAUAUAUAUUUUGUUGCGUGCAAAUGGCUUUAGAUACCUAUUAGGUCCAUAAAUUACCAUAUAGCAUAUAUUCAACACAAAAAACAGCAACAAUUUGUUGUUGACAAAGGACAGCUGGACAUAGAAGGGGCCCCAUUACCUUCAGUAGCUUAUUUAAGGGACAUCAUCAAUAAGGGACAGCAGCGGGACAUGGCGCUGGGAUAAGGGACUGUCCCGCCAAAUAAAGGACACUUGACAGCUAUGAUAUGAUGUCUUUGUGUGUGGUGAGAUCAAAUGUGGGAGAAACUUCCUGAGGAACAAUAGGAUGUUCCUUAUAUUCUUUGGAGCAAUGUUGGGUGGGUAUUAAAAAAUAAAUGCUUUAACCAAGCAUUUAAACCACCCAACCGUAAGCCACCCAACUUGGCCAACAAGACUCAAAGAAAUGAAAUCAGUCUCAAAGGCCCACAUUGUGAGAAAGAGAGAAUGUGUACAUUUUGAUUCAGUUAAGUACAGCUUGCUAGAAAGGCGGAUUGUGACACAGGUCCCAGCAUAUGCGCUUGUCAAUCAAAAGAAAGACGUGUUUCUCACAUUGCUUGAGGCUUGGCAUCUGUUUCCUCUUACAUGUCGCACUUGCUAUGUGUUAGCCACUUGUCUGCUGAAUAAAAAUAAGAUCUAAGAAUUUGUUAAUUAGUCCCACCAGAUCUGGAUGUCUGUGUACGAGCACUUCAUUACUCUCUCUUUUCAUAUUACUCUUGAUUCUUAUCUGGUUACAGUCAACGACCUUGAAGGAAACCUGACCCCAUAGCUACAUUCCAAAGUCACAAAGGGUAGCACAACAUUCAGCAAAUGCCAUUAAUUCCUUAAUUAAUGUGUGUGUGUGUGUUCUACGAGCCACGGUAUUUUCAAACACUGUUUCUGACUCGUGCCAAUCAUAGAAAUGUUCCUUCUGGAAUUGCAUCUUGUAAUAUUAACUUGUUUGUGUUGGAUGCAUUUAUGAUAGAUAGAAAGGGCAAUGAACAGUGACCACCAUUGACCAAACUGCAAUUAGUGAUGCCACAGAAAUGUGUAGUUCAGGCAUAGGCAAAGUCGGCCCUCCAGAUGUUUUGGGACUACAACCCCCAUCAUCCCUAGCCCACAGGACCAGUGGUCGGGGAUGAUGGGAGUUGUAGUCCCAAAACAUCUGGGGCCCCGAGUUUGCCUAUGUCUGGUAUAGUUAAUCAGUUUGGAGGCCAAAAAAUGACCGGUUCAAAAAUGACCAGUCUUUUUGUACAAAUUUUGUAUGUUGGGAGAAUUGCAUCACAACAUUUGGAGAAAUGCAGAUGUUAAAAACUAGCAUCAAUGUACCGCAUUUUUCACUCUAUAGGACGCACUUUUCCCCCUUCAAAAAUUAAGGGGAAGUGUGUGUGCGUCCUAUGGAGCGAAUGCAGGCUCCUUGGCUUCAGCGAUAGCAACGUGAAGCCUCCGAAGCACAGAGGGAGCGCUCCCUCCGCGCUCUGGAGGCUUCGCGUUGCUUUCACUGAAGCCUGGAGAGAGAGGGGGGUUGGUGCGCACUGACCCCUCUCGUUCUCCAGGCUUCAGGGAUAGCCGCCUGAAGCCUCCGGAGUGCAGCGCGAGUUCCCGCUGCGCUCCGCAGGCUUUGGGUUCCUUUUGCUGAAGCCAGGAGAGCAAGAAAUGGAAGGGGCUCCGUUUCUCCUGCCGCUUCGCUGAAGGGGCACUGAGCAGAGAGGAGGAGAAUUUUUUUUCUUGUUCUCCCCCUCUAAAACAAUGUGCGUCCUAUGUUCGGGUGCGUCCUAUGGAGCAAAAAAUAUGGUCUUUGAUACUUUACAGAAUUACUUAGUCAAAAAUAGACAGACCCUGCCCACAAGGAGCUUACAAUCUAGAAUAGACAAAGUUGAAAUCAACAAACAGAGGGGAGGAAGAUAUUAGUUUACGACGAAGAUGGAUAUGAACCAACCUCUUUAAAAAACAGAUUACAUUUGCAUGUGAGGAUUAAAAUGAUAAGCAUGGUACAACCACGUACAUUGUAGUGGCAGUGGGAAACUCCCCAUAUUCAUUGAGUACUUCACAUUUAUGAGAGUCAAAGGACCCCUAUAUCUUCCUGCACAAGAUUGCUUUGUUUAUUUAAAGAAACAACCAAUAUAUCCAUACCACUAUCGGCCUGACUCUCAUUUGCAUUGCAGCACUUCUGGCAGCCAAAAGAGACCUUAAAAUGAACUUUGCUCUCGUUUACACCCACUUUAAAUCCCUUUUACAUUGCCAGAAAAUGAAGAGGCUUUUAUAUAAAGUAUCUGAGAAUGUCCCUGGCCCCUCAUUGAAUGGGUUAGUCUCAUUUCAUUCAUCAUUCGUAUUUUGGUAGAGUGAUUCUUCCUGUCAUCUGACUGGGUUACCUGCGCAUGUGGAAGAGCUAGGUCAGUUUUCAUCUGUUAAUGAUAAUGUGUGUUGGAUGUUAACAGUUGGUGUGGGUCUCUUCUACCACAUUAUGUGUAGCUUAAGUGUCAAAACUCUGAAAACCUUUGAGCAGCAAGGCUUCAUGCCAUUGUAAUGUCUAUUUCUUAAUGCACUUGAGAAUUCCAUUCAUCUUUUAAAAUAAUUGGGUGGGGUUCAAAAAUUCUUUAUCCUCAGACAUAUUUUUUUUUUACAAAUUUCCAUCAACGCAGCAUAUUGUGAUGCUGAGUAAAUUCAGGCAAAUAGUAUUAAUUGCUAUGGAUUUGGUGUUUUUGAGUGUUAGCUGCAAUAAUCAGCGCAUUCCUGGCAGCUUAGUGUAUAGAUAAAUUUCAAAAAUGCAAAAUGUUGUGCUUGUUUUCUACAGAGAAAACUAUACUAUCCCUUUAAUUCACUUGAAUUGACGUUGUGUACUAUGUAGCGUUUCGAAUGCUUAGGAUACGACUGCACACCCUCCAACAUUUCUCCGAUUAAAAUAGGGACGUUCCCAUUCCAUAAUGAUAAUUUUACUAUUUAUACCCACACAUCUUAUUGGGUUGCCCCAGCUCCUUGGAGGAAAAGGUGCGAGAUAAAUGAAAUAAACGAAUGAGUUAACAUACCCUCCAACAUUUCUCAGAUGAAAACAGGGAUGUCCUAUUUCAUAACAACAACUAAUAUUUUAUUAUUUACACUCUAUCCAUCUGAAUGGCACUCUGGGCAGCUUCCAACAUAUGUGAAAACAUAAUUAAACAUUAAAAAGCUACCAUACAGGGCUGCCUUAGAUUCUGAUGCCAUCUAAAGUUACUUAUCUUCUUGGCUCGGGGGGGGGGGGUUGCUUCCCAACUGCCCAUGUUUUAAUUAAAUCUUAUGUCAAGAUUUAAUUGCCAGUCUGGUUAACUUUUGUACAUGGAAUGGGGAAGACAUAUUUUCCUUUGUGCCAGGCAGUGAAUUGUCUUGGGUGGGGACCCACAUGUUGUGGGGAAGGAGGGGGGAAAUUGACUUUGCCAUGGCUACCGGUACAUGGACAAUGAAGUCUGUUAGCAAACAGAGGAAGGUAAACUGCUCUGAGUUCAUGAAUGCCAGCAUCAAAUAGAGAAGCAGCCUGACAGGAACUUGGGAAGGAAACAUUAAGGUUGCAGUGACCUCCAGUGGUGAAAAAAUAUCCUAAGGAUAAUGGUUUGUUGACAUCUGAAGCCAUGUACAGAACAGGACAGAACUUUUCAGCUGUAUUAGGGAUUUUCUGACCCGAGAGUAACAGUGGAGCUUACUUUCAAGUAAAUGUGUAUAGGAUUGUACUGCUGUUGUGUUUUCGUGUGAUUGCUGGUUUCACUUUUUCUUUGAGUCUUGUUUUGUGUGGUGAUGCUGGGAUAUAUGAUUUUAAAAAGUAUAAACUUACAACAAAAAACAGUUCCGAAUCCAAAUAUUGAAAUUGCUGUGAACCUCCUGACUUCCCCCCAUUCCUUCCGUGGUGAUGUUGGGGAUAUAUAUAUGAGAAUGAUUUUAAAAAAUAUAAACUUACAUAAAAAAACAGUUCCGAAUCCAAAGAUUGAGAUUGCUCUGAAUCUCCUGACUUCUCUCCAUCCCUUCCAUGGGUCUUAACGGUAUUAUUUACAACUGCAUAUCAAUACUUAUCCAAAUAUGAAAUCCUUCUAAAUUAUCCAUGCUUUCCAUUACUUUGCAAGUGUGGUUAAAAUCCUGCUGAUGUUUUAACCUGCUUACAGUGGUCUCGUAAAUCAAUUAUAAACUUUUCCCGUUCCUUGUUAAAGUUUUUGUCUUCUUGGUUAUUUUGGUUUUUCGUUGUGUUUUGUAAAUUUGUAUUCUUUUAUUUGAUUCUGUAAUCCAUUUUGAAAGGUACGUGUAAAAGCAUUGUAUGAAUUAAUCAGUAAUAAACAGAACACCAAAGACUGGCAUCAGCACCCAAAAUUCAAGUGCUUCAGAAAUAUCCACUAAUGAUGCCAAGGCUAUCCCCCAUCCCCAUACUAGGCAGCUGAGUCUGAAAGCUGACUGCCAUUUAAAUUACUCACAAUGCCCGCAGCAUGCUGUCACUUCAGAGCACUGCGGAAAAUAUACCAUGCCUUCUGUGGUCGCUUAAUGUGGGGAUGUGUUUCUUGGUCUGACCUUUUCUGCAGUUAAAGAAAAUAUUUAUUAUCAUUCCAGCAUACACCUGUAUAUAGGGAGUAAGAAAUAGCAGAAAAAGGUUUAACUUCAUGAGAAAACAAAUAUUAUUUUUCUUAAUAUAAGGCCAUGUGGGUAUUUUCCAUUGGUUGGAAAGCUAAUGGAAGGAGAUGUCUGCCUGUUUAAAAGCUUUUCAUUCUGUCCUCCAGUCAGUGUAGAAAUUCAGGGCAGUGCACAAUUAGAUAGAUCGGACAUGAAAUGCAGAAAUAAAAUAACAGGAGGCAAAUCUUAAAACGCUCACUAAGUUAUAACAAUGUAUCUGUGAGGCAAGUUUCUAUGUGGAGAGCUUUUUAGAGACAGGUUGCCACUACCAAAAAGGUCCUUCCCUUUGUUGCCACCAGUGCCGGAUUUACGUAUAAGCUAUACAAGCUAUAGCUUAGGCCCUGACUCUCUUGGGGCCCCCCAAAAAAUGUAAAGAAAAAAAUACAAUUAGUUUGAUAAAAUACAUAUUUUGUUAUGUGCAAAUGGCUUUAGAUACCUAUUAGGUCCAUAAAUUACCAUAUAGCAUAUAUUCAACACAAAAAACAGUGACAAUUUGUUGUUGACAAAGAACAGCUGGACAUAUAAAGGGCCCUGUUACCUUCAGUAGCUUAGGGCCUCAUCAAACCUAAAUCCGGCCCUGGUUGCCACUUAGCAUAAUUCUGCUAAAAGUGCCUGAGGAAGGGUCUAGGUCUGGGUAGGAUGAUAUGGGAAGAACCUGGCCUUCCGUUAUUUGGCUUUUCUGUGAACAGAAAGAGGAGAAACUGGAACUUCCAGCCCACAGUAAAUUGCAGCAGUGAUGCAGAUGAAAUUCAGAGCCAAAACAGCAAAGUUACCAGCUAACAUGGACUGUGUUGAUCUACCUUGCCCAUUAGAUAAAAAGCAUCUCUGUGCCGUGCAAAGUUGUGUGAAGGGUUUCAUUGCAGUUUGUGUGCUAAGGAUAAAGAUAACUUGACACACGGUCAGGAACAAAACUAGGUGCAGCUUUAAUUGCAGGUUUUAUUAUUUAUAUAUAUGUAUGUGUGUGUGUGAUGUAAACAGCAGUCACAGGAGAGUCCAAGUGGUUGUGGGAUCACAGGGCAUGAGGAGGGAGAGUUCAGUCCUUCCUCUCCUGCUAUGGUUCUGGCUGAAACUAGCAACAAGCUGCUUUUUGCAUCCCGCUGGGGGCGCAAUUUUGACUGGGACCACCCUCCCCACUUCCAGGUUAAUGCCACAUCCUGUUUGGCCCUGAGGGAACGAUCUGCACAUUCAUGCAAAUCACCACUUACCUGCUGCCAAAGGCAAGUGAACAUUGCUGAUGGACAGGGACGAGUUGAUGUCCUUAAUCUCCCUGUCCUUUUGCUUGCAUACUUUCAUUUAUACAUCUGUUCCCUCCUCUGAGUAAGAACAGCCUGCCUGCUCCACCUCCCAGGUUAUUGCUGGCAGGUCUUUGCAAUGUAUGUCUUUCCAAAAAGAGCAUCUCCUGCAAUUUAGUCAAUUGAUUUAAGUAGGGUAGUGCCAUUGCAGGCACAAGGAAGAACAAUGUGUGAUAUAUAAUAUGCAGGGGGAACUUUAAUGCUUUCGUUUGGUAGAUAACUUGAUCAGGUAUAAUAAACUAGAUUUUCACUAGGCUGGAAAAAUAAUAAUCCAUCUAUGGCUUAGCAGGAGAAAGGAUUGCAGGACUUCUGUUUCUAAGCGUAGUGAGGAAAUUUUGCUUUCCACUUUUCUCUUGCACUGCAGAUGGCAAGAAUAUUUUGAUCCAAAUUGGUGUUUUAACCUCAUAAGUUCUGGUGAGGAGACUUGAACCCUUCCACUUAACUUCCCUGUGACCCAUCAAAUUGGGCACUUUGCUUUCAUCCCGAUUCCAAUACCAGAAGUAAACUAGACAAGAGGAGGAAAAUAAAUUCCCUUAAGCAAUGGACAGAGAGCAGAAAGACUGCGCUCCUCUCAGCCAUGCCUCCUCUCAGCCAUGGGAGCCAGUGUGGUGUAGUGGUUAAGAGUGGUGGACUCGUAAUCUGGUGAACUGGGUUCGCUUCCCCGCUCCUCCACAUGCAGCUGCUGGGUGACCUUGGGCUAGUCAGACUUCUCUGAAGUCUCUCAGCCUCACUCACCUCACAGAGUGUUUGUUGUGGGGGAGGAAGGGAAAGGAGAUUGUUAGCCGCUUUGAGACUCCUUAGGGUAGUGAUAAAGCGGGAUAUCAAAUCCAAACUCCUCCUCUUCUUCUUCUUCUUCUUCUUCUUCUUCUUCUUCUUCCCAACCUGAUAUUGCUAAAAGUAAACUUUCUACCUGUAAACUCUACCUGUCCAUGGAGAAGAAUCAUUUCAAAUAUAUGUGGCUACCACAGUCACAUCUCAUUUUGCCAUAACACCACCACGGGCAGGCUUGUAAUGUGUAUGCUGGCUGUUUUCACCUUCUUUUCAAGGUUAAUCAGUUAAAAAUAGAGGUUUGCAGAAUCCAGCUCUAGAAACUGUCAUGCAGAGCUUCCAGUAUCUUCUCGGCUAGGCACACAACACCUGCUUACUGUCUGAGCAACCUGUCUUCAGGGACUCCCUGGAGACCACGGUCACGUACAGAUUAAGGAUGUGGCUUUGAGGUCCAAUUAAAUGCUGCUCGUGGGCAUCUAGAAAUAGCCUGCCUACUUGUUGGAAGUUGGAAAGCAGGGGGAAACGUGACUUGCGCAGAUGCCAGGAGGAAAAGGUGGCAAAUAGUGCGCCCCUUGGAUGAGCUAGACAUGUGCUUCCUUCCAUGUAGGGUUUGUGCAGUUAUAACACUGACAUCAGGUUUCAUGUCCAUGUGAGAGAUAAUGGACCUUUGAAGAGAUGUUGACAGCGUUUGUGCAUCAUGGAAAUUUGGAAACCUGUAGCUGUCAACAGAGCAGCAGGUGCUGGUGCAGCAGAAACUCCAGCUUCUGAUUCGGAAAGUGGUGGUGUAAGCUUGUCGUUGAGUCCUGUGUGUUCCGGCGAAAGUAACCUCCAUGCAUCUGCCUAUUUUGGGCCGUUACUGUUUCCGUGAUGACUUUUCUCCGCGUGUUGUGUUUCCGAAACCAUUAAAAACACCUGCGUUCUAGCCAAACCCAGCAAGUAAAGUUUUAAAGGGAGGAAAGAUAUUUAUCCCCAAAUGCUUCCUCUCUGCGUGUUCGUGCGUGUGUGCAUAUGUGUGUGAGAGACUUUUAUUAGCCAUUUUCCUGCUUAAAUCUUGCCAGCAGAAGGGCGAAGUGGAAAUCAGCUAAAUGCUUCCUGCUUCACAAAUGCAAUAACUUUGCUAUAGUUUGAGGUGUGUGUUGUUGUUGUGUGCAUGGCAGAGGGCCUUCUCGGUUUCCCCAGCCACUCUGGGAAGCUCAUAAGAGAAUAUUAAAAACACGAUAAAACAUCAAACAUUAAAAACUUCCUUAAACAGGGCUGCCUUCAGAUGUCUUCUAAAAGUCAGAUAGGUGUUUAUUUCCUUGACAUCUGAUGGGAGGGUGUUCCACAAGGCGGGCACCACUACUGAGAAGGCCCUCUGCCUGGUUCCCUGUAACCUCACUUCUCACACUGAGGGAACCACCAGAAGGCCCUCAGAGCUGGACCUCAGGGUCCGGACAAAACAAUGGAGAUGCUCCUUUAGGUAUACUGGGCCAAGGCCGUUUAGGAAUAGCUGGGUUAUGAGGAAAAGAGGGCAAGGAAAGGAGAACUGGGAACACCGAAAUGGAAGGAUUGGUUGGUGGGGUGGGAAGUAAAAUGUAAACAAUGUUUUGCAGCAAAGAGCAACUUGCUUGAAAUCUACAACCCGACCUGAUCUCCCCCUGGCUGUGCCUAGAAUUAGAACAGAAUCGUAUUUAAAAACAGAUGUCACUCAGGUCCUUAGGAAGAGUGUAAUAGUAGCCACAGGAGUAAAUAGAUACCAAGUCCCACCAAGUGACACAAUUAUAACCUUUUGUAGGAUUCUCCCCUCUCCCAGAGGUCAAUGGAUCAAAAUAGCAGCUCUGCCCCUGCUCCCUCGUGCCACACUUGCACGUGAGUGCCCUGUAGACAAUACGGAGGCACCAAAGACCCCAUAGUUCCCAGUUUGUAUGGUAUCCAGGCAAGAAGAUGGAGAAUGGUGGCUUUGGCACUUAGAAUCAUAGAACUGUAGUACCCCAAGGGCCAUCUAGUCCAGCCCCCUGCAAUGCAGGAAUCUUCUGUACAACACAGGUCUUGAACUCAGGCUCUACUGACCGAACUGAACUGAACAUGCGAGCUGAAAAUUAAACAGCAGGGUGAAAAGGACCCACAAUGUGUAGGCUAUGGGAAAGAAAAUAAAAGUGCUCCAAGAAUAUAGUACAGUGGUACCUCGCAAGACGAAUGCCUCGCAAGACGAAAAACUCGCAAGACGAAAGAGUUUUUCGUUUUUUGAGUUGCUUCGCAAGACGAAUUUCCCUAUGGGCUUGCUUCGCAAGACGAAAAACGAAAACGUCUUGCAAGUUUGUUUCCUUUUUCUUAAAACCGUUAAUACCCAGGGUGACUUUGAGGAGCAACUCAUAGCAUGCGGUGUGGUAGCCUUUCUUGAGGUUUUUGAAGACUUUGGUGAUUUUGAAGACUUUGGGAAACCGUGCUUCGCAAGACGAAAAAUUUGCAAGACGAAAAAACUCGCAGAACGAAUUAAUUUCGUCUUGCGAGGCACCACUGUAAUCCCAAAAUGCUACAUAAGAAAAGAAAGAAUCAUCACACCGCUGACUUUUUAAGACAGGAAGGCCUGUACUCAUACUUUACUACUCAAGCAGAAGCUAAAUAGACUAUAACUCGGAGCCAAGUCAGAACAUGGUUACUGGAUUUUACUGGACUGCAGUCAAAGAACAGCGGGUACUUGCUUUUGUAGGAGAAAGGAAAGCGUUUUUCUCAAACGAUCAGGCACCUUUCUUGCUCAAGCUCUGGCUUGUGGCAGAGGCCAAACCAAAUAGUGUUGGAGUUGCUGAAGCUGAUGAGCUGCAGCAGUAGCUUCUAGAAUAACAUAGGUAGGUUCCAACUUUGAAGCUUUGAACCCCUAAGCUACAGCUUGGGUAGGGGCAUGGUCUAGGGUUGCCAUUUUUGAGCUAUUUUUAUGGGGAAACGGCAAAAACGGCACUGCCAACAUGGGCUGCUGUACGUUUGGAUUUUCCAGGACAUUUUCCCAAUUUCCACCCGGACACUGCUGCUGACUGAAGUAUUCUGGAUAUCUCCAGGAAAAUCUUGACGUAUGACAUCCCUAGCGUGGUCCUCAGUCGGAUCCCUAUAUGCAUGAUGUUAAAUAUUCAUCGUUUCGAAUCUCUGAACCGAAGUAUGGCUCGAUUUACUUCUUGUCAGCAAGAAGAGAAAACCUGGUCUAAGUUAGAAAUAGGGUUUCAUUCAAGCUUAUCAUAAAGAAACCUUUAAAAUAUAUAUAUAUCCCUCUAAGUGAGGGGUCCACUGUCCCUCAGACCUUGUGGGGAGCUGAACUAUAUUUUGAAGAAGAAAAAAAGAACUAUUUCCUAUGCCUCACAAAUAAGCCAGAGAUGCAUUUUAAAUAAAAGAAAACAUUCUACUCGUGUAAAAACAUGCUGAUUCCUGGACCGUCCACAGGCCGGAUUUAGAAGGCGAUUGGGCCGGAUCUGGCCCCCGGGCCUUAGUUUGCCUACCCAUGCUAUAAGUGGUCUAUUUACAGUGGUGCCCCGCAAGACGAAUGCCUCGCAAGACGGAAAACCCGCUAGACGAAAGGGUUUUCUGUUUUUGAGUUGCUUCGCAGGACGAAUUUCCCUAUGGGCUUGCUUCGCAAGACGAAAAUGUCUUGCGAGUCUUGAGAUUUUUUUCCCGUUUCCCCCCCCUUUAUCUAAGCCGCUAAGCCUUUAAUAGCCUUUUAGCAGCUAAUCCGCUAAGCCGAUAAGCCUUUAAUAGCCGCUAAACUGCUAAUAGCGCUAAUCCGUUAAGCCGCUAAUAGGGUUGCUUCGCAAGACGAAAAAACCACUAGACGAAGACACUCGCGGAAUGGAUUAAUUUCGUCUUGCGAGGCACCACUGUAUAACUUUCCUGUGUAAUUCUGCAUUAAUUUGUAAUGUUAUGUGUUAGUGGUUUUUAUAAUAAUUUAAAAUGUGCAAAAAAGGUUGCAAAACUAUGGUUCUUAAUGUAUGUCAUAGAUGCCAAUUCCCUCGAGCCCUGCGUGCCUGAACAUCUACCAAAUUCCCCAAGAAGGGGCCAGGCACCCACAAAUUUUGGUGCCAAGGCCAUGGCAGCCAUGGUCGCAGGGCCAAAUUGGCACUCCUAAUGCAUGUGUCUUAUCCUGAAUAAACUGGUUUUGAGUACCACAGGGUCGUACUACAGAGCUGGUAUGUUAGGAUUAAUGGGUUUCAAGAUGGUGACCAAAUUAGAUCUUACUGGUAGAAUGUAUGAUGUGGGACAAAGAAAGCAACUGAAAAUUUUCAUGUAGAUUCUUAACAGUCUUACUGGAGCAUGUUCCCAAACACAAUAAAAUUCCACUAACUAUUUCUCUAUUCUCUCAGGGCAUUCCGACCAGUGUGCGACUAAAGAACCAGUCUAUUUAUUUUCUUUACUGUAUAGGAAGUUGGGUAGGAAAAAACCCCCACAGAGCUGUGUUUAUAUACUCCAGAUAAAUAGUACAAGUGAAUCCUUGAUAAAUUAGAAGAAGGGAGAAGUAGAGCGGGUUGACAAUAGGAUAGCAAUCCCUUAGGAAUUUGAAGGCCACAUGGGAUUGCGGAGAUAAUCCACCAGAGCUUUCUUUGUCAUAUAUCGCACAAGGCCAUGGCAUUUCCCCAGUGAUUUCUGCAUCCACAGCUUGUGGCAAAGGAGUUUUGAGUAGUAUCCUUUUAGUUCUACAAAUAGAAUGGGGAGGUGGGGGGGGGGAGAGAUAGAGCUGAUGGGGCCAAAUUAGGGGACAGGAGAAGAGGGCCUCUGAGGUAAAUGGAGAGUCUGUUUCAUAACAAGAUGCUGCUCUUCUCAAGUUUCUCCAUCCCAAGAGUGGAACCACUUGACACAGCAGUAAUUUACAGCCGGUCUUUCUCCAAGAAAAAGAAAGGCUUCCCCCCCCCUGCAAAAAAACCAUCAGUCAUUUGGAUUAUUUCUUGUCACCAUUAAUUAAAAGCCGAUCUGUCCUUUCCAUUUACAGUGGGGGUGGAGGAAUCUUAUGUCCAUUUCCAUUUCCUCCUGCCAUAUUAGAUUCCUGGGUUAGAAAUCUGCAGCCUAUUCCUUAAAUUUUGGUGGAUUUUGUAACUUGAGAAAAUUACGCUCCAGUUGCAUGUGCAUAAUUUUGUGGUGGUGAUUGUUUGGUUCAACAAUAUAGAGGGCCAGGUUCAACUACACAGUUGCAGUAGUUGGAAACAGCACAACAAGUCCCUCCAGGACAAUGGGGCUUAUCUCCCUCUUCCCCUCAUGGGCCCCCAUCCCUAAUCAGUUGGGGGGGGGGUUAAGUAUACCCCCAGAACGGUUCAUGGAGGAGGAAAGGGGAGAUUGUUCCAUUGGCAAGCAGAAACUUGCAAUCUCCUUAUUGCCACUUCAAAUACCAUCCCAUAAACCUUAAUGUGUCCAGCUAUGCUUUUACAAUAGAGACCAGAGACUGAUCACCAGAUGGUAGACCACAACUCCCAUAAUCCUUGACCACUGGCCAUGCUGGUGUGGGGAGUUGUAAAGAUGGGAGUUUGAGUCCAUCCUCAUUGAAAGGGUGAUGGCCCCCCAACCUCAAUAUAGUCGACUGAUGCAGAUCUGACAGCAAAGCAAAAUCAGAACCAUUAGCUUUAAUGGAACAUAGUUGCAGAUAAGUGUGUAUAGGAUUAAAGCUUAAAGGUAUGUGCAAGUGUGUCUGCAUGUGUGCAUCUCUGUGUGCACACAUGUGCCCAAGGAGAGCCAUAAAGGCUGUAGUGAAGUGGUGGAACCUCUGUCUUGCAUGCAGAAGGUUUCAGGUUCCAUUCUUGGCAACUCCAAAUAGGGCUAGAAAAGCUCACACCUGAAACACUAUAAAGCUACUGGCCAAUCAGCAUAGACAUUCAUGAGCUAGAUGGACCAAUGGGUGGAUUUGGUAUUAGGCAGCUGCCUAUGUUCCUAUAAAGAAAAGGUUGGAAAGUCCAAAACAACCAGGAUUGAAAGCCCCACAUCUAAAGGGGAAAGAGUCUGGGACAGCACUGAGAUGGGGGUCCACAUUUUGCUCCGGUGUUGAGAAACCCAAAGGCUCACAUCCCCAUUUCCCCAUGAAGCUCAUUGGGUGAGCUUGGGAACGCCAAUGACUCUCAGUCUAACCAGACUCACAGUCUGGUUGUGGUGAUAAAAUGGGGACGAGGAGAGGUCAUGUACAUCAUGUUGAGCUCCUUGGAGGAAAAGGUGGUCUGUGAAUGCAAUAAAUAAACCUGCAAAUUUGUAAAUUAAGUGAUCACAAGAAGGACAGCUUGAAAUUCUGGUGCUAUCUCUUUGAAAGGAAUUGUACCUCAGGAAGAUUGCCUGGAGCUUUGCAAUAUUUGGGGAAGGAGGGGGUAUGAAAUUGCAUGUGAGGAUUUGUCUGCAGCAGAACGAUGUCAAAAGUGUUGCUGAUUAAAAAAUUAUUGGGCAAAAUGUUGGGAACGUUUCAAAAGUCUGAGGUAACUUUUGUGUUGCAAGGACUUACAAAUUAAAAGUAAUGGUUGUGGUCAACAGUUUUACUCAGAGUGGAGCCCCUGAAAUGAAUGACCGCUCCCUGCAUAAAACGGGGGGCGCCCUUUGCGUGGACGCGCGCAGCCCCUGGAUCUGGAGCGGCUCCAUCAGCAUAGGCUUGGCUUUGCCUUCCCUCAGGUGGGAUACCUGGAGGUCUCCGCCUAUCCCAGUCAGUUGUGCAAUCCCACCUGGGGGAAGCGUUGCCAAGGAGAUCAGGCCAGGUAGGGGAGGGAUUACCUGCCCACACAACAGAGGGAGGAUCUUACCUGGGAAUCCUCACUUGGCUCCAGAGCUUUUUGCUCUUUUUUUCCAGUUUUACUCAGAGUGGAGCCCCUGAAAUGAAUGAGCCUAAGUUAGUCAUGUUCAUUAAGUUCCAUGGGUCUUCUUUGAGCAUAACAUUGUUGAAUACAAGAUUCCCCCCCCCCCCCCGUUAUACCUUGCUUAACCCUCUUUUCUUACUCGAUUCCUUUAGCCAUUAAGCACUGCUUGCCAGAAGUGCAUUAACCACGAAAAUGUUCAGAUCUCUUGGUGAGAUAGUGUCUUCCCUUUUCUCCAUACAAAUUUCACAAGUUGUCGAGUUCCUUUCCCAUGUCUUUCCGUUCUCCAUUCCAUGCUCACUUAAUGCUUGCGGCCUAUGAAUGGCAUUUGCAUUAAGCCCUAAGAUGUUGGGGUUAUGGUUGUUGAGGGUUUUUUUGCAAUGUUUUGGAAGUAUUACUUUAACACAGAACAUUAAGGAGGUUAUGAGAUUGCCAAGGUGUAGCGAUUUGGGGCUGGCGGGAGUCUACGUCCUGUUCUAUUAGUCCAUGAAAGAAGCCAGCUGUGUUUUCUGGACUGGCACCAGAUCCAGCCAAGCCUAACUUUUAAAACAAACAAACAAAACAAAACAAGCAUAUUGCUUAUUUUAAGACACUCAAGCCUAUCAAACGGCAAAAGUAUGCCUAAGAAAAUGAGCAUAGUAGCAGGUGUGAGAAACAGGGGAAGAAGCCGAUGAAUUGCUCUGUGUGUGUGUGUGUUUGCGUCAUUCUCUCUUUGUGUGUGUGGAGGCAGGUGGCACUGUGGUCUAAACCACUGAGCCUCUUGGGCUUCCGAUCAGAAAGUCGGCGGUUUGAAUCCGUGCGACGGUGGUGAGCUCUCGUUGCUCUGUCCCAUCUCCUGCUAACCUAGCAGUUCGAAAGCACACCAGUGCAAGUAGAUAAAUAGGUACCACUGUGGCAGGAAGGUAAACAGCGUUUCCGAGCACUCUGGUUUCCAUCACGGUGUCCCAUUGCGCCAGAAGCAGUUUAGUCAUGCUGGCCACAUGACCCGGAAGGCUGUCCAUGGACAAACGCUGGCUCCCUCAGCCUGAAAGCGAGAUGAGCGCUGCAACCCCAGAGUCGCCUUUGACUGGACUUAACUGUCCAGGGAUCCUCUCUCUCUCUCUCUCUCUCUCUGGGUGUGUGUGUGUAGAUAGUUAUAGUGAAUCCAGAGUGAGGCUCCGCAUUUCUGUACAAACUUACCUUGGCAGUAAAUUCCAUUGAACAUGUAUAGGGCUGCAUCUCUAGGCAUUUACUGUAGGAAUGACUGAGGCUGGAUCCAACUGCUUUAGAACAUGUUGCUGAUAAUGCCAACUUUGUAGAUUCAAUCCCUGUAUGGGACUGCAGGGGGUUGGUUUCUAGAUGAUCCUCAGGGUCCCUUCGACCUCUACAAUUCUAUGAUUCUAUGGUUGUAAUUUUGUUUUUGUUUUUUUCCUAUUGGAAGAAAAUGCGGGAUAUAACAAUGAAAAGAAAUGAAAGUGCCACAGCGAUAGGAAACUGUAGUAAGGAAGCUUGGCUCUGGAAACAUUCGGUCUAAAGGUCAGACUUAAAUGUUCAGCAGAAGCAAGUGGUUAAAGUUUCCCUAGACCAGCUGUUCUCAACCUGUGGGUCCCCAGAUGUUGUUGGACUACAACUCCCAUCAUCCCUGAGCUCUGGCCUUGCUAGCUAGGAGUGAUGGGAGUUGUAGUCCAACAACAUCUGGGGACCCACAGGUUGAGAACUGCUGCCCUAGACUGUCCCUGUUUGGGGUGCAAGUGUCAGGGGUGUAGGAAGGGGGGGUGCGAGCGGGCGGGCGGGCCACCCCGGAUGUCAUCCCUAAAGGCAUGACAAAAUGGCACACUGUGGGAGGCGGCACUUACUGCGGGGCCUGGCCUGCAGUGCACCGAGCCAUGCAUCUCUCCUGGGAGUGGCUCAGGGCCCUAUGCUGCCCCAAACGGCAGUAUGGGGCUUGCGUCCGCCAGGCAGACUCCGUGGGCAGCUUGCUGCGGUGCCCCUCUGAAUGGAUCACCGUGGUGCUCUCAUGGGUGGCUCGCCCGGCCCCACCCCCGCCGCUCUGGGUGCUGGAGCUGCUAGCUACACCCCUGGCAGGUGUGCUUGAAUGUUGCUGUUGUUGCUGUUUGGUCAUUUAGUCGUGUCCGACUCUUCGUGACCCCAUGGACCAGAGCACGCCAGGCACUCCUGUCUUCCACUGCUUCCCGCAGUUUGGUCAAACUCAUGCUGGUAGCUUCGAGAACACUAUCCAACCAUCUCAUCCUCUGUCGUCCCCUUCUCCUUGUGCCCUCCAUCUUUCCCAACAUCAGGGUCUUUUCCAGGGAGUCUUCUCUUCUCAUGAGGUGGCCAAAGUAGUGGAGCCUCAGCUUCACGAUCUGUCCUUCCAGUGAGCACUCAGGGCUGAUUUCCUUAAGAAUGGAGAGGUUUGAUCUUCUUGCAGUCCAUGGGACUCUCAAGAGUCUCCUCCAGCACCAUAAUUCAAAAGCAUCAAUUCUUCAGCCAUCAGCCUUCUUUAUGGCCCAGCUCUCACUUCCAUACAUCACUACUGGGAAAAACAUAGCUUUAACUAUACGGACCAUUGUUGGCAAGGUGAUGUCUCUGCUUUUUAAGAUGCUGUCUAGGUUUGUCACUGCUUUGUGGGCUUGAAUGCUCCCUUGCAAAUAGCGGCCAUGCAUUUAGAAAAACAUUAUGUGGGAGAGAAGAAAAGCAGUUAUACUGUUCCUGUGGCUGUUCUUAUAUGUGCAAAAAGGGUUGUUGGUUUUUUUGUUUAGAUUUGCAAUAAUUCAGCAUGCAAUACCCCAUUGGUAUCCUAGAGUGGUAUAUUCCAAUGUCAAGGCUUCAUUCUGCUGAAUGUAUAUUCAAGCCUGACGUAUAAAACGCUAAUAUGAAAUCCAAACCGUGGAAAGAAGCUGGCAGGGAGACAGCCGCAGUGUUACUAGGUGGAAUGUCAAGGACGAGGAGCUAUUGCAUAAGAACGACCAAGAAGACAGUGAAAGUUAGAAAUGGAACAUACAGAUUAAAAGAAUGAAUUUUGCGGUGGCAGUGAUUACAUUUCUGCAAAUUGAAGCCAGGUAUGGAUGAAAGACUUCAUCUGAAUGCAAUUCAGCAAUUAAUCGAAUCGUGUCGUAAUUGAAUGAAAAGCAGACUGGCUGUGUGUCUGCAACUAUACCAAGCUCUAAAAGUACUGUAAAGAAAAAUAAAUCUUUGGAGAAACAUGUUAUCCUGCAUUCCCAGACAGAACAGAACGUGGAUCUGGGCAAUAAUUUUUUAAAGAAGUGCUUGCAAAAACUGCAGAUACUAAGCACAGUUUUAAGAGGCAUUCUGUCCCCAUUUCCACACUCAGGAGGAAUGCCAUUUCUAAAACGAUGUCUGCUGAAAUAUAAGUGUGCGUCAUCUAAAAAUAAUGCAUUUUCAUUUUACCCAGAUGUAAAUGUAUGCUAUUUUAAUUUAUGGUUUAAUGGGUUAAUAAACUAAAACUUGCAUGAUCAAUAAAUUUCUUUAACUGAGUUGCAGCACUAGUUAUGUUUAUGAUUAUGAUUAUGAUUAUGAUUAUUAUUCCCCUCCCAUCUGGCUGGGUUUCCCCAGCCACUCUGGGUGGCUUACAGAAUAUAUAAAACAUAAUAAAGCAUCAAACAUUAAAAACAUUAAAAUGAAUAUCCCCAAACAAUCUCAUGAAAUUUACGGUAUUGAAAAUGCAUCCAAGUUUGACUCUAUAAAAGCCACUGUAGCCUAUUUAUUUAUUUCAUAAAAUGUAUGCAUCACUUGAUUCUAAACAACAACAACACCCUCAAAGCAGUUUUCAAAAAGAUAAACAAUAAAAUCAAUUUUAAAAAAUACAACUCCACAUUAAAACACUUGAAGUGGUUCACGCGUUGGACUAGGACUUGGGACACAAGGCUUCAAAUCCCGAGACAAUCUAAUCCCCAUGAAAUUCACUGUGUCACCUUGGGCUAGUCUCUGUAUUUUAGCCUAACCUAAAUGGGAACGGGUUGAAUCAUAUACACCACCUUGAGCUUCUUAGAAGGAAGGUGGGGUAUCAGUGCAGAAAUCAUAUACGCAAAAGCUUGCUUUGCACCUUGAAAUGAAUUAUAGAGACAAUAUUUCUUCAGUCGGAUAGUAAAACCUUGGGAUAGGCUGCUGUUAAGCCUGUUGUUCAUAAAGUGCCAUUUACGUAGAUGAUGCCACAUUAGUAGUAGUGGUAGUAGUGGUAGUAACAACAACAACAACAACAACAACAACAACAACAACAACAACAACAACAUCAUAUGAUGACGAAGAAGAAAUUCUUACUCUUCAGAUGGGAGCAAUGUGCACUCACCUUGUAAUCACCAAGAAGUUUGCUUGUAUAUUUUGCAACGUCUUUAUAUGAUUUCCCAGAAACAAUUGCUUGCUUGCAGAGAUUCCUAAAUCAUGGAAGGAAGGACGUGAUUUCUACACACACACACACACACACACACACACACACACACACACUUGUAUCUGCUGAACAGGGGUUACUGGAUUUUUCACAAAUCCUUUUUCUUCUGUUGUUUCCUUACUGAUUUACAAAGAAGUUGUAGUUCUCAAAACAUUCCCAACACCAUCAAAGAGCAACAGAUUUCCACGUAAGGAUAUGAAAGCAAAUUCCUACAGUGAUAAUUUCUCCCCCUCACCCCCGGUUGUCGCAUACAGGUGAUGUAACAUGGUGCAGAAGUGUAGGAACAUGAUAUUUACUCUGACAGGAAAACGAUGCAAAUGAAAUCUUUUUUAGACAUCUUCAGUUAUUGGGGUUAUUAAGUCAGAGGUGACGGAAGAGAAGCAAUGUUUAUUUAAAGGGCAAAGUUGGCUGCAGAAGACAAUUUAUGUUAACUUACUUUCACAAUGUUUAAUCUCAAAUACAUAGCUUAAAUCUAUUAAAAACACACACAGACACACAUGUCUAGGAUAGAGUUAGCAGCAACAAUAAGAGAAGAUGGCGGAAACAGAUCUAGGUCAGGAGCUCUAAAAUCUAAGCACCACAUUCCCUCAGCUUAAUCUGUGGCAGUGAGUGAAGUUGAAGCCAGUGGUGGGUGUGGCUGGAGCCAAAAAUUGAACUGGGCUGCUCCUUCUCUCUCUCUCUCUCUCUCUCUCUCUCUCUCUCUCUCUUUAUGCCGCCCCCCCCCCCCCUUUGCACACACACUAACUCUUUUCUGGCAUCCUCUGAAAAUCUCCCCCUUCCCAGCUUUCUAACUCUGCUCUGAUACCAAAUUUAGCCGAAAAAGUGACUAGCCAACUGUAUUCCUGCUCAUUGCUCUUUCACUUCAGAUUAUUAUUAUUAUUACUACUACUAAUAUUACUGUUAUUUUAUUUAUGAGACGCCCAUCUGACUAGGUUGCCCAACCUACACUGAUUCCCUAAGGUAUUGGAAUUAUUACUGAAUUCCUUAAUCCUUUGGUAUUGAUAAUGGACCUCACCUGAUUUGCCUUGAAGAUAAUAAUCUGAACUGCUGUGAGCCAUAACCCUAUGAAAUGUAUUAGUGCGUAUAUUGAUGGUUCCGACUAGCACUGAAUACAAGACCACGGACUCAGCUAUACAGCUGCAAAUAAAACGUUUUAAAUGUGUUCUAAAGUGCAAUAUACAAAUGUGACACUAGGUGGCGACACUGAGCUAUGAAAAAUUCAAUGUGUUUUUUAAAACGUUUUUUAAAAAAGCAUUUUCACAGCGCUUUUUAUAUGUGUGUAGAUUCCACCCAUGCCAAAGUUAGAUUGCUGUUAUCAUUCUCCUAGGUAUAAAUACCACUGAAGAGGUAUUACGCAGGGACCUAUUACCAGUGCUGUUAUGUAAUUGUACUGGCAAAUCAUGGCUCCCGCACUGCAAUUGAUCAGUGAGGUAUGAUUCAGACAUUAAGCACCUCUGAUGCCCACUGAUUACAAUGAAAGUAUGCAGAACAUGCAUUAUUUUCCCAUUGAAGUAGUUGAACUUAAAUGUGCUCAAUUUUGGCUGGAUUGUACCCAUUACUAGAGAGUACCAAGGAAGCUUUCAAGGCUGUUGAAUGAGAUUAUUAUUCAAAUAAUAACUUGGUUUACAUCGAAGCAUGUUUUAGUAGCGUGUAGCAGCUAAUCACUGUCUGAGCAUAUUCUCGAUUUUGGUGUAUGCUUGGAGCAAAUUUUCCCAUGAUCAUGAUGCUGUUUACACAAUCAAAGGAGAGCCAAAGACCUCUAAUUAGUUGAGAGCUUUCCCCACUCUCAGAACCCAAUCUACCUUUGAUCGAAGGAUAAAUAACUUCCCCAGAUUCCACCCCCAAGUGUCUUACAAAACGCUGGUCAUUCACUAAAAUGAUGUUCUAACUGCACAUCUAAAGAAGGUGAUUUGGACAGUACCCCAGUUUUAAUGAACAAAGGAAACAGUAAGAAUAUCCACCAGUGUAGUGCAAUUUUAAUACUUUAUGAAGGAGUUAAGAUCCCAACUGAAAGAGCAAUCUGAAAGCUCCGACCUGACCAUCCUUGCACAAAAUUUUGAUCAGUGUAACUUUCCUUCCCAUGGAAAUCGCAUUUGCUAUAUUUUUAGUUGAUUCCGACAGAGUGAGAAGCCAUUACUCGCAUCCAAUUUUCCACAUAACUGCUUCUGACUGCUGUCCCUUUUAAAGUCUUUUCAGGCUAUCCAUCCAGAAUUAACUUUCUUUUAAGAAAAGGCCUUUUGUGGUUUAUAAAUUUUUAAAUGCAGGAUGGGAGCUGCCAGAACAGCUUUGGAGAGCAACCAAAGAUUUGAAGCAGUCUCCCUAACAUGAAAUGAGGUACAGCUCCGACUGCACCUGGAGACAGUACCUCUUUCAUUCGCCAUCUUCAGAGUUAUAACACCUCUGGCUUUCGCCUCAGAACAUCAGGAAUUUUCCUUCAAACUGGCUUCUUGGAACGAGGCUUGUGCACUAUUAGGGGAUAAUUUAUCACAUCAUAUUUCUCUGACUUGAGAAAUUCAGCUCUCUUUUUCUUCUUCUUCUUUUCAACAGAGUGGUAUUAAAAAGGAAAGAGAAAGAGAAACACGACAGCAAGGGCUGCUAAACUCAUGCAGGAAUCUUCAGAUGGGGCCAGAGAUAAUGGACAAUGGGGACUACAAGAGAGCUAACAGGCAGCAGGGGGAUAGUAGUCACCAUCAAUUAUAACUGUACAUAAAACUUCUCAUUAAAUUCCUGGUCCUCCAUUCUUCACCUGUAAUUCACAAAGAGUUUCAUUGAUUAGGCUGGUUUCGCGAGAUACCUCUGGUCGGCCGGAGUGAAUUCUUCUCAGUAGUAUAACACUGCUUUCCAUCCUUGGUAGUUCAAGCAUCUUUGCAUUUAAUGCGCAAGGAUUUGUUUAUUUAUUUUUAUAUGCAAAUUGCAUCGGAGGAGGAGGAGGAGGGGCUGAUAAUUGAAGGAAUCAGAACUGGCACUGGAGGGGAUUUUAACCAUUUUCUCCCCCUCUGCAAUGCUCAGAAGGUUCCCCUUUCCAAAGCUACUCUUGGCCUGGGGGGGGGGCAGCAAGUGGGGGAAUCCCCCACUGUAUAAUUAUUACAACUCCCCUCCCCCAAAAAGCUGAAACAACAUGCAUUUUUUGGUAAAAAAGAAAAUGCAGGUCCAAAGAUGUCUAUGUGUCAUCUUGGCUCUGAGUAAUUGUGGGAAAUAUUAAGGGUGGUGGCCCUGAGAAAAAAAGAGGACAGGAUUAUAAAUAAUCGUUCUGGACAACUCAAACGUUUGGACUCCCUGUUACCUUUCACCCAAUAUCUGUAAGUGAGACAUGUUUUAACUAAUUUAGUAUGAAGAUGUGGCUCACUUAGAGAUUGUACAAACCAUGAGUUAUGAUUGCCGCCAUAAAUCAAUCCAUAGUAAUUUAGGUUGAAUAUAUAAAGUAAUUGCUGAGAUAGAUACAGUGGUACCUCGGGUUACAAACGCUUCAGGUUACAGACUCCACUAACCCAGAAAUAGUACCUUGGGGUAAGAACUUUGCUUCAGGAUGAGAACAGAAUCACGUGGUGGCAGCGCAGCGGCAGCAGGAGGCCCCAUUAGCUAAAGUGAUGCUUCAGGUUAAGAACAGUUUCAGGCUAAGAACAGACCUCCAGAACGAAUUAAGUUCUUAACCCGAUGUACCACUGUAUAUAGAUAGAUGAUAGAUAGAUAUAGAUAGAUAAAUAAAUAGACACACACACACACACACAGAGAGACACGAACGACCAAAUAGUACCUAACUCCCACUUGAUUGAACAAAAUGUAUCCAACAAUUAGUGAACAAUGCUGAGGGUGUAAAGAACCCAAUCCAAAUUUGGUGAUACAGACCUAUUGAGAAUCCGCUUUUACAGAAAUAAGAUAUAUCAUUGGCUACAUUCUUCCAGGCUAAAUCACAGAAAACAUAGAGCAGCAAGGGAUUAGAGGGGUCAUUGAGGCCAGUCAUCCCCCAACAGUGUAAGACAAGUCCCUGUCAACACUAGAGGGAAGACACAGAAAUCAAGGAGGGAAGGCAAGGGAAGGAAAUGAUAAUAACACAAGGGAGAAAAGCAGGCAAAUGUGUACUUAGUCUGUGCUUCAUUUGGACUAGGAAAUUGAUGUGCUUCUACCCUUAAUCCUAACAUUUAUGAAUCAAGCUUUUUCAAUACACUGGAACCUGUUUGGGGAAAAAAUAAUAUUUCUCAAACAAGCACCGAGAAAGGCGAAAGAAGUGAAGUGCCUUCAAGAAGAGAAGUUGUCUUUACACAUCUUUUAACACGCAGCAAUUGCAUUUGGCUUUUUGAGGGGAAAAUUAGUCAACAGAGGUCUCGUGAAUCCUGGGGAAGAACAUACUAAUUUUAAUGAGCCACAACUAUAGGCAAAGUGUUCCCUGUUUUCUGCUAUUGCAUGACAGGGAGAAUUUUAACAAAAGGCUGCAGCUGACAUGUGAUGGUAAUUACAAGACAUUAGGUGUCUUGUAAUGAUUUAUCACCAAGGGGAUUUGCAGAACACUUGUGGCCAGUUAGCUUUUGGUAAGGGAGGUCAGGAUUCAUAAUUGAUUAACAGGUGGUAGAGUCAUUGUGCCCGGAGGCCAUAUUGAUGCUAUAAAUUCCCUAUCUGCCUCAUUGAGCUCUGGGCCAGAACUGUCUCUCUGUGUGUGCUCUAAACAUUGUCAAUUCCUUUGGGGAGACCAGAAGGGAGCUGAAUGGAGUUCCAGACAACCUUUCGGGAUGGCCCUAUUCACACCGCAUCCAUAUAUCAUUAGAAGACACAGCAUGUCACUUACUUUUUGAGUAUUAUGCGAUUGGUUUAACUCUUGUAACGAGAGAUCCCCAAACGCAGUUGAAAUCCACAGGUUCAGAUUCUUUUUUUAAAAAAAAAAAAAUUAUAUUCGAGUCUGAGCUAAGGUUUCGGUACAGUUGGAUCCUGAGAGUUAGGACUCAGCUACAUUAGUCAAAACGCAGUGUUAUAAAUGCGUUACAACACCGUGACACCAGAGGGCGCUGCAGAGCUGAAACCGCAACUCAAUUAUAUUUUCAAUUGUGAGCUUUUUUGCAGAGCGUAUUCAGAGCGGUUUUUUUAAUAGCUGUGUAGAUUUAGCCUUAUAGUGAGUUCCUGUGUUUACCAUUCCUGAUCUGUAUUCACCUCUGAGCUUCACUCUGUUUUUAGAUAAGGUAGUUCUUUUACUAUUGUGGUUUUUCAAAAUGUUUUGAGGAACUCUAAGCUUUCUCGGGAAUUGGUCAGGAUUUCAUCAGUGGGACCCAUAGGGCCUGAAAGAAAGCUUAUCCACUGCUGCUGACCUCCCCUUGCAGAGCCCAUUGCUAGGGAGUGCUGGGUAUGUUCUGGCUGUGUUCUGGUGUGUAGUCAGGUCCAGAAUCAGCACGCAGUGUAGCUGGGCAACUGUUAAGUUUUGUUAAAAUGCUUAUAUACGCAUCACUUCUAAAGAGGAAGUGCAUCACUAAAAAGUAACAAAACAGGAUACAUAUUUGCAUAAAAAUUGUAUAUACUAAUUUAUACGUAGAGAUGCAUUUUGUAGAUACAAAAUGGCCUAGCUAAAUCUAGGAAAACAGCUUACUCUAUGGUUUUAACCCCUGUAUGCUUUCACAAAAGGUAGGCAUGCUGGUUAUAUAUGGGGCUGAUUUAUCCCACAGUGUACUCACGCAAGGCAGGUGCUGGCAUUUUUACAAGGGCAUGGAUACCUUUUUACCAGGAAUUAAGGAAGUAAGAAAAAGAAUAAACCAUCUAAAGUAACAGGGGAAAGUGAGAAGAUUAAGCUUGGGAGAAGGGUGAUAUACAAUGACUUCUGAUUUAUUGGUGAUAAAAUGGAGUAGUGAUAGUCGCUUGUGAAUGAUUGUAUAUCCCUAUAAGUGGCGCAAAGCCAGAAAAAGCCAGGACUGGACUCGGCCGCUGCUACAAUAUUUCUGUUCGAGUACCUGUCAUGUUCAAUGCCAGCAGCUGCCAUAAAUUAUAAGAUGCACAGUCUGCGCCUUCAACAAAUAAGCACUCUGGUGAAAGAUGCUAGGUCAACGCAGGAGUGCAAUACGUAACCAAGACGCUUUGGGAAAAGGAACUCCAGUUUUCUCUUUCUCAUAAUACAAACUCAAGACAGCAUUCAAUCAAUGGCAUUUAUAGGGAUUUGCAACAAGCAAGAAGUUUGUUUGAUGAAAGAGAUGAACCUGGAAAUGCAUUACAAUAAGAUCAUGUGAAGCUUUGUCACUGUUGUGGCCUUUCCCCCAUAGAUGCUGUGGUAUAUUACCACAGUGCAUUGAUGUGGGGCUGCCUUUGAAGACUGCACAUAUUUCAGUGAGUUCAGAGGUAAAGGUAAAGGACCCCUGACAGUUAAGUCCAGUCGCGAACGACUCUGGGGUUGCGGUGCUCAUCUCGCUUUACUGGCCAAGGGAGCCAACGUUUGUCCGCAGACAGUUUUUUCUGGGUCAUGUGGCCAGCAUGACUAAGCCGCUUCUGGCGAAACCAGAGCAGCACACGGAAACGCCGUUUACCUUCCCACCGGAGCGGUACCUAUUUAUCUACUUGCACUGACAUGCUUCCACGCCUUGUUGGUUGGCAGGAGCUGGGACCAAGCAACGGGAGCUCACCCCAUCAUGGGGAUUCGAUCCGCAGACCUUCUGAUUGACAAGCCCCAGGCUCAGUGGUUUAGACCACAGCGCCACCCACGUCUCCAGUGAGAACAUGGAUGCAAAUAAUAAUAAUAAUAGUUUUUAUUAUUAUUUAUUAUUUAUACCCCGCCCAUCUGGCUGGGUUUCCCCAGCCACUCUGGGCUGCUUCCAACACAAUAUUAAAAUCAAAUGCCUUCACAUUCUCGGUUUUCUAUCAUGUUCCCGUUGAAAUCUGCCUUUCCGAAGGACCGUACUGUAGAGUCUACCUCAGUACAGUGGUACCUCGGGUUAAAACCUUAAUUCGUUCCGGAGGUCCGUUCUUAAGCUGAAACUGUUCUUAACCUGAAGCACCACUUUAGCUCAUGGGGCCUCCUGCUGCUGCCAUGCCGCCGGAGCACGAUUUCUGUUCUCAUCCUGAAGCAAAGUUCUUAACCUGAAGUACUAUUUCUGGGUUAGCGGAGUCUGUAACCUGAAGCGUCUGUAACCUGAAGCGUAUGUAACUCGAGGUACCACUGUAGCUGCCUUUCCUUAUGACCACUGACAUACGACCAACCUUUGGCCUCCGUUGUUUAACUUGGGAUGGGGGUGGCUGGAGGGGAGAUUGUGUUAGAAUUAUGUGCGACCCUUUUUCACUGGUAAUCCUUUGUGAGCUUCUCAAAUGCCUCAGAGAGGAAUGUUUCUGUAGAAUUGUGUUGUUUUACAGAUGGUGCAAACGCCUCUCCUGGUGCUUUGCGGAUAACAGGGAGGUGGUGGGUUUUUGUGUGUGUGUUGUUGUUGUUUUUUGCAGAUGUCUAAGUGUCAAGAGGGUUUAGCUAUUCUUUUAGCAGACGCAGUUUGGAAAUCCCCGAGUGUUUUAAAUCAUAACUCUUCCUCGCUGGAGCUUCCCUGCUUCUGGCUCCUGUGGCAUUUUCAGGGAUGCCUUUUGUAUUAUUCUUUCCAUGAAAUAGAGAUCCCUAACCUCUGGAUUCUACCCCUCCCUCCUUUUCGGUUUCCUGCUUUUAAAUCAAAGCCGUUUAAAUCGGUGUCGGGGAAGCAUUCCCAGCUACGUUUGGUGCGUUAAAUCUUGCAGAUGUCUAUUCUGUACAAAAGGGAUCUUAAUCCUGGGCUGUGUGAGGGCAGAACUUGUUAUGUGGUAGUAAUGGAGAUGUAUCUCAAAAAGACUGAUGCCUCCAUCCCUGGCAUCUUAUUGUCAGUCAUUGGCACCAUCAGCAGAACACAAGGAAGGUUUUUGCUUUUUAGUAAUUUGGUAACCCUUGAAAACCAGAAAGAAGUAUAUUCUUCAUCAGGGCUCUGGGGAACCACAUCCUUUCCCACCUAUUGUGAUAAUAUAGGCUAAAACACUGUAAACAUUUAGGUGCCAGCAGUUUUGCUUUGAUUAUUAUUCUUAUUAUUAUUGCUGAUAAAUGCAAUCUCUGUUUGGUUCUGGGGUGCAGUGAGUUUCGGGAUUUAUUUAUUUAUUGCAUUUACGCAGCUGCUGAUUUUAGGUUUUAUUUUAUAUUUGUAUAGAAUUUGUUUUCAGACAAAUAGGGCUAAUUUGGGAGUUUUGCCUUCCUCAUAGCAACUGUUACAACUGUGACUCAAAAAAGGCAUUGGGGUGAGAGGGAUAUGUAAAAAUCUCAGGGCACGCUGGUAAAGGGGUCUGGGUUGAAGUUCUGUCCAAAGGUCCAGAUGGCGGGUGAGGGGCUGACGGGCCAAAGGACUUCCAUUCGGUGGCGGGGGGGGCGGUCACCAUAGUUGACCUGCCUCUUGAAGACACCCUUAACCCAGAACAAACCAUUGUGAAUAAUCACCCAGUAGUCAGAAUGGAUUAUACAUACCCAGUGCCUACGCCAAAGCCUACUGUCAUCUGUAAUCAAUAAAGUUGUGGCCAAUUUAGUUCCAAGAUCUUGUUGUGUCGUUUUUGUUGCUACUCCAUUACUGCUCCUUUCCAGUUCCUGGGUCACACUGCGCAUGGGCCUGCAACCAACUUCUCAAACUUGGCUUGUUCAAUGCUCUCUGCGUGUGUUUGCGCAUGCGCACAUGUGCAUACGCUCGCAUGUAAGUUCCAAUAUGCAUGUUGAAAGUUUCUGUGCACAUAAUGGCCUCCCCAUUCAUUUCACUAUCAGGAGAAUCUAUUUGUAGUUAAGGAGAAGGCGACUCACCCGGGAGAUUUAUGUGCACCUCAGAGGAUGCACAGAGUUUUGGAUCAGAGCCCAGGCAAGUCAUCGCUUGAGUUUCUAUAUUUACCUUUUGGGUUAUACAGGGCACGGAAAUUAUUUGUGUAGAUGAAUGUGGUUAUUUUAUACUUGACAGAUUUGAACUAUGGUUGUGGGGAGAAUGGCUGCUUUUUAAAAAGCCAUACCCUCCCUUUCUCAUCGUGGCUAAAGCUAUGAAAGAAUGCCAGCUGCUUAAGUAGGAGGAACCAAAACUAUUCCUGCAACUGCUGCCAUUAUACAGUAAUUAUGUUUGUUGCAAAAGUAAUAAUAAUGCACUUGCUCUGUGCAAUUCUUACUUUGCUAGCAGCCGGGAUAGAAAAUAAUAGCAAAUAAUGUUUUCCUACUAUGUUAACUUGGUUGUUGUCAGUAGGGGGAGGGGAAGACUAAUGCACCUCUAGCAGAGUUACAGAUUUUCUAAACUAUUUGCGCACAGCAUGAUUAAAAAUAAAUAAAUCCAUGUACAAAGAAUUUCUGCAAAGCAACUGGCACUCUAAUCCGAACAAUUAGCAUUAAGCUGUAAAAAUUCCAAGCACCCAAAUUUAGCUUCCCCUUUAGCGCGGCUCUUAUUUUGUUCAGCUCAGGGAUCCAAUUGGAUAGCAGAUUCAUAUCUUUCACAAGCAGCCGUGUUGCUACUGCCAAAGGGUUUUUGGCAUCCCUGGACUUCUCAGAUGUCUUGUAGCCUUUAUGGUGUCCAUUUCCACUUGGGUGCAAAUAGUUCUUCUGCCCUCCCCAAAGACUGACGUCACUGACGGCAAGUGCAUUUAGAUGCUCAGCAAAUGUCUGCCUGGAACUUCAUUAUUUUACUGCGCUUUCUAAAAAAAAGUCGAGAGUGGACUGCUCUUCUUCGGUACCUAACUUGCAGAACUUUAAAUGGAUUGAGCCUGAUGUUUUGACAAACACCAGGCUUAUGUCCCUCAGGAAACUGGCUGCAAAGCCCUCUGAAUAUGCUAUUUUCAUUGAUAUCAUCUAUGCGUCUGUGUAAAUCGGCAGAAUGACCACCUCCAACAAAAAGUCCGUGGUAAACUCCUUGGCCAAAAUAUUUGACCCGAAUGCUUUACAGAACCAGCGACCUUCUGGUGAAGAGGAAGACUCACCUGCUCCCCAAAUUUCAAGCAAGGAUGUCAGCCCCCCUGAACAAAUGAGCGGGCUGGAUAUUGCUUCCUUGGAUCAGAAAAUAAGCAGGUUGUUGACUGGGCAAGACAAUGUCCUUCAGAAGUUGGAUUACUUUUCGCAGGAAAUCUGCUGUAUGGAAAAGAACAUGGCACUCUUAAAGGAAAAAGGAAGGGACUCUGGACUCCGACCGUCCGCCAUAACGCCUGAGAAGCCAAAUGGUUCUGAUGUCACAACAUUAUGCCUAGAAAUUGACAAGAAGCUUGCUGACAUGAACAGAAGCGCUGAGCAACAAGCCAAAAGGUUAGAUGGGCUUGAGCAAUUGGUCCUGGGAGUCCAGCAACUCCUUGGCUGUUUGGUAGAAAAACUGAAGACUUCAACCAUCACGGACCUCAUCCGCAGAAAUGAAGUUCCUCAUAAACUCCUUAGAGUCGGUGGCUACCUGCGGAAAGAUAGAUCGGGAAACCUUUUCAGGAUGCAGACAUUCUCGGACAAAAAGGAUGCGCUGUUCAGCAAAUGGAAUGAAAAGGUGAGCCCAGCUAUUUCAGAGCCUAAUGUGCUUUGCCCCCUUCCCUCCUUUGUGCUCAGUGGAAGUUGUUUUGGGCUAGAUCCAGAUCUUCUGAUACAGGAAAGGUUCCUUCCAUUUUUGACAGUGACUGAGAUCCAGCUGCAGCUCCUCACGGGAGGAAGGGAGGGGAGGGGAUAGCCAGAGAUUUCCUUUCCACGCUGCAUCUCCCAGUACCGCCUCCAGCGUUCUGGAGGGUUCAACCUCAACCCUUCAAAGCCGUUUGGGAAGGUGCAGGGGCCUGCAGAAAGAAGGGAGAAAUUUCCCAUCCAGGGCUCUAUCUAUACUUUUAGCGAAGUUCUGCUCCAGGCAGCCCUGGAUCCAACCCCUUGUUAACUGUAACAAGUCAUUCAGGUUUGGAUUUUGUUUUUGUUUUUUAAAAGCUCCUAAUUUUGAGCAUUGUGAGCAAUGCAAAAUCAAACCAUAAUAAUGGCACGUGCAGCUUUGUCUUAUUGUUUGGGUAACAGUAUGCUCAUUGCGUGGACAGGCGGAGUCCCCAGAUCCCGAGCGGUCCCCCCCCCCAUCAUGUGGAAUAACGACUCAAGACAACGUGCUAUGGGAUUAAAUUGGCCACAACUUUAUUAAAUUUCAAAUGUGGGUAGACCUUGGCUCAGGCAUUGGGCGUUCUCCCUCCCCAGUCCCCAGCCGGGGACCUAGGGAGCAUUAGGGUUAUCCAGUGUGUGUGUGGGGAAUGGGCCGGCUCUGGAGAACAUAUGUUCAAGCAGAGAUAGCCGCCCCUGUUACGCCGCCGCCGCAGGGGAGAGCAAUAACGACCUUUCGGCGUACGGUCAAAGCCUCCCUUCAGAAACCCCUUUAACGGGGAACCCUGGUAUCGCCGCCACAAAGAGGAAGAUGGACUAAAGGCCCAAGGCCUGAUACUGCCAAAGUUGUGACAUUUUGCUAUGGGAAAGGCAAAACCUGCCAAUGCAGGGAAAUUCCUUUCUGCCCCUUUAACAGCGACCUUAACGUAGCAGCGCCCACAUACCUGUGAAGAAAAGUUAACCUGGAAAACCUGUGAAGAAAAGUUAACCUGCAAAAUAAGACAUUAACUGAGGGUGGGUAGGGUGGGAGAAGCUCUGGAGCCAAGUGAGUAUUCCCAGGUAAGAUCCUCCCUCUAUUGUGUGGGCAGGUAAUCCCUCCCCUACCUGGCCUGGUCUCCUUGGCAAUGCUUCCCCCAGGUGGGAUUGGACAACUGACUGAGGUAGGCGGAGACCUCCAGGUAUCCCACCUGAGGGAAGGCAAAGCCAAGCCUAUGCUGAUGGAGCCGCUCCAGAUCUAGGGGCAGCGCGUGUCCACGCAAAGGGCGCUCCCCGUUUUAAGCGGGGAGCAGUCAUUCUAGAAACCACAAAUAGGGAAGAAAUCCCGCUCUCGUUAUUCUCAGUUAUUAUUUCAGCACAACCUGUUUCUAACAAAAUGUCAGAAUUUAUUUCUGAGACUCUGGUCAUUUGGGAAAGUGCUUUAUGAACGUAAAUUAAUAUAAAGUACCUCCCUGCAGAUUCUGUGUGCUGUGAUAUCAAAAAACCCACAAACAAACAAAGUGGCACUUUUUAAUAUUUAAUUAAAGGUAUUUUGCACUUUCAUUCAGUGGAACUUUACAUUUUCAGUUCCCUGAACACCUUUGCUGCAGGUUAUGUUUUUUUUGUAAAAUAUAAAAGGAACGCUGCACAUGUAACAAGCUAUUUCAGGAUAGGCAUGGGUGUAGAUAUUGGACUACUUUAGAUGUAACACUAAACCAUAGUUUAGUAUUGCAAGAGUGAACCUGGGUAACACCUGAACUCCCUAGUCCUUCAGAGCAGUCACAAGGGCAGUUUGGGUGCUUUCACUUCCAUUUUAGAUUAACCGUAGCUUGCAGUUCCAUCUAAACAAACUACGAUUCAUUCUAACUAUGGUAGAAACAAACUAAUAUCAAACCCAAGUUUACGAUGCUGGCUUGUUUUUGCAAACCACAGUGAAGAUUUACCAUUAGACCAUAGUUAAGUGUUAUAGGAGAACCUGGCUAUUAACUAGUGGCAGGCAGGUGUUCUCUUCCAUACAAACCAUUCAAGUCUAAAUCAGUUCCAUUAUUAGAAAUGUACCCAACCCUUUCAGACCUUUUUUGGAUCCACUUCAUUGCCACAGAGAUUCUGAAAUGCGAUAGGAAAAAAUGGAGUUUCACAAGCUGGUCCCUAAGUCCAUUGCUAAUGAAAUAUACUCGGAGUCGAGAGUGGAUUUCAUGCUCUUUAUUCAGCUCAUAGUGGUGAGGAGGAAUGGAAGUUCCCCCACAAUAUCAGCUUUAUAUACAUUAUUUACACAAUGGGCUGCACGUGAUUGGCUAAUUCCGGAAUUCUCCUGUAGGCAAAUCAGGUUGUGGAUUCACUUCCACCUGGAGCUGGAUUGGGUGGCUCCUGCGGACCAAUCAUACUGCUGCAUUGUUCUAGGACCAAUCAGACUGCUGCAUUUUGGAUCCUAUUCAACUCAGUACAUAACAGCUAAUAUGACUGGAACGGAACUGCUUCAAUUCAUAAGUAAUAAUCAUAAUUUGUACAGAACAUUCAAAGUGUUCAGUGUGCAUUAUCUCAGUGAUCAAUACAACAUCCCUGUGAGUGAGGCCUGCAGUAUUAUCUCCAUAUUGACCAUGGAGCUUAGACAAUAGUGUCUUGCCUUCAUAGUCAGCCUGUAGCCGAAACAGGAUCUGAACCAGGGACUUUAUAGUGCACAGCUCACCAUCCUAGUCAUUUCUCUAUACAGUGGUGCCUCGCAAGACGAAAUUAAUUCGUUCCGCGUUCGUUCGUCUUGCGGUUUUUUUCGUCUUGCGAAGCACGGUGUCGGAAAAGUUUUGGAAAAGCUUCAAAAAUCACCAAAGUCUUCAAAAACCUCAAAAAAGGCUACCACACUGCGUGCUAUGAGUUGCUCCUUGAAGUCAAGUCGCAACUGUAUUAACGGUUUUAAGAAAAGGAAACAAACUUGCAAGACGUUUCCGUCUUGCGAAGCAAGCCCAUAGGGAAAAUCGUCUUGCGAAGCAACUCAAAAAACCAAAAACCCUUUCGUUUUGCGAGUUUUCCAUCUUGCGAGGCAUUCGUCUUGCGAGGUACCACUGUACUCAUUAACUAGUUCAUCUUACUUUAAGACUUUUCACUGCUGCAUUCAGGGGCUUUGCAAAAGCAUUAUCCUUAAACAGCCCCACUUCCUUGUUGGAUAACGCCUGGCUGGAGUAAACACAUGUAAUUCAAUAAGGGCCAAGGGAGUCUGGGCAGCAGCAGGACAGCAUCUUGUGAAAUAUUUCCUUUCAGUCUUUCAGGCCAAGGUUUCCCCAUAUAAUCUAGAUUACCUUGCAAGCCCCGUUUUAAAAUAGUGAUAACCUAAUGUAAAACCAAUGUGUUGUGUAAGUGAAUGAAACCAUAGGAAGCAUACGUAUACAAGCUGUUUCGGGGUAUCAAAACGAAUCCAUUGCAGGAUGCAAAUACAUUUUAAUCAACAUUUAGGUUGUAUAUUGGUCAGAUCUGCUAUUAUUUGAACAGCGUCAGUUUGGGAUAAAGUCCCACAGAUUUAAACAAGAGACAAAGAGAUGCAUAUGAGUAAUCAAGGAGCCAUAAAAGUGCUAAACUUUAAUGGAUUGCACCUAAUGUUACUGUGAACUAUGAGUUCCAAGUCUGAUUUAUUUCGGUCAAUAUUACGUGGCGAAAGGCUGUAUCUGGGAAAGCGUGCUCAAGAUUUCAGUCCUUCUGGGUAAACGAUGCUGUCAGUUGCACAGAUGUGUGUCUAAAGAAGUCCAAAUGGGCAGGAUCGUGACACAGUGGAAAGCAUAGGUAGUGUUUUAGUCUGAAUGGGGCCAUAUUCCACCUCUGAAUGGGGCCUCCUGCUGCCGCCGCGCAAUUUCUGUUCUUAUCCUGAAGCAAAGUUCUUAACCCGAGGUACUAUUUCUGGGUUAGCGGAGUCUGUAACCUGAAACAUCUCUAACCUGAAGCGUCUGUAACCCGAGGUACCGCUGUACUGUAUUGUAUUGUGUUAUACAUCAGAGUCAUUCGAAGAACAAGAUCAGUCAGAAUAGACUGGAAGUGCCUAUGUUAAGGUUAGCCAAAAUUCCUGUUUCUCAGCUUCUUUUGCAUAAGGACAUUCUGAUUGUCUAUAUAAAUGAGGUCAUCUCACACAGUUGACUUUAUGAGCUGCUGAAAUCGACAAACACUCUCUGCAAAAAUCUUAUUUCAACUGGGGCUCUCUGAAAAUAAUCUGUGCAUUUACCAUCUUGUUUAGAAGCCUGUAGCAUCCACUGAAUUCAUCACACCCACAACCCACACACACCUGUUUCUUGAAAGAGUUCUAUCUCCUGACACAUUUGUUUAACCACUUUUGUUGUAAAAUAAAGUCUUUCCCCCCCUUUCUCCAGGUACCAGAGGUUUUUUUUUAAUUAAAAAAAAAUAGCCAGUAGUGAAAGGGGAUAUAUCAGAUCCCCAAAAUUAUAAUGCCCAUGCUUUCUCAAGCAUAGUAAUUAAUACUUGUGUUGGGAAAAGUUAUGGUUAAAAUAACCCUAAGAAUUCAUACCUUAUGAUCCAGACCUUGAACAUUUCAUUCACGGCAAAGUGAACUUUUAUCAGGAAAUGUUUUGAGGGCAGCCUCCCAGCAGCAUAUCUCUGGGCUCCCUUGACACCAUGACUAUCAACUUCCAAGGAGAAUAUUAAAGCACUUUUAUUCCUCAAUAUUUUUCCAUAUUGUUAGAUUUGCCAUUUUAGAUGUAAUUGUAAUUGUUUUAGCAUACUAUUGUAAUAUACUUUGUGCUUCCUUCUGAAAUUAAAUGGGGGUACAGACAUGAAAUUAAACUUGCCUAACCGGACUGUAUUUUAAAGGAAUCCAAGAUCAGUCCAACUGUCCAUGAAAAUAAUCAUUGGCUCAAGCUCAUAAACCACAGCUGGAUUUGUUAAACAUGCAUAUUAAGUAAAACCAGGCUAUAAUUCAGAUUUUCUUGAACAAACAUUGAAAUGAACUCGCUGUAAUUCAUUACAGCUGGGCUUGUCUCUUUCUUUCACUGCGACUGCCUGUCAUGUUAGGCCCAGUAUUUACUGUUGUUCUGAGUGCAAUUGUCAAUUAGAAUAUCAUCAUUCACUCUACAGGGAGGGAAAACAGUGGUUUUUCUAUAGAACUACUGAAAGCUCUGAGGCUUAUUCCAAACUGGAUUGCACUUAAGAGACAUGUAUCAUCAAGGCACUAUUUAUUUAUUUAUUAUUGCUAACCAUAUAGUCAGUGGGCUGUGUUGAGGCCUCUUCUUGCUUAGGCUUUGCUUGUUUCUUUGUUUAAAAAUUACGAAUAGGUUUCAAAUCUUGGGAUGUGUGUCCCCCCCCCGGUUUUCUGAUACAUCCCUCGUGUUUGGGAAGGGUGUGUGUGCUGUUUUGGCAAUGGAUGCAAUAGUAUUACCUGGCUGAACUUUGGAAAUAAAGGGAAUAGCUAACUUCCAUCUUCCUCAGCUCUGUGGUUUGGCUGGAAGCAGUUUCCCAGAACUGAAAAGAGUGCUCAAGCUAUAGAGAAAGAUCAAGUCUUCAGGUGGCAUCAGGGUGCUGUCAGUGGCUCCCGGCUGGUUGCCCAGGAAGUUGUAAAGACAAGGAAAAGUUUCUUCCGGUCCUUUUUUAUUUCAAACUUUACAGAGAGAGGCUAUAGAACCCAACCUCUUGGAUAAUGGUGUUGUCCUGAGUGAAUCUCCACCCCCCCAUCUCUCCCAUUUCCUCAUUCUUCAUCCUCAUCACCUCCUCUAUGGGUGCUGCCUCCUCUGCCUCCAAGCUCUUUGCUCUCCUACUUUUAAGGCUUGUUGGGUUCUGGGAGAUGGUGGGUCUGGAGUGCUUUCUAAUGACAAUGUGUCAGUCAGCUGCUGCUCCAGAUUUGCCUGCUCCUAUCCCAUAAUUUCCCAUCUUUCCCCCUCAUCUGCCUCUGAGCUGUGAUCUCCCGCAAACCCCUGUUGUAAAUCUAUACUGUCUUCCUCUUUCUCCUCCCUGGAAGGGUCAGGAUUCUAUGAUUCUAUGAUUCUAUGAUUCUAGGAUGGGGAGGCGGUCUCCACCAUUCCUCCUCUGCCUGGUCCCUGACAGGUGGCCUCUUGCUCGGAAAUGGCUCACUAAGGCUUGAUUGAUGCAUUUGUGCAUAAUUCAUAACUUGACAGUUUCAGCACUCAACGACUCCUUUAACCAAUGCAGUGACUAUUUGCACUGAAAAGUGUUGUCUUUACAAAGUGAAUAUGGGAACAUAAGUGAGUUCUGGUAGAUCAGACUCUGGCAUCUUGCUUCCUACAGUGGCGACUCUGGGAAAGCCAGAAAUAAGACAUGAAGAAGUUUCCCCCUCCCUAGCAAUUGAUACUCAGAGUUAUCUUGUCUUAAAACCUGCAGGUUUUAUAUAGCUAUUAGGACUAAUAGCCAUGACCUGAGUAAUGAAAGAAGUGAUCAACACGCAUGUGUAAAAUGGCCCUUUGUAGUGUUUUUAAUGUGAUUUUAAUUGCACCUUGCAUUGUAUUAGCAGUAAACAUUAUGGCGUGGUUGUUAGAAUGGUGCCUUCUGGAGAUAAAUAGAGGAAUUCUGACUCAAAUCAUCAUGUUCACCGGUUGAUGGUUACUGCAGAGCUGAAGCCAUUGCAGCUCAUGCACCAUAGACAGAGUUUUCUUAUUAUUGGAAGUUGCUUCAAACACAUUCAACUAAAUUGUUGUGCUAACACAAUAUUGACUCCAAGAGAAGAGGGGAAAUGGUUCCACCUGACAAGCAGAAAUCCUUGAGCUCAUAAUAAUAAUAAUAAUUUAUUAUUUAUACCCUGCCCAUCUGGAUGGGUCUCCCUAGCCACCCUGGGCGGCUUCCAACAAAGUAUUAAAAUACAGUGGUCUGUUAAACAUUAAAAGCUUCCCUAAACAGGGCUGCCUUCAGGUGCCAUCUGGUGGGAGGGCAUUCCACAGGGCGGGUGCCACUACCGUGAAGGCCCUCUGCCUGGUGGAAGUGUUCUACCCAGAGGUUUCCAAAUGCCUCACUUCACAUAGUGACAUAUGAGUCACCAAGUUUAAAGUCAUCAGUAGAGCUGGAAUCAAGUGAGGUGGAUCUGUGGUACCCAACCUUUUGUGCUGUGGUCAUCAUCCUGGAAGUUCUGUUGAUCCUGAACAACACACGACAAGGUGAAAAGACUGGUUCUCUGCUGAACGCAGAGUCAUGAUGCAGUAUGUGUGAUGUGUCUUCCUUUUGUGAUGCCUUGUGCUACUGCUUUGUGCUAUGGUGCUGCAGGAGAACAGCAGCUAAAGGAAUUUCUUAACAUAAAUGAGGGUUUUUAAGAACCCAUUUGGUACACACGUAGGAGGCUGUCAGGAAAUUUGAAACAGAAAAGUUUUAUAAACCCCUUACAAACUCCACAAAGGUUAUGUAGAUCCCUGACAAGUUUAUUCGGUAUCCUCUGAUUUUUGUAUCCUAUCAGUAUGUACAUCGGAACAAAUGUCACAAGAAAUAUGGGGAGGAAUCUAAAAGAGGAAUGUUGGCUUUCAGCAGCCCCAGGGCAUUUACUCAGGUGAUGUCUCAUGCCCUGAUGCUAAAAAAAGUCAAUAUGUUGAGGCAUUGGUAUAGUUGCACGUGGGUUGCUGUCAGGGAAAACAUGUCUACUCUGUAUUGGUGCUUAUAUAUCAAGAUUCAUGACGUUAGUUUGGCUGGGAAUGGCAUGCUGAAGUACUUGUUAUCAUCACUCAGAUCAAGUAACUGAACCACAACUAUUAAUGGGACUGACACAGAAGUGGGAUAUCUGAUCCUAAUAAAUCUCCAAGAGAUUUUUAUUUUAUUUUUUAUUUCCAGAAGCUCCUGAUAUAAACACUCAUGUACAGGCAAUGUAGUAUUUGCAGAUGCAAAUUUCUAUAUAUUAUGACCUGUUAAGUGCAAUUGAACUGAAGCCACAGAACAGUUCAGUUUUGGCACCCGAUUUAACCUGAUGGGAUGAUAAAGGCUGGGAGGUGGAGGCAACUUCAUGAAAUGUUCAUUAUAGUGCUUCUGGCAGUGGGAAGAAAAUCAAAGGGUUUUAUUAGGUGAAUAAAGAAAGAAAAAAGAAAGUUGAGUAUCAGAAACAUUGCCAGGUUCAUCCUGUUGGUGUAUAAAGAAGGAAUUCAGUGAAGUCAGGUGUUCAUAAAAACUCCAAGUUAAUUUUGGAACGAAUUUCAAAUUGCUACUAAAAGCACGAUAUUUAUGCCUAAUGACGCCUUCGUGUCUAAUUCCUGCCUUUUUCAGCACAUAUUUCUUUCAAACAAUCUCAUCCAAGUACCAGGUCAGACUAAGGCAUUCUGGAUAGGAAACGGUGUCAACAGAGUUAACUUGGCUGCUCAGAGAACACAUUGCCCCAGCAAGAAUUUUAGGCAAAUAUUAUGUUCUAGAAGGAGCAGCCAGAGACCUUAUAGAAAGGAGAUACUGUUGAGCAUGGUACAACACCCGUUCGCCUUGAAAGCAACCUGUUCCAUGGCGCUGCCAAAUAAAGUGCGACCUGGCUGAUUGAGGGAAAGUGGUAGUUGAAAGCAAAUAUUUUGCAGGGUUAGAGCAAGGAGCCAAACGGCAGCUGAGUUGGGGAACCUGUGUCUUUGGACUGAAACACUUCAGACCAUGGAAGUGAAUGUACCAGUGUAAAAAUAAUCCUUGCACACGGUAAACAAAAUGUCAGGAAAUAGAUUUCAAGCCUACUCUUUUCCCUGAUAUGCUAUUUUUCUAUGUAAAAUGUUCAUCAGUGUAAAAAUAAUCCCUUGCACAUAGAAAACAAACCGUCAGGAAGUAGGUUUCUAGUCCAUUCUUUCCCCUGACAUUCUAUUUUUCUAUGCAUAAGGAUGUUUUUGUUUCGUUGGGGGUUGAUUCCGCCAUGAGAGCCCCCACCUGAAGUCUGAAGUGGUAUUCUAAGACAUAGAUUUGCCACCUCAACUGCAGUUGGGAAGAGAUAGGCCUAAAUUUCAUGCUCAAACACAAAGGGAAAAAAGGAAAACUCCUCAAACCCUUUGAAUCAAAGUGUGAUUGCAGAUUAUCUUUCAUAACCCUGUUGUAAUAUUAUCUUAUUUGAAACACCUCCAUGCCUAUGAGCCGUAAACCAUGCUACCUCAAGGGGCUUCAGGGAAACCAAAGGGAAGUUUUUUGGUUGAUUGAUAAAGGGUUGUUGUUGUUGUUUAGUCGUUUAGUCGUGUCUGACUCUUCGUAACCCCAUGGACCAGAGCACGCCAGGCACUCCUGUCUUCCACUGCCUCCCCCAGUUUGGUCAAACUCAUGUUUGUAGCUUCCAGAACACGGUCCAACCAUCUCGUCCUCUGUCGUCCCCUUCUCCUUGUGCCCUCCAUCUUUCCCAACAUCAGGGUCUUUUCCAGGGAGUCUACUCUUCUCAUGAGGUGACCAAAGUAUUGGAGCCUCAGCUUCACGAUCUGCCCUUCCAGUGAGCACCCAGGGCUGGUUUCCUUAAGAAUGGAGAGGUUUGAUCUUCUUGCAGUCCAUGGGACUCUCAAGAGGUGGCAAUAAUGUCUUGAGCAGGGGAAAAGGUGCGCAGAAAGAGCAGUUGUGGAUGGAUCUCAUUUUCCCCAGUGGCACAGGGCCCAGGGUGGCUGAGAGGUGGCUGUCACAGAUACAACCCAUAAUCAUUUAAUAUUUUGCAGCCAUAACAGUUGGUAGUGUAUCUUGGGUAAUCAGAUGCUGGGGGCCGGGUGGGUGGAAAGGCAGCAGGGGCUAUUUUACUCAGCAACAUUCGGUUAACAUUUCUGAAAACUGAAUGCAGAUCACAGUGGACUUGGGACUGAUCCUGAGAGGCAGUUCUUACUUUCUGUGAGAAGUAUAUUCGUAAAAGCUUCCUCUAGAUGUCACUGUAGCAUUGUAGACUAUGGAGAAGUUGUACCAGGCAGGGUGUAUCACAUACUGAGAACUCCUGUGAAUGUGCUAACAUAAUUUGGUGGUAGCAAAUCAUACUGGUUUGUUUCAGCACCGUUGUUUUCUAAUGCGUCUCAGUGAUCAUCACAUAACAGAUUAAAAUCAGAUAGCAAGACUAUGCUUGGCAAACUGAAGAAAGCUAAUGAUAAUCUCUGAACUUCUUUCCCGAUGGCUAUUUAUUUCAGUGAUAUAUUUCUCACUUGUAAAAUAAACCCUCAGAGUGGCUUAGCUAAGUGGUUGUAAUAUGCAGAAUGUUCAUGGUAGGGAUGGAGGAGAAAUUUAGUUAAGUUCACACUGAAAGGCGAAUUAUCAAAUUCACACUUUCCCAAGAAAUAUGAGAAUGGAAACACAUUCAUCCUUCAAAAUUCGCAUUUAGCUGAAUUUUUCGGUGCAGUUCUCCAUCCAGGUAAAGUUUACAACAAUGCAUAUAUUAGGUUAAAGUGUGAAUAAAUAUGACUACAUUAAUGAAAGUAACACAAGAUGCAUUACAUUAGGACAAAUUGUUUGCAAAAAUGUGUGUAUUAAUUAAUCAUAGCAGCAUACAAAAUGCUGAAGAAUUUCAAAGAGGAUUUUUUAAAAUCACAAAUUGCUGCGGAAAUUUGGAGAAAUUAAUAUUAGGAAAUGAGAAGCAGAGAACCAAAAUUGACAUAUCCUUCCUUCCCUAGUUCAUGAAUAUUCUAACUGUUGAGGACCAAGGGGCAGUUAUAGAUUUUUAAGUCAAUGCUCCUGUUGUAAAGUAUGAGGAAAUUGUUAGUGGAAAUGGGGAAGAGAAGCAAGGGGACUGUGAAGACAUGGAGCAGGAGAGGCAGAGAAUCAAAACUACAAGAAAGAUGAAUAAGGGUGGAAUAACAACAACAACAACAAUUUAUUAUUUCUACCCUGCCCAUCUGAUUGGGUUUCCCCAGCCACUCUGGGCGACUUUCAACAGAACAUUAAAAACAGAAUAAAACUUCAAACAUUAUAAACUUCCCUAAAGAGGGCUGCCUUCAGAUGUCUUCUAAAAGUCAGGUAGUUGUUUAUUUCUUUGACAUCUGAUGGAAGCCCUUCCACAGGGUGGGUGCCACUACCGAGAAGGCCCUCUGCCUGGUUCCCUGAAACUUCACUUCUCGCAGUGAAGGAACCACCAUACAUUGUUUUGAAACGAUAAGCUAUCUAGUAUUGACUCUCUGAGCAGUGAAGACCGUUAAUAACGGUGUUUUAUGCAAAUAGCCUACUUCAAAGUUUGCACAGAAUUCAGUUCAACUCCAUUUAUAACGGUUGGUCAUCACUGAAUACUAAAAAGUAUGAGUUUAAAAUGUACAGCUAGCAAUUGGGAGGGGAGAAUCAUUGUCCAGUCUGAUAAUAAAAACAUAAGCAGAUAACUGGCCCCAAAACAGCUUCUUCUUAUUCUUCCUAUUAUUAUUAUUAUUAUUAUUAUUAUUAUUAUUAUUUAUUUCUGAUUUAUGUCUAUGUGUGUGUAGUGUUGGAGCAAAAAUGGCAACAUUACAUAUCGCAUAAUUGCCCAAUUUGGAAAGAAGGCACCAAAUUCCAGAGGCUUUCCCAUAGCAGACAUUCCUUUGAGAAUUUCAGACAAAAAUCUUUGUCUGGGCAAAAUCUAUGGUAAGAACCUUGACCACACUUAAACCACAAAUACAAAGAUGACAGCUCAUGGGAACUUUUGCAUACCUUCCCAUAAAAUAAGCCAAUGUCAUUGUUUGGAAGUGCAGGACCACGACUGCCUGUCUGUUCAAAUAGGCAUGUUCCAGUUGCAGGUAGUGGCCAUGGGAAGUAAUUACAGGGGUUGCCAGAGUUGGAUUUGAUUAGAAGUUGUGGGGAAAUAUGUGGCUUACAGAAGAGAAGGUGCAGUUUUGCAAAGGAAGUGUAUUACGAAUUAAAGGUCUAAUGUGUUUGCUUGCUCCUUCCCCCCUAGGAAAGAUCAUAUCUAGCCGGAAAGGGAACAAAAUUGAUAAAGAAGAAGAAACCACCAGAUUCCUCAGGUUAGUUUUUGUCUUCUAGACAUAAUGACAAUACCUUUCUAUGCCUAGCCUUGUGACCUAGAGAAGAGGGACUAGACUUGUCAAAGGGGGAAAGGGCUUUAGCAUCGCAGGGCAUUCUGAGGUGAAAUUUCUCAACCUUGGCCUCUUGCCCAUGGGACCUGUGCCAAGUCUACACCUCUAGACUAGCUCGUUUUAUUCUUAUAAGCCUAAACUUAUUCCUGUAAAUACAGUGGUACCCUGGGUUACAAACGCUUCGGGUUACAAACUCCGCUAACCCGGAAGUAGUACCUCAGGUUGCAAAAUUUGCCCCAGGAGGAGAAUGGAAAUCGCACGCUGGUGCGCGGCAGCAGCGGGGGGCCCCAUUAGCAAAAGCGUGCCUCAGGUUAAGAACAGUUUCGGGUUAAGAACGGACCUCUGGAAUGAAUUAAGUUCAUAACCCGAGGUACCACUGUAUGUCAGCCAUGUUACUUACCAAUUAGAACAUGGGUAGGCAAACUAAGGCCCCGGGCCUGGAUCUGGCCCAAUUGCCUUCUAAAUCUGGCCUGCGUACGGCCUGGGAAUCAGCAUGUUUUUACAUGAGUAGAAUGUGUACUUUUAUUUAAAAUGCAUCUCUGGGUUAUUUGUGGGGCAUAGGAAUUCGUUCAUUAUUAUUUUUCAAAAUAUAAUCCGUCCGCCCCAAGGUCUGAGGCAAAGUGGACCGGCCCCCUGCUGAAAAAGUUUGCUGGCCCCUGAAUUAGAAGAUUUCUCAAACAGAAUUUUAAUAUUUCAGACCGAACUAUACAUACUGCAAACUAUACUUGCAGAAUUUUUUGAGAUGUUGUUUUGUUCUUUUGUUCCAGUACAUGGGAAAUCUUGGGUUACCUUUUGUAUCAGUGUAGAAUAAAUGGAGGAAAGAGGGAGAAACAAAUGACUUCCCCUCCCCCCAAAAAAACCAACAACUGAAAUGCUGCGGGCCAUACAUGUUCUUCUUUCAUUGAAAUGGCUGCUGUUUUCUGUUUGGUUCCAGAGGAAUCUGAUGGGAGCCCAGAAUCGUAUUCCCACACAGAAAAGGUCCAUAAACUCAACAAGGAGAAUACGGAGAAGGCAAGUGCUCUUUUCGUUCAGAGAAGUUCCCUUAAACCUCUUACUCAUGAGUCAAAGGAGAAGGCAGAGGACAGCCAUAGCAAAAAUUGGAAAAGCUCGCUCCCAAAGACAACAGGGAAAAAACUGGCAGAAGCAAAGGCCGUUUGUAAAAAACCGAGUAGCGACGAUACAAAGAGUGAUGCUUUGGGAGUUGUAAAAAAGCAUCAGAGGUCUGAAGAAAGCCCAGAGAAAGCAGAAAAAGAUGUUGAAGGAACAGAUACUAGCAGAGAUGAAGAAACAGAAGUACCAGAAACUACAUCCCCAGGUGAAGAUACAGCAGAAGAUCUCAGCAGUCCAUCAAAAAGCCAGAAUCAAGAUGUCAGGUAGGUUUUAUAUGAUAAUUCCUCAAAUAUCAUGCAGCUACCUAUUAAAGAUUAUUGCAUGCAUGAAGAAUGGGGCUUGUUGUGAUUUAUGCAAAGGUCACAUACAACACUGAAUUUGCAUUUUAGAAAUCUGUCAUACUUGACAAAACAGACGAACAUAUUGGUUUGGAGAUGGCAAAAUGACAAAGCUCCACUAGCAACCAAUAACGAUUGAAGUGUUGGUUUAGUUUAUUUUAUUUAUUGUUAGUAUAACAUACAAACAUAGUACUAUUACAAAUAAAAGCAUAGGAAAAUACCAUUUUAAAAUGUUGACAAUGUGAGUUUUUACAAAUGGUAAUGAUAGUUACUGAUUGUUCCAAUACUCAAUCUCCCCGUUGAAAAUUAAUAUUUGAAUAUUCUUCCCUUGCCUAUCUAGUGAUGUUUAGUAUCUCUGUAUCCAAAAUAUAUAGAACUUAGUAUGUGCGUUCUUUGUGAUCUGCUCUGGUCUGGUCUGAAGUUUGCAGAGAUCAAUAAAGUAUAAAAUGGUGAAGACACCGGCUGCUUUUUGUGCAGUUAUUUUAUCGUAUGCAUUUUGUUUACCAUAUGCAUUUUGUUUAGGCAUGAAACGCAAACACUAAAAAAAGUAACGAGCUCCUUACAUUGUUUUGUUUUAACCUAUAUUUUUGCUUCAUUCCAACUCCACUCUCAUGAUGCCAUUAGAAUAAUCUCUAUCCCUCAUCCUGUAGGCAUAAGGACAGUGAAAAGGCCUCAUUCCCUCCAAAAGAUGAGCAGAAUGGCAGCAGUAAGCGUCGUGUGAAUGACUUUGGUCUUACCAAAGAGGAGAGCAAAAAGAGCAGGGUAGAUGCAGCGAAUGCUAAGGAUGGACAGAAACCCAAAGGAGCGACGAAGCCAAAAGAGACACAGCCUGCCUUGCCUGGGAAAACAAUUGGAUCUGAUUCCACACCCAAGAAGACUGAAAAUAAGCAAGAAGCUUCAAUAGGAGACAGUAUUACAAUUGGUACAACCUGGCUUAAAAAAACAACAUAGAUAUGCAUGGUGAUAACGCCAAGCAAAAUGAAGUGUACCUUGCAUCUUUAAUUAACUUCCCAGGAGUUAAUAGAGCUUGCAUGAAACUUCAGGGGUGUUAUUUUGUUAAUUCACACCAGCUGACAAUCCGUUUUGAGAAUGAGGAAAUUCAAAAGCUUUCUGUGGAGUCCAUUCUGAAGCCCCAUGGCGACUUGUUCAUUGGGGGUUGUUGUUGUUUUGUACCAACUAACAGGGCUUGAGGCUUUUGCAAAAUGUGAGUCUUCUUUGUUUUGUUUUGUUUUGUUAAGUUAAGGCACAGUCCUCAAGAAGUUCACAAGAUUCUUUUUUUACAGGAAAAUUUUUCCAUGGCGUGAGAAACCGUUGCAAUACUACCCUUUAGUUAAUUCUUUUUAAAAGUGGUGAUAUAAGAAUCCAUGGAAAGCCACUGGAGAACUUGAUAGCUGCCCAGCUUGCUCCAAGAUGGUCCCAUGACUUGGAUUCCGGAUUCCUGAUAAAUCCAGUUCUUAGGAGCCUCUUAAAGCAAACUUUCUGGGGCAAAUGGAAAUGCUUUCAUGUGUUGUUAUUCACACAAAUGGCUUUUAGUAAGUACCGUAUUUCUCACUCUAUAGGACGCACUGGACCAUAGGACGCACCUUGUUUUAGAGGGGGAGAACAAGAAAAAAAAAAUCUCCCCCUCUCUGCUCAGCGCCCCUUCAGCGAAGCGGCAGGAGAAACGAAGCCCCUUCCAUUUCUCCUCCCGCUUGGCUGAAGGGGCGCUGCACAGCUCUCCCUCUCUGCUGAAGCCAGGAGAGUCUUGCUCUCCUGGCUUCAGCGAAAGGAACCUGAAGCCUCCGGAGCGCAGCGGGAACUCGCGCUGAGCUCCGAAGGCUUCAGGCAGCUAUCUCUGAAGCCUGGAGAGUGAGACAGGUCGGUGCGCACUGACCCCUCUCGCUCUCCAGGCUUCAGUGAAAGCAACGCGAGGCCUCCAGAGCGCGGAGGGAGCGCUCCCUCUGCGCUUCGGAGGCUUCGCGUUGCUAUCGCUGAAGCCAAGGAGCCUGCAUUUGCUCCAUAGGACGCACACACAUUUCCCCUUAAUUUUUGGAAGAGGAAAAGUGCGUCCUAUAGAGCGAAAAAUACGGUACCUGACUUACACAAACAGGCCCAGGACUUACCUCCCUAAACUCACAAGGUGGGUUGAUGUGGUGGCUGUUUGUAGCUUUAACCAAAUUAAGAGGUAGCCUCCAAUUUCCACACCAUAAGCCCUGUGUUUAUAUACCACCACCCCCUCAUUCUUCCCUGGAAUUCGAGUACAGAGGUGAGAAUUUUGAAAUUCAAAAUAUACUCUGGUGCAUGUCCGGAGUGAAGUUCGGUGUUGAGUGUAGCCAACGAAACUCACCAUCAGGCCUUGCUGUAGAAGGGGGAAUUAAUAUUUUGUAAAACAAAGUGCAUGUGUACUGAACAUUGUAACACUGCUUGUUCCGUGGAAAUGGUAGAUAAUGAGCAUAAGUCCAUUUCUUUAUGUCAUGUGAGGAUUUCACAUGCAUUUCUUAUCAUUUGUAGAGUAUAUCUCACCACCGGCGGCUCCCUUUGAUCAUCGGAUCGUCUCAGCUAAAAGAGCAGGGAUCAAUAGCUAUUAUCAUGUUAACAAGGGCGAAGUUUUGGGAGGGUAAGUACAAUUGAAGGUAUUGUUAGCAGAAUGAGGAAUCUCUUCAAGUUCUUGAAUAUCACAUUGUUGUGGAUGGUUUUAUGGUAGAUUAGGCAAUAGGGGUAACUAAAGUAAAACAACACGGACAACCAUUUAAAGUGGUGUGGAAAAUCAGUAACAAAGGCAAUUGAUAGUUUUAAAUGUUAAGUUAUAUAACAUAUUAUUUUCCAUUUGGCAUAAUUAGCCAUGUUUUCAAGAUAUAGGUUAAAAAGCUGAGGUAAUAUCCAACUGAGUCAUAUUCAGAAUGGCCCCACUGAAAUGAAUGCACGUACGUCCAUUGAUUUUAGUGUAUCUACUCUGAGUAUAACUAACAUUGAAUAUCACUCUGUAUAUCAAUUAGUGGGGACAGUGUCCACUUUCAAGGUACACAACCAUUCUUACCUGAACUCCAAUUCUGUCCAUUAUUCCUUACAGGAAUCAUUCUCAGGGUAACUCCCACAUUAUUUUCCUCCUUCAGACUUACAUUGGCGUGCCUUUCUUAAGUAUAUUUCCUCUUAAUUUGAGGAGGUUUGACAGAAAUAGCCAGGAGUCCAGCAGGAUUGGUGGGGCAGGACCUCACAAUAAGGGACAAUUGCUAGACCAGGCUUCCUCAACCUCGGCCCUCCAGAUGUUUUGAGACUACAAUUCCCAUCAUCCCUGACCACUGGUCCUGUUAGCUAGGGAUCAUGGGAGUUGUAGGCCAAAAACAUCUGGAGGGCCAAGUUUGAGGGAGCCUGUGCUAGACACUGUUCUGCCUCAAAUAAUGAGAUUCUAGUGAGGAUAGCAAACUUGAAUGCUCAUAUCUCAAAGGAAUGGCGAUGGGUCUUGGAUUCAGCAACGUUUCCCUCUUUUCCUUUCUUUAGUGGACGAUUUGGCCAGGUGCAUAGAUGUGAAGAAAAAUCAACGGGUCUCAAAUUAGCCGCCAAAAUUAUAAAAGCAAGAGCUGCCAAGGAAAAGGUAAGGGCAACUGGAGUGCAGGCCUACAGCAGACCCUUGCCCAAGGGGUUUUGUUAUGCAGAUUACUUUGCCACUUCCAAGUGGCAACUUCUGUUCUACUGAUUCUCAUAUACCUUGGUUUAUUACGCUCCUGUUUGUACAACUUGUGAACACAGCUGUGGAACAGUUAUUUCUUCUUCCACUUGAAUUGCCUUUUGAAUCCCAGCUCACUCGUGUCCACAGCCCAUAAUGAGAUCUCCCUGUAAAUCCAUGGUUAUAAAUAAGCCGUAUUAUUUAAUUUCUUUAAUUUCUUUUAUUGUAGUUAAUUUUUCUGCCACUGAGCCAUAGUCUUGGCCACUCUUUCCAUUACACCAAGUUCAGGAGGGAUUUAUCUGUCCUAUCACAGACACCAGGAUUUCCCCACCUCUCACACUAUUACAAUAUCCUUACCAUUUCUAGGCAUGAGCUACUUUCUCCUGUCCCCCCCCCCAUUAGCUUAAAGCUAUUGCCACUAGACAAUAUUUACAAUAUAUUUUUGCUAGUAAUAGGGAGAUACCCAGUCCGAUUGUCCUACAAACCUAGGAACAUUUUGAAUGAAAUGUCAACAGCAGGAAGGAGCGAUAGCCAGUGUGGUGUAGUGGUUAAGAGCGGUAGUCUUGCAAUCUGGGGAACCGGGCUCAUGUCUCCGCUCCUCCACAUGCAGCUGCUGGGUGACUUUGGGCUAAUCACACUUCUCUGAAGUCUCUCAGCCCCACUCACCUCACAGAGUGUUUGUUGUGGGGGAGGAAGGGAAAGGAGAAUAUUAGCCGCUGUGAGACUCCUUAGGGUAGUGAUAAAGCGGGAUAUCAAAUCCAAACUCUUCUUCUUCUUCUCUUCUAUAGCAGCGAGGUCAAGCAAUAAGUGUGCAUCCAAUUUCUGCCAUAUUUAUCAUCAUAUUUAGCACCGUUCUUGCAUUCUUCACAGGACGAAGUAAAGAAUGAGAUUAAUGUGAUGAACCAGUUGAACCACGUGAACCUCAUUCAGCUGUAUGAUGCUUUUGAAUCAAAAAAUGACAUUGUUCUCGUCAUGGAAUAGUAUGUUGAAUGUUUCUUCUGUUUCCUUUUCUCGGGCUUUUGGUUAUGUCCACACAUGUGCAUUUACACACACAGAGUAAAUGGGCCUUUUAUUUCUGAGCCUUAUUUUGACGUGGGUUGGUUGUUUUGUUUUAUUUUAUUUUUUUAUCUCAGAAUAAAACUUUAUUUAGAAUUCGACAAUAACAAAGACCCCCCCCCCCAGUUGGGUUGGUUGUUUUAACUGUAGUCGCUGUGAGAGAGAAGAGUUCAACCUCUCCCUAUUCACCACCAUGCAUACAGUGGUACCUUGGUUCUCAAACUUAAUCCGUUCCAGACUUUUAAAAACACCCCUAAAACAGCAAUGAACAGCAAGUAACAUGAAUUUUACUAACAAAACCAUUGAUCCAUAAAAUGAAAGCAAUAAUCAAUGUACUGUACUAUAAAAUAAAUAAGACAGUAUUGUAGAUGUUAAUUUAAAAAAAUAAAUAAUAAUUCUUACCUGCACUGAUGUUUGGAAGGGGGGCUUUUAUCCAUUUCCGCAGUCAUACUAUCAAUCAGUACCUGAACUGGGUUCCCACACAGUCAAAAAAACAAAUUAACCAAAAAAAGCCUCAAAAACAGAAACGCAAAAUAAAUAGCAAAAACAAAAGUGCCAAACUUAAUCCGUUUCAGAAGUCCGUUUGACUUCUGAAAUGUUUGAAAAGGCGCAGCUUCGGAUUGGUGCAGGUGCCCCGGAAACAAUAGUCGACAACCACAUUGGACGUUCGGCUUCCGAAAAACGUUCAAAAACUGGAACACUUCCGGGUUUUCAGCAUUUGAGGACCAAGGUACCAGUGUAUCUCUGCAUGUGUAGAUGUAUGUACAUAGAGCUUCUCCAUAGGAGGGGAAUUCGGACUGGCAUGGAGGAGCUCUUUGCAUGUAUAUCUGCAUGUACAAUGGGUACACAUAUCAGCACCAGGGGUAGCGUUACCCACCAUGACCCCUUCAUAUGUUGGGUGAAAUCUUCUACCAAUGGCAUUGUGUUCUCAUGUUUUUGUGGGGGAAGAGUGGGAUGCAAUCUAAGUCAUAGGAAAACCAAAUCCUGAAAUGCACAUUUUGUAAUUAUUUUUGAUUUUCUUCUUUUUUAAAAAAAGUGUUUUUAUUAAGGAUUUUCUAGGGUCACUUAUGGGAUGCGGGUGGAGCUGUGGUCUAAACUACUGAGCCUAGGGCUUGCCGAUCAGAAGGUCGGCAAUUCGAAUCCCUGCGACGGGGUGAGCUCCCGUUGCUCGGUCCCUGCUCCUGCCCACCUAGCAGUUCGAAAGCACGUCAAAGUGCAAGUAGAUAAAUAGGUACCACUCUGGCGGGAAGGUAAACUUCUGGUUCGCCAGAAGCAGCUUAGUCAUGCUGGCCACAUGACCCGGAAGCUAUACGCCGGCUCCCUUGGCCAAUAAAGCGAGAUGAGCGCUGCAACCCCAGAGUCGGCCACGACUGGACCUAAUGGUCAGGGGUCCCUUUACCUUUACCUUUAGGGUCUCCAAGCCACAUAAAGCAUCUCAGCUUUCCGUUCAUAGAAUCCUUUCUACAGAUCAGUCAUAUUUGAAGUGAGACACUAAUAUUAUAGACCAUAUAAAGUUGGGGGAGAAGAGAGGUGGAGAGAGGGGGAGAAAGAAGCUGUUGGUAGACAUUCAUUCUUUUACAUAGUGUAUGUGCAGGGUUUUUGUGUCAGCGCCACACGGGUAUGUUCUCUUUCUAUUCAUUUAUUAGUUUUCAUUGGUGGUGAGAGAGGUUUGGGGGGCACAGGGCAUGGUUGGUUGCCUUCAGUUGGCUGCUGUGAGUUUCUUUAAAUAAAAAGUGUGUGUGUGUGUGUGUGUGUGUGUGUGUGUGUGUGUGUGUGUAAUGCACACACCCUUGAUUAUGGGUCUGUCCAGUAAUGUGAAUCUUGAAUUCUCUCUUUUUCCCAGUGUGGAGGGAGGAGAACUGUUUGAUCGAAUUAUUGACGAGAACUGCAGCUUGUCAGAGAUAGAUACCAUCUUGUUCAUAAAGCAGAUCUGUGAAGGGGUUCAGUACAUGCACCAGAUGUACAUCCUCCAUUUAGACCUGAAGGUACAGUGCAUUGAUUACUCUACCCAUGAGAUUAAAGGCGGCAAUUUUCCUGCCUUGAGGCACACUCACUUGGCUAAAAACUGUUGGAUUUCAGUUUUAUACCUGCAGUUGAUUCUCUCAGACUUAUUUUUGUGGUCGCUUAACGAAUGACUGCACUAUAUUCUCAAACAUUUGCUUUUGUCCCUAAGAAGUCUGACCAACACCUCUGCUCUGCUGAAUUUGAUACCUGGGUUUAGGUUCUCACGUUUCAAUACCGAUAAGUAAAUUGAUAUCUGGUCAACGUCCAGGAACUUCGUGAGUUUAACUCAGCAACAAGGAUGAGAUGUGUUAUGUACUGUGUUGAAUAGGAUUCAGACUGCAGCAGUCUGAUUGGUCCUAGAACAAUAGGAUUCAGAAUGUAGCAGUCUGAUUGUACUGUGUUGAAUAGGAUUCAGACUGCAGCAGUCUGAUUGGUCCUAGAACAAUAGGAUUCAGAAUGUAGCAGUCUGAUUGGUCCACAGGAGCCACCCAAUCCAGCUCCAGGUGGAAGUGAAUCCGCAGCCAGAUUGGCCUACAGGUGAAUCCCGGAAUUAGCCAAUCACGUGGGGCCCAUUGUGUAAAUAAUGUAUAUAAAGCAGACAUUCUGGGGGAACUUCCAUUCCUCCUCACCACUAUGAGCUGAAUAAAGGGCAUGAAAUCCACUCUCGACUCCGAGUAUAUUUCAAGAUGUUACACAGAGAUUUGUGUAGCAAAACCCUGUGUCCACCUUUGAUAUGCAAAAGUAGAUUUGGAAGGAGGGUGAAUAAGUAGGAGUGCACCUUUGGAACCCUGAAAGGAAAAGGAUUUCUGGACAAUGUGGAUAGCCUGUCACCAGCUCUGACAGCAUAACAACAAGGCCAUAGCAACCAGAGUCUCAUGCCUGCUCUGCCCCAUACUCUCCUUCCCUGAUCCCAUCUCCACCAUAUGGAACGCCCUCCCAUCAGAUGUCAAGGAAAUAAACAACUAUCUGACUUUUAGGAGACAUCUAAAGGCAGCCCUGUUUAGGGAAGUUUGAUGUUUUAUUGUAUUUUUUAUAUUUUGUUGGAAGCCUCCCAGAGUGGCUGGGGAAACCCAGCCAGAUGGGUGGGGUAUAAAUAAUAAGUUGUUGUUGUUGUUGUUGUUGUUGUUGUUGUUGUUGUUACCGUAGUUUUCUGUGUAUAAGACGAGCUUUUUUUCUUUAAAAAAAAAAUGUUUAACAUUUGGGCUCGUCUUAUACAUGGGUAGUGCAGAGUUGGGACUGGUGAUUGGUUCCAGCCAUGAGCAGGAGUUUCUCUGCGGGGGGAGAUUGGUGACUGUGUCAAGGGGUAUAUGCGAUUGGGUGUUGCUGUAGCACUUGGGCGCUCGAUUGGCGGCUGCCAUUGGCAAUCAUGCACAUGAUUAGUUGCUUUGGCGAAUGUCAGCUCAAUAACUCUGGGCAACCCCACACCCCAAUUUUCUUAGUUUUGAGUUCCCCCAAAUAGGGGUGUCUUAUACAUGGGGGCAUGUUAUACAUGAAAAAACACGUUAGUUAGUUAGUUAGUUAGUUAGUUAGUUAGUUAGUUAAAAGCAGUACUGUACCACUUUAAACAGUCAUGGCUUCCCCCAAAGGAUCCUGGGAACUGUACAGUGGUACCUCGGGUUAAGUGCCGUAUUUUUCGCACUAUAAGACGCACCAGACCACAAGACGCACCUAGUUUUUGGAGGAGGAAAACAAGAAAAAAAAUAUUCUGAAUCUCAGAAGCCAGAACAGCAAGAGGGAUCACUGCGCAGUGAAAGCAGCAAUCCCUCUUGCUGUUCUGGCUUCUGUGAUAGCUGCGCAGCCUGCAUUCGCUCCAUAAGACACAAAACACAUUUCCCCUUACUUUUUAGGAGGGAAAAUAUGAGUCUUAUAGAGCAAAAAAACACGGUACUUAAUUCGUUCUGGAGGUCCAUUCUUAACCUGAAGCUGUUCUUAACCUGAAGCACCACUUUAGCUAAUGGGGCCUCCUGCUGCUGCCGCGCCGCUGGAGCAUGAUUUCUGUUCUCAUCCUGAAGCAAAGUUCUUAACCCAAGGUACUAUUUCUGGGUUAGCGGAGUCUGUAACCUGAAGCGUAUGUAACCUGAAGUGUAUGUAACCCGAGGUACCACUGUACUUUGUUAAGAGUGCUGAGAACUGUUAGGGGACCCCUAUUGCCCUCACAGAGCUACAGUCCCCAGAGUCCCCAGAGAAGAGGUGUCAAUGGUUAACCACUCUUGAGAUGGUAGAGCACUCUUGAGAUGAGCAAAGAUGGAAUCUCCUAGCGAUUCUCAGCACCCUCAAUAAACUACAGCGCCCUGGUUUCUUUGAGGGAAGCCACAACUGUUAAAGUGGUAAGAGUUAAAGUGCUUUAAAUGUAUAUUGUAGAUACGGCCUGCCAUAUUAUUAUAUUUGAAGCAGGACUUUUGUGUAAGAUGAGUCCUUGCUGAAGGGAUGCAGUUUUCCCCUGGGUUGAAGUUAGGCACAGUGGCCUGGCAUGAAUUUUGAGGCCUUCGCUUGGUAGUGGUCCCCAUGCUGGAGAAUGGGUCCAGCAAACGCUCAACAAAUGCUCUUGAACUUGUUUUUUCUCCAGGAAUAGCCGCACUGGUUUUGUUAUAUUCAUAUGUGUGAACUGUUCUGACUUAAGCCAAAGCAGUACUUUGAGGGGUCCGCUGAGUGAACCUGAAGAAUCUGAUCACUUUAGGUGGUAAUUAAUGUGUGUGAUAUUGCUGGGACAUUAUAUCUGUUUUUAGUGCUGAAACAUUAGAACUAGCAGGAACCACCUUGUUCACCUCUGGCCAAGAGGAGAAUUCGAUUAUUGGUCCUGCCAAGCUUUUGUCUGCAGAAACCAUCACAUCUGAACCAAAAUGGGCUAGGUCACCUUUUUGUGCUUUUAACCUUUAGUUUGCUUCAGUUCAGAACCUUGCAUAACUUCAACAUCUUCCUAUCCAUUGAUGUUCCUUUACAUGGAUUUAAGACUAUAUCCAUGCAUAAUUUUAUAAACUAGUGCCAUGUAUCUUUUAAAUGCCUUCUCUAAACGAAAAAGUCCCAAAUGCUGCAACCGUUCCUCAUAGGGCAGUCGCUCCAUCCCUUUGGUCAUUUCAGUUCCCCUUUUCCAACUCUGCAAUAUCCUUUUGGAAGUGAGGCAACCAGAACUGCACAGAGUAUUCCAAAUGCAGUUGCACCAUAGAUUUGUAUGAUGGUAUUAUGAUAGCAGAGGGACGCGGGUGGCGCUGUGGGUUAAAGUACAGAGCCUAGGACUUGCUGAUCAGAAAGUCAGCGGUUUGAAUCCCUUCAAUGGGGUGAGCUCCCGUUGUUUGGUCCCUUCUCCUGCCAACCUAGCAGUUCGAAAGCACGUCAAACUGCAAGUAGAUAAAUAGGUACCCCUCCAGCGGGAAGGUAAACGGCGUUUCCGUGCACUGCUCUGGUUCGCCAGAAGCGGCUUAGUCAUGCUGGCCACAUGACCUGGAAACUGUACGCCAGCUCCCUCAGCCAAUAAAGCGAGAUGAGCGCCGCAACCCCAGAGUCGGCCACGACUGGACCUAAUGGUCAGGGGUCCCUUUACCUUUUUAUUAUGAUAGCAGCAAUUUGCCUUUUUUCAGGGCUCCUGCACAUUGAGUCAACAUCUCUAUGAUUUAUCCUUCUUGAAUAACUGUAAAUUUGUGAGACAAGUAUGGAUUCAAAUAUAUAAUCAGCAAUGAUGGUGCUUGAGGUGGGUGCCUGAAGACUCAAAUCACACAUCUGACAUAGCGAUCCUUUGAGCAAAUUCAUUCCGAUUUCAGCUGAGGUUGUGACAUUUGAGAGCAUCACCAUAUAAAAAAAGGAUUAAAGCAAUUUGUCUCCUGACAGCCCAGAUGCAUUUAACCUUUAAGUCUUUCCUCUCAGUCAAUAUCUGUUGUUGUUAUUGUUGUUGUUGUUGUUGUUAUAUACAGCCCUUUAUCUAAAGAUCCCAGGGCGGUGAACAACAUUAACAACAUAAUUCACAUAGUAUAAUAAUCAAAUCACAGAAAAAAUCAUAAUAACAUUCCCCCCUCAACACACACACACAUUUAAAAGGCCCACAUUUAAUAUGUUAGAUACUGGUUAGGGAGGGGAAGAACAGUGAACUAAGAAGCUAAAGCUGAAAGAUAAAUGUUGAGUAAUGGUGAGUUUUAAAAUAAGAGUGGAGGAGGAGGGGAGCUUAAAAAAAAUUCCAUGUCUCAGCCUGGAUUCAUAAUGGGCUGCAAAAUCACAACACAGACUUCCUGAAGUCCAGUUUGAGUCCUUUCUGAAAGCUCACUAAUGAGUUUUUUAUCUUGACUGGCUACAUUAUGUCAAACAGAAAAGUCACAGCAAGCGAAAACCUACACUGGCAGAGCAUUCCCAGCCUCAAAUACCACAUGAUUACAGUCUGAGAUGUCCACAGAGUCUAACCUGCUUCGUGAUGCAGGCACUGCAAAGCAUAUUUUUGUGCUGUGUUGUAUUUUAAAUGUGCUGAUUCCACUUCAUGUAGCAUUUCUCAUAAAUGUGUGCUCUCUUUUUUUUCCUCCUGGCAGCCUGAGAAUAUCCUGUGUGUGAAUAGAGAGACAAAUCAAAUCAAGAUUAUUGACUUUGGGCUGGCAAGGAGGUACGUUGCUUUCAGUCAAGCUCCAGCAUCUUUUAGUUCCUAAAUCCAAAGUCCAUUUUCAAGUGAUCCAAUACUGGGAGAAAUGGCGCAAUAAUAAAGAAAAGACUCUCUAGGCUACCAAAAGAUGGCCGGUCUUGAACACAUUUCCUGAUGAACCUGAUAGUACACAUGUUGGUCGAAGUUUUUGAACAGGCAAUCUUCACAGAAGGGUGAAAAGGCUGCUUUUGUUGCCGAAAAUGCUGUCAUAGACUGGAAGAGGGAUCAAAUUUUGCUUCUUUCCAAAUAAUUCAGAGCAAGAUGCUAUCGUGAUACAAGAUUCUCUGCAACAGGCAGCAUGCGGUCAUCAAAAUAAACACAGUCCUCUCAAAUUCACAUUCUGAUCCUCAACAUGUUCAGUGGGUUGACUUUAGUAGGGCUUAUUUCAUGCCAUAUGUUAAGGAUGGAGGUACUAAACCAAAUGGCAACAUUACAAAACAAUGGCCGUACAAGAAAAGGAAGUUUGGGGCAAGACAACAAGAGAUGCUUUCUAGUCACCAGCAUGUUUUAUCUCAGGCAUAGGCAAACUCGGCCCUCCAGAUCUUUUGUGACUACAACUCCCAUCAUCCCUGACCACUGGUCCUGUUAGCUAGGGAUAAUGGGAGUUGUAGUCCCAAAACAUCUGGAGGGCUGAGUUUGCCUUUGCCUGUUUUAUAUUCUCUGACAUCAUCCUGACAGCUAUCGGUUUGCCUGCCCCCACUAAGCACCUAUUUAAAGCAUCUUUGGGUGGAAUUCAAUGUCGUGUUCAGUGGGAUAUGUGUGAGUUCAAUGUGGUCUGCCCACACAGUGGGACUCCGCCCCCCCACUUCCUUCACUGUUGUCACACGUCCCCUAAACCUAGUCUGGGUUUUUCCCCAAUCCUCCAGAGCACAUUUAGGGAGCGUGGGGGAAGGAAAAGAAGAAAGUCCUGUGGACAAGUGGACCUUGUUCUGCUUGCUCAUCAACUUAGUUGAUUCCCAACCUUUGUGUUGAACUCUUAAGUAUCUGGACAUACUGUAGACGUCAUCUUUGCUGUCAUUGUUUCUCAUGUAUUUCGUUGUCGUUCAUUAGAUAUAAACCAAGGGAGAAGCUGAAGGUCAACUUUGGCACUCCAGAAUUCCUCGCUCCCGAAGUUGUAAACUACGACUUUGUAUCAUUUCCUACCGACAUGUGGAGUAUAGGUGUCAUUGCCUAUAUGUUGUAAGUAUGCUGCAGCCUACAUUGUUAAGACUGUGUUUUUCUUCUACAGGUGAUGGCAAGUUGAUGAAAGCUACUCCUGGACUCUGACUGUUGCUCAAAGUCCAGAAGGUUUACAUUGCUCCUACGUAAUGCACAAAACGUUUUGCCUCUUUCCCUGUUUCCCGCAGGCUUAGCGGAUUGUCUCCUUUCCUGGGUGAUGAUGAUAAUGAGACUCUGAACAACAUCCUGGCUUGUCGGUGGAACUUUGAUGAUCAAGAAUUUGAAAAAGUGUCGGAGGAAGCUAAAGACUUCAUCACUAAGCUUCUCAUUAAGGAAAAGGGGUAACCAGAUACCAGUAGCUUCAAUGUACUGUCCAACCAGAAAUUGUUUCCAAAAAUGAAAAGUUCUUUUCAUAUGUAUCUCUCAAGUGGCAGAGUGUUUCAAUGAUAAAAUCCAUUAUAAACAAGGAGAGUUUUGACGUGUGCAUCUGGUAAAAGGAACAGGGAUAUAGUGGUACCUUGGGUUACAUAUGCUUCAGGUUACAUACGCUUCAGGUUACAGUGCUUCAGGUUAAGAACUUUGCUUCAGGAUGAGAACAGAAAUCGGGCUCCGGCGGCGCAGCAGCAGCAGGAGGCCCCAUUAGCUAAAAUGGUGCUUCAGGUUAAGGACAGUUUCAGGAUAAGAACGGACCUCCGGAACGAAUUAAGUACUUAACCCGAGGUACCACUGUAGUUCAGUCAGUAGAACAUGAGGUUCUUAAUCUCAGGGUUGUGAGUUGGAGUCCCAUAUUGGGCAGAAAAAUUGGAUUAGAUGACCCUCACGGUCCCUUCCAACUACAGUGGUACCUCUGUAUGCAAACUGGAUCCGUUCUGGAGCCCCGUUUGCACCCUGAAGCGAAUGUAAGACGCGUCAGCACGUGUGUGGGUCACGUUUUGCCGCUUCCGCGCAUGCAAGUGGCAUCAUUUUGCGUGUCUGCGCAUGCGCGAGCGGCGAAACCUCUAAGUAACGCAUUCCGUUACUUCCGGGUCGCUGUGUAGCGCAACCCGAAAAUGCUUAACCUGAAGUGUAUUCAUCCCGAGGUAUGACUGUAUACAACUCUAUGAUGUGACUAGAUUUUAAGAACUUUCCUGUUUAAUUCAACAGGAGUGAACUGAGCGUAGGUUAAUAGUUAAAUAUCAUUGUUCGUUUAUCUGUUUGACUUAUAAUUCAUCCACCCACAAUCCUAAGAGGCUUUGGGUAGAUAACAGUACGCUAAACCUCAGUUUCACUGAGCAAACUCUCACAUCAUCUCUGUCUCCUGGUGACCAGAAGCCAACAACAUUAUACUGCAUUUCCAGGAGAUGUUUUCCAGGCCCACAGUGGCUAAUCCAAUGUCUAUAGGAAGCCUACAAGCAGGAUCUGAGUGCAGUGGCGUAGCGUGGGUUGUCAGCACCCGGGGCAAGGCAAGUAAUUUGUGCCCCCUAACCCGGGGCAAGGCAAGUAAUUUGCGCCCCCUACCCGCUAACCUGCCGCCGCUGCCAGCUUCUUCUUGCUGCUGCCUGGUCUGGUCUGGUGUGGUUCUCUCCCGCGCUCAGCGCUGCACUGGGCGGCCGCUGCACUGUCCCUCCCCCAGAUAGUCCCUCGCUCUCUCUCCGCACCGCACGCCUGGCACCCACCCCCUCCACAGUGGGCAGCGACCCAGCGGCUCGGAUCAGAUUCGCACAGCCAGCACUGCAGUGAGAGAGAGUGAGUGAGCCACGUAGGGGCAGAGAGCUGCGAGUGUGAGCGCGCCCCCCCCAGAUGUUGCGCCCGGUGCGGCCGGCCCCCCUGCACCCCCCACGCUACGCCACUGUCUGAGUGCACCCACUAGUAUAAAGGCCCAGUCGAGAUCAGGAUUGUAUUCUGAAUUGGGAUCCUAUGUGACUGCUUUUAAGUGGCCAGCUUAAGCAUGAUUUUAAAAAAGGUUAAUAAUGUAAAGUGUAGUUUGUUUCUCAGCUGUAAAUUUAAAAUUGGCUUUCAGUCAAUCCUGUUUUGUUUUCUUGGGGGGUCACAUUUUAAACAUGAAUGCUACAAUCGUUGUAUAGCUAUUAAAUACUGACACUCAUUUUUACCCCCCUUUAAGCUGGAGGAUAAGUGCAACUGCAGCCUUAAAGCAUCCUUGGCUAUUUGACCAAACACUCCAUUGCAAAUUGCAGUCUAAGGUUUGUAUAUCAGAAUAGAAUUGUUUUCUUGUUCCUAAGCAGGGGCGCAGAGGAGAGAUUGGUUUAGCUCAUUGUGCUAAAUGUGAUCUUCCAAAAUCCACAAACUGAAAGGUGAACCAAAGCAAAGCUUCUUCGAAAUUUGCACGGCUCUGAAUUUUGUGGUGCCGUCCUCCCGGCCAAACGAUGCAUACAAAAAUGUGUGUUUUUGUGAAAGUAGCACUCACAAAAAUGCAUUCUGCUAUGUGGAGAUUGCUUCCACAUAAUGCUUAUACUGGGCAAAAUUACGUGCAAAAAGUAUUAGGAGAACUGUGCACAAAUUUGCAUACAGAUAUGCAUGUGGGCUGCAUCUGCAGUGGGGCAAACUGAAGACUGGGGGGGGGGGGGAAUGAGAAACUGAGAGUAACUGAAGUUGACAAAUUCACCCAUCUCUAUUCCUAAGUCAGUUCUGCUAUUGAACCUAUCUGGCUAGACUCUUAUGCCUGUGCUGAUGUUGGUAUUGUUGGUGUUUUAAAACUACCAACUACUAAAGAUGAAUGGGUAGUCAAAUUGUGCGAGUACUUGGAGCUCGCGAAGCUGACAGCUGCAAUAAGAGAUAAACCUAAAAAGAUGGUGAAAGAAGAAUGGGAAUGUUUAAAUAAUUAUCUCGGGGAUAAGGGUUCAUCAAUAAAGACCUGGUUAUGUUUAGAAUGAUACCGCAUAGGGAAAUGUUCCCUGAUACCAAGAUAAGGGAUUCUAUGGAAUGCAGAUAGAGAGAAUUGAUAAGAAUAAUGAUCUGUUGUGACCUUGACGGAAGCGUACAAUAGACGAGCCUUCUUGUGUUUUGGCUCAUUUCACACACACACCCUUCCUUCUCCUUCUUCUUUUCUCUUUCUUUUUUCUUUCCCAUAAUGCCUUAUGUUCUAUGCCAUGUACUUUGAUAUUUUUUGUAGUUUUUUAGCCUUUUCCAUUAUUAUUAUCAUCAAGGAUUUUUCUUUUGUAAUUUUGGUUGUUUAUAUUUAUCUGUAUUUGUUUAAAGCAAAACAAAAACAAAAACAAAAAACAAACAAACAAAAACUACCAAUGUACAUGUGGUGCCUAUUUGUGUGAAGAAAUUAUGCUGGUUAUUGUAGAUGUGGAUUAAAGAAUCUGAGGUGCCCCACCCCAGCAUAUGUACUCUGUUUUGUGCCAAAAGAGCUUAGCCCACACCAUUAUAGAUGCUCCCCACAUGAAUGCCUGAUCAUUCAAAUACCCAAUUUGUACAAUCUCUCCCCUUUUGGAAGGGGAAAAAAAUUAGGAAGCACACCUAUUUCUCUGCCACCAUAAAGGCAGUCUGUGUCUUGAUAAGAGUCUGAACUAAGUCUUGGAAUCCAUUGCAUGAUUUGAGCCUUUUAGAUGUGCUUCUGAGCCACCUAACUAGAAAUAGCACAUACAGGGGAACCUCUACUUACCACCAUAAUCCGUUCCGGUGGCCCGUCCUUUGGGCAAAACGGGUUACUGGUAGAAGCGCCGUUGCGCGCAUGUGCAGAUGGUGGCUUCUGCGCAUGUGCAGACAGCGGCAGCCGCUUCUGUGCAUGUGUAAACGGCAGAAGCCGCUUCUGCGCAUGCAUGAAUCAUGGCAAACCCAGUAUUUACUUACGGGUUUUCCGCAGUCACGACUUGGAUCGGGCCCAAAUAGAGGCGGUCGUAAGUAGAGGUUCUACUAUAGUUGCUCGCUGUUUUAAAUGUAUCACAAGGCUGGGACUCUUGUUGAGCCAGUAUUGACAUUCUCUUUUAUCUCCCUGUAGAGAAAGGCUAAGGCUUCCACUGGAUCUCAGGCACCUGUGACUCCAUAAGCUCUAUGAGAAAUGGAAGGUUGGUAACAUUUUGGGUAUCAGUGGAAAAUAUUGACUACUGGGCCACUCUGUGAAGGCCACUGCUUUGCUGUGAAGCGUCCUCACUACAUGGAUUAAAGGGGUUUCUUCCUACCACCAUGUGGCUAAAAGAAAUCUCCAGAUCUGUAUAACGAUAGAUUAUGAAUGCAUGCAACCAUGUGCAAUUGUUUAGGGCAGUUUCCAUAACAAGUGCACAGCUUCAAGUUAGUGCCGGUGGGUUGACUUAACAUUGACACCUGAAAUAGUCUUUGAUUAGUAGCACAAAGAAGAAGCGGCUCAGCCUCUGGGGUGGAACUGCUCUGCUCGCUUUCUGGCAAGGGAGUCACUGUUGCUUACUGAGAGGCAGAGCGGCAAGGCAGUGAAUUAGUUUAUUUGUUCUUGCAACCACUGUGGUCAUUUCAACCAUCAUUACAAAGAAAUAUACAUCCUAUCCUUGCUAUACAGAAUGCACAUAGAUACACCAUUAAAAAGACAAUGUUAGCCAAUUUAUACAUACAUACAUACAUACAUGGGGGGCCCGGGUGGCGCUGUGGGUUAAACCACAGAGCCUAGGACUUGCCGAUCAGAAGGUCGGUGGUUUGAAUCCCCACAACAAGUGAGCUCCCGUUGCUCGGUCCCUGCUCUUGCCCACCUAGCAGUUCAAAAGCACGUCAAAGUGCAAGUAGAUAAAUAGGUACUGCUCAGGCGGGAAGGUAAACAGCAUUUCCGUGCGCUGCUCUGGUUCGCCAGAAGCGGCUUAGUCAUGCUGGCCACAUGACCCGGAAGCUGUACACCAGCUCCCUUGGCCAAUAAUAAUAAUAAUAAUAAUAAUAAUAAUAAUAAUUUAUUAUUUAUACCCCGCCCAUCUGGCUGAGUUUCCCCAGCCAGCGAGAUGAGUGCCGCAACCCGAGAGUCAGCCAUGACUGGACCUAAUGGUCAGGGGUCCCUUUACCUUUACAUACAUACAUACAUACAUACAUACAUCUUAAAAUGCAAACCAAAACACAUACGUUUCUAUAUUUCAUUGACAAUCAGGUGGCUACAGUCCGCCAUAUUAUCCUUGAUGAACAGUCUUCUCAGUUUUGGGGCAGCAAUCACAAAUCUUGUUGUGUUGUUUGUCACAAACUUAACAAAGCCAGACAGCAAAUAUGUGAUCUCUACUUGUUCGUCAGCUUCAGUCGUCUGACACAACAAUUCAAGGAUAGCUCUCGGUUCAGAAUACAGAGGGCAAUGUAAUACAUAAUGGUAUAGAUCUUUAACUGCUUGAGCGACACAUAUACAAAGCCGCUUUUCUGCUGGGAUUUUCCUGUAGCGUCCCUCUAAAUAUUCUGAGGGCAUUAGUCUGAAAAUGCAAAGCCAGAAAUGAACAAAUUGGUAAAUCAUACAGAUAGUUCUCAAAGCCAUGUGUUACUUUAAUUAACUGUAGCUGUGGAGAGAACCUUGAUUUCGGGAUCGCCUGUAGAUCUUGUGCAAAGCAGUGAGGAGGACAGCUUGGUGCAAAUUCGCCAGUGCACCCGAUCUGGCACUGCUGCCAGUGCUUUUGCACCACAACGACCUUGCCACUCCCCUUCUUGCUCCCAGUAAGCAACAAUGACCCACCUGUCGGGAAGGUAGUGCAGCAGCUCUGCUGCACCUGGCAAGACACUUCUGAUACUAAGACUGCAGCCCUAAGCACACUUUUCCAUUAGCAAUGGAUCCAUUUGUAGCUCUCAGUCUAAGCCAUCACAUCCCUGAAAGAUGCAGAGCAAUGCAGUCCCCUCCCCAAAGUAUAAUUUGGUCAUCUAGCCAGAAUUCAAUGUCCUGUCAGAACCAUAUCACAAAACUGUUCUGACCAUUCUUGCACGGUAUGUUUUCAGAUUACCAGAAUGGUUUUAAAAAACACACACUAUGGGAACAAGUUCAAGGGACUAUGGAGAAUAUCUGGAGAUGGCUCCUUCUUGAUUUUGGAAAUGCUGAAAGCUCCUGCUUGCAUAACCACUUGUUAUUUAUUUUUUUAAACUUGCGAAUAUUAACUUAAGAUAUGAAAUACGCCACUUUGCAUUUUGAGUACUAAUUCUGAGUGGUGUUUUGGUCCAUUUGGCAAGAGACAGUCAGCGCGAUGGGGUUACAUUUAUAACUGGAUGGCUUGUAGCAUUGUUUUGCGAAGACUGCUCUGCAGAGCUUCAAGGUUUCUGGUUUAUAGUAGAUUCCUGUAAGUUGCAUUACAUGUCUCCAUGUCUAAGCCACCAAAACCACAUUGUUCCCAGUCACUUCAAUCAUGCACUGAGUCAAAUUUGUGGGAAGAGACUACUUGCCUCAACCAGACAGGGUGGAAUAAGGCAACAUUUCUUAUUUUGUCCGGUCUCCAAUUUAUUCCACAUCUGGUGUGAACUCAGGCUCCAAUCCUAACCCCAUGGACCUGGGUGUAAGCCCAAUUGAAUUCAGUAGGAUAUGCUUCAAGGUAGACAUGGUACCAAUGGGUUGCUCGAGAGCAAGUAGGCAAAUGCCUCCCUGCUCGGCUGUGAAGCCUUGCUUUUGAUGCCAAAAUAAACUUUCUCUGCGCAGAGCACCACUCUCCCGUGGCUGGCUCAUUCACUGGCAGAAUCUGUGAGUGGGCGGUCCUUAAACUUUCCCCAGCAGAGUAGUUUCUUGACGCCCAAUCUGCGCCUCCCCUCUCAGCGCAGAUGCCUGGGUAUGGGUAACGGAGGGCCUCUCUCCUCCCCGCUUUGCCCAGGCAAGGUGUCCUGGCACCGCCUCGCCUCCUCCGAGCCCUGAAGCUCCUCUCCACUGGAGGUGUGGUUACUCUCCUCCGCUGAGGAGGUGCUGCUUCCCACGAUCUUUGGGGGCUCUCUGUAAUCCAUCCAGCUUUUCCCCUCUCGCCCCUGAGCCGAUGGCAGUUCCCUGACAACAUGGUUAGGUGGUCUGCAUGUAUAGAAAUAAUAGCUACCCAUGUGGGCCCACUAGAAAAAAAAAAUAAUUGCCAUGAUAGGGUACCUUUAUUAAGACCAAUUAAAACAUCACAAGUGAGCAAGCUUUUGAGUUGCCCAGAACCCCUGUUUAGGAUGAAUGUUAAGCAAAGCAACAAGGACCUGCAUAUGCAUCAGAUGCAAUGUGGGACAAGGGGACCUCUGACGCAGGAACAUAGUUGCUGCUGUAAGGAAAGUGGCAGCAAACAAAACUGCUUAAAGAAAGAAGGAAAUUCGGUGGGGGGGGCUAGACUGAAGAUUUUAGAAAGUACUGUCUGACUGCUAAAAAUAAAUUAAAAAUUAAUAAAUCCCUGCCUUGUAAGUGACCUCAAAGUCAUCAGAAGUUCUCCACCCAUUGCCUUUUUGUCAUUCCCUUUUCUGAAAAUGUGCCCAAAUAAUUAUACUGAGAACAUUUGGAACAGCCCUGACUAGGAGAUAGUCAAGAAUCUCUGUGUUUGAAUGAAUUCCAUAGAGCUGAAGGAAGGUGGCAGCUUUUGUGGGGGUACAGUGGAGAGCUUAGGAGCUCUUUGUAGUUUGGAAGAGAGGGAGAGAGGUGGGGAGAGUUGUGAGUUCACUAAAGGCAGGACCUCUCUCUGGGGAUCUGACGUGAGGUGGCAGAUUUAAUGCCUUGUAUAUUUGUAAAUAGAGUAAAUAUUAGAGAGCCUAAGUCUCCAGUGCUUUUGCACCCAAAGGCAACCAAACCUAGAUAUUAAGUGGAGCAUGCCACAGAUUGAAAGGGGGCAAUCUCUGAAUGAUCAAAGUGUGACUCAGGCAAUGUUAUUCAUUUAACUGCAUCCGUUAAGGGCCAUUUUCUACAUUCAUAAAUAUCUCGUGAUAAAGCCCUACCAGUAAACAGCCCAGAAUGUCGCUGAAGGAUCAUGUGUACAUAAUUCUGCUGCUGAUUUUAACGAGAUCUUUAUCUGUUUCUUUUGCAGAAAAAGCUGCUGUGUGGUUACUGCUGCUAUGACGUUUGGAAAUUUAAAAAACCCAGCAGUUCUGGUGCUUCAACUCCCCCCUUUCUCCCCAUGAUGACUUGAGGCUUUUUACUAAGUGGACCAAUACCACUUUGGCUGCAGGAUUGAGUCGCAGUAGUACUGAACUGCUUUCUUCCCCGGCUUUUUAGCUGUUUUCAGUAGCUGCUGAAGUUUCCAGGAAGGUGUUUCUGUUCAAAGGCGGCUGCUUGAAUUUGUGCUUGAGGUUCUUAUCAUUGCUUGAAUUUCAGCGUGAUAGCUCUGGUUUUCCAGACUCAGCUGUUGAAAGAAAUGGUGGGGAUUUCUUUUAGAUUAUCAGAUCUCCUCAGCUCAGCAGGUUAGGGUUGAACUCAACUGGGAGAGGAUUGCUUUCAAAGAAACUGAUUUGGGGGGGGGGGGGAGAGAGAAGCAGGUAGCAAAUGUGGAAGACUGUGUGUGAAGUUUAAUUUUUAAGACAAGGUGCUCUCUUCUUACCAUAUAAUAAAUAGAGUGAUUCUAUUACAGCAGUGUGUAAAUGGCAUGGAAGUAUGUUUGCUCUCAGUGCACCAUGAAAUGCCUUUUCUGUGCCUGCUAACAUAUCACUCUGAUACCAUUUUUAAUUCGGCCAGGUUAUCUUAGGCAACUGCACAAUUCGAAUGCAGAGAAGCAUGUGUUCCCCCAUCUCGCUUCCCCCUCAAAAAUUGGUAAUCUUGUGCCUUCGAAUAUUUGUUCAUAUUCUUUAAGCAUCAUAAUGAAAGGAAUCCCAGUAUAUAUUUAUUUUUAUGUUGAACAGAGCAGGUAAAAGAAAAGAAGAAUGCGCUCUGAAACUGAGAAUCAUAAUAUUCUCCUGGCUUGACAGCUGGCGCAGUGGGAAACAUGAACUGAGUGAGGCUCCUAAUUCAAAUUUCACCUCAGCCGUUGUCUCCCAACCUCAGCCCCUCAUCUCAGUAUUAGGAUAACAAAACUGACCCACCUUACAAGUUGUUGUAAGGGUUACUGAGUCAAUGCCUGUAAAACGUUUUGAACGCUCACAAAAAUUCAUAUAAAAUAGAAGGAUUGCAGAUAUUGCUGCAACAGAAUUAAGCCGUUGUAGUAUUGUAGUAAUGUUAAAAUGCUGUCCCGCACAUUUCAUUAUAGAAAAUCUUCCAUUUAUCUAAAUAUGGCUGAAUUUAUCACUGCCAAUGAAGGGUAUUUAAGUUGUUAUGUGCCCCCAAUUCAUUGGUCGACAUGGCAAUAUCUCUAUUGCAAGACAUUUUUUAAAAAGCCCCAUGGAGGCCUUGCCAAGAGCAGAACUUCAUUUUCCUGUAGAAUGAGGCAGAAUCUUCCCUUUUAUCCAGCCUCUCAAAGUUCUCAUUCCUGUGGCAUUUGGAAGGAGAGCUUGGGAAAUACAUGAAAAGAAGACCUUGCCCAAGAAAUUAAGAUUUGGUUUAACUGGCAUAUAAAAACACAAGUAUUGCUAACACAGCAACUUUUUGCCAUGUAUGUGUGGUAGCUCAAUGGGCGAGAGUGCUGUUCACAUCACGAGUGUAAUCCAUGACAAUGCAGCACCCCUCCUCUAGCGUAACAACUUUUCUAAUUCUGACAAAAUCUGCAGGCUGAAUGUGGAAAGGGAUUUCAAUAUACACUUUAGUGCCAGUAUUAAGGGUUUUCUCUCUUCAUAACACGCACAAGCUGCAUGCGGUUUUCAGUCUUUGAUAAAUAUACAUAUAUGUCUUUGUGUGAUCGUAGUAUUCUAACUGCUGUCUUUGUUUGGAAAAAGAAGAAGGGGGAAGGAUGACCCAGAUCCUUGUAUAAAAUUAGAAUGAUUUAGAUUCAAUCCUUCAAAUUUCAAUCUUUUGUAAGUUGUGGAACCAAUUCAGGCACAAUGUUUUGCAUUCAUAGGAAGGCUCAUGGAAUUAGUCCUCUGAGUGUGUGCAUGUGUACAUAAAUGCACACAUACACAUGGAGGAAAGGGUUGGUUUUUUUCUUUUUCUUUUUUGCAAAUUCACACAGCUUGCUAGAUAAUCUCACAACUCAUGAUUGGGCUCCUGGAUGUUUCCUGUUUAUAAGAUUGUUUAGAUGUCUGGACAAACCAUUGCCCUGCACACCAAAAAUGAAUGCGUAAGACAAGUUUUGGAAUGGCGGGUCAUAACUUUAUUAAAAUCAAGGACCUGCAAGGGAAGAACUAGAAAACAGUGCAGGCCAGCUAUCUUGAUGAAGUGGACAAGGCGAGCCUCUGAAGUCUGUUGGAGGUAGCCUCAAUAGUCCCAUCAGAGGCCACACACAAAAUUCCUACUCAGUUCCUAAAAUUCAACGGGCAAAUCCUAUAUCACAAAAAAGGGAGAGCAGGGUGCCAUGCUGGCCAGAGAAAGAGUUCAGAGAAGGAGGGGUUGGGUUACUAAGCCAGUCAGAUGUCAUGGAUUAAUAGAAUUGUAGAGUUGGGAUGGACUCCAAGGGUGAUGCAGUCCAACCCAUGCAAUGCAAGAAUGUCCCCAUGUGACAUGAUGAUGUCACAGGACAGUAAACUCUUAUGAUGCCAUUUCCAGUGGGAUAGAGGCAAAUGUAGCCCUGCAAUAAUGUGGAGGACUGAGGUGCUGGGCGGCGGCGGGGGGUUGUCCAAGAGCCAACACAGUGAUACAAAACAUUAUGCUAGAAUUGGACCACGUGUAAGAGUUCUGUGGUCUUUGUGUGCUUUCUGUUGCUUCAGAAAGAGAAUACUCCUACAGCAAUAGUAAAAACCAGUACAAUUUUUAUUCUUGUUUUCAAAUUUCCCAUCGUGUUAUCAGUGGCAACCCUGAGUUUCAUGGCGAUCUAUUGUGGAUAAAUUGGCAUCGGUCAAAGCCUUAAUCAGGGCUAUUUUCAAAUGUCAGAUCCACCUCAUGACAAAACAGUGGCAUGCCACCCAGGGGUACCCCAGUAGUUUCCAGGCUAUUCCUGCUGCUUGCUCAGACAUCUUUGUUUUAUCAGGUGGCAAUAUUUCUGUAGCUUUUCUUGGGUUUCUGGCAUUAAAAGUGGUAUCUGCAGUGCUAGCUUUUGCGAGCACAGGGGGCCUAUGAAACAUACUUACAUGCUAACAGAGGCUACUACAUGGCAGAAGGAAACACAUGAUUUGAAAUGAUAGUAGCAUGUUGGUGAUCUAGUCCAGAAACCUCAUGCCCACACCACAAGUUAAAUGUAAGUUGCGAAAACUUUUCAGUGGUUGGGGAUUAGAAAUGUGGGCUAUGUUCAGAACUGAGUGAUCAGAGGAGCAGAAGGCCACGGAAGAAGGUUUCAGUAAGUUGGGUUCAGGAGAUCACUCAACAUAGAGUGAGGUACAGGUAGAGGUGGAACAGGGAACAAGGUAAAAUAGAACAGGCUUGCAGAUCCUACUUGGAACCAACAUAACUUCAUUAAUUCAUGGACUUUCAGAAGGAAGACCAUGCAUAGCCAAGUAGGUCAGAGAAGAGAAAUUGGUGGCUCUUAUGAGGGAGAGAUUGCGGUCUGUCCGUCAGCCUCAAUGACAGCAUAUGGAAUAAUAACCUACAGUGAUGGCUAUCCAUCAGAUCAUUAGUUAUCUAAGUUUAGUCAUGCCACUGGAACCUGUGCUAGAAAAUUAAUUUAUGUUGCUGCAUCUUAUUGUGCAACAAAGCAGAAAGUUGGAGGAAUGCAGCCUAUUCAACACAAUGUGAUUCCCUGAUGCAAGGGCACACAUAUCCCACGAGGUUUUGAAAACCAAGCUCUGUACUUAUCAAUAACCGGCUGUAAACUUGCGAAAAGCAACACUUGGUGGGUAACAUACACAUUAAACAGCAAGAAAUCAAUUCCAUUGAAUUAAUACAUAUCCUCAGAAAUAUGUUCUGCCCUGUAUUUCUGAAUGUCUGAAUAUAAGCAACCUGGCCAUUGGUCUCCUUGUGCUUGCAAACGCUAUCACAGGAAACACACCGCUGUCCCGUUCACUUCAAAGGAAGGGAGCGACUGUGUGUGUAUCCCUCUACAAAUAUAUGAAGUUUCCUGCCUUGCUGCUGAAUGGGGCAAAACAUCAGAGCCCACAUAGGGAGUUGAACCAAAGCUGAACUCUGUGGAUUAUGCACAGUGCUAUUUCCUCGGACUGCUCUGUUGUGAAAACCCUCCUGAACUGAAGGUACAAGGGUUGGGUUGCCAUUUGGUAUCCAUUGCAAAUGAACGCCAUGGGUUAUAUCCAGUUGUGCCUAUCCAUUCAUAGAAGGCUCUUUACGACAGCGGAAAGUGGUUAGGAAGCAAUGUUGGCAGUCUCCCACUUUCUCCUGCAGAUUUGAGGGCGCUGCAGAAGGAGAGGAGGAAUCAAUGAAAAUUGGUCCCCUUCCCAUACAUUCACAAAAGCCACCACUGGAUCGAAGAGGUUUCUAUCAAUGGAGGCACACAAACAAGUACAACCAGUGCUUUUUUUCCCCUUAAUUUUUUUUUUUAGGGGUACUCUCAUUUUGACUCAAGAAAAUCACCAUUUUAUAGUUCAAAUCGGGAAAAAUAAAUACAGUAAAUGGACAAAAGUACAAAGAUUCACAAAAUGUUUAGGGGUAUGCGUCCCCCCAGAAAAAAGCAGCCCCAUGUUUUUGCAAGCUAGGCACAACUUCUACAAGGAAAAUAACUUUUAUUUUGUAAGUUCUUGGGUAAGGAGCAAAAGAAAGCAAACUUGGCUUUUAGGAUCCCACAGAACAGUGUAGUAAUCCUGACAGUGUUCAGUUUCUUUACACUAAUCCCUAAGUGAGAUUGACAGGUAUUUCACAGUCAGGUGUAACAGUCUGAUGCAACUAAACGCUUGUUUGUCGCUAUGUACAAUGCACUGCAUACAAUAUGUUGAAAGAGAUGAAAAAUGCCACCUGUAAAUAAUGCUUUCAACAGUCGCAAUUUCAAAACAGUUGUAAUCAUGGUAUCAUAUUCAAGGAACCUUUUCUUGACUAUUAAGAUUAUAUUAAAGUAAUACUUGAUCAACUAGAAGAUAACUACUUCUACAAGACUCAUAUAAAUUAUUAUUCUAUAUUUAUUGCACUUUGAACAGCAUGCUUUUAACUCCACUUGGCUUUUUUAUUUUAUAAACGAUAUAACCACAGUUUGUUCUCUUCAGGUUUUUUGUGUGUGUGUGUGUUUCACAACACAGUUUUUCUGAUUUUAUACCAGGCUAAUCAAAGAGAGUGAGUGUGUAACUGUAUGUGUGUUUUUGCUUAUCUGUACGGUAUUUUGUUUUUAAGAGUUUUAGAAACUGUGAAUUGCCAUGUUUGAGAGCAGGUUGCUUGAGGAGGGCACUUUACAAGCUGUAGUUAUUGCCUUCAGCUGUUCAUUCACAGAUGGGCAGAGGUGACUUACAGCUAUUGCUUUUGCAACUAGGGAACAGAACAGACGUUUCUCCUAAUAAACGUGUCAAGAUUCAGAAUCCAGUGGGGUGUAAUUCCAAAACAAUUGGAUAUUUAGUGUGACACAAAUACAGCCCACAUAAACUGCAAACUGCUAUGGAUUGGGUGUACUUUUAGUGAUAGUUAGGCCUUAAUCACUUCGCAGUGGCUUCCUGCCUCUAUUUUGUUCUCUCUCAUUUGUGUCACUGCACUGAUUGGUGCACUACACAGUCAUUCUUAUAUUAAGGCUCUUCUGGGCUUAGCUCAUUCUGAGAAUUUAUGGAUUGAAAUGGUAUAAAGGUUUGCGCAGAUUGUCUCUUUCUCAUUUAUAGGAAUGAGCCAUUCUACACACACACAGCUGUGAUUGGAGGAAAGGGCUUUCAGGUCAAAAUAUACUAUUUCUGUGUAGACAUAUAUGAGUUUUAUUAGCUCAGCAUCUCUCAACUAAGCACUCCACACAUUCAAAAAUGCCCAUAACAGAAGGUAUCAAUUUUUUACAGCAUACUACACUUGUGAUUAAGGGACGCUGGUGGCGCUGUGGGUUAUACCACAGAGCCUAGGACUUGCUGAUCAGAAGGUCGGCGGUUCGAAUCCUCGUGAUGGGGUGAGCUCCUGUUGCUCGGUCCCUGCUCCUACCAACCUAGCACGUCAAAGUACAAGUAGAUGAAUAGGUACCGCUCCAGCGGGAAGGUAAACGGCGUUUCCGUGCGCUGCUCUGGUUCGCCAGAAGAGGCUUAGUCAUGCUGGCCACAUGACCUGGAAGCUGUACGCCGGCUCCCUCGGCCAAUAAAGCGAGAUGAGCGCCGCAACCCCAGAGUCGGUCACAAUUGGACCUAAUGGUCAGGGCUCCCUUUACCUUUACCUUUACACUUGUGAUUAACCUUGGAUUGCCAAGAAUUAACAUGAGAUUUCAGUUGUUGUUGUUGCUGUUGUGAGGCCUGCAGAUUUUGGAUGCGCCAAAAUCGCAGUCAACAAUCUACAAGGUCCCUAAGAAAGCUCACAUAUUUCAGAGAAUAAUUCAUGAGAACUUCAGGUUUUGCUUCUGGUUCGAUGGUGACAAAAAGCUGAAAUGACUUCUAGAGUCUUGUGGCAUCUUAAAGACUAACAGAUGUUUUGUUCCAUUUCAUCAGACAGAAGGCGGGCGGGCAGGCAGGGUUUAGUAUUUGCACCAAUUUCUGCAGCAGCAAAGCAGCUCAUGCCAUGGAGUUUUAAGAUCUCCUUCCUCUCUCCACCCAAUCAAUUCUACAUCAGUUUCAUAUUGCAGAAGAAAAGCUGGUUGCUGCCUGUAGGGUGCCUAAAAAUGUGUGUGUCAAUUUCCACUGAAUAGCAACAAGACUUUUAGCUACAUACCUCUGACCCUAAUAUGGUUUUAAAUAUAAAUAAUAUCGGGUGAACAAAAUGCAAGGUUUCAGUUAUGAUUCAGAAGCUGACAGUGAUGACUAGUCCACAGCAGUCUUGCAAAGACCUUUAAAAAAUGUUUUGCUCUCAGAAAGGAUGCUGUAUCUUAAUGCAUUAUUUUUUUUAUUAGUAUAAUGCUAUGUGAUUAUGCCCAGUGUAAGUGAGGCUUAAUAUUGCAUGAAUCCACAGUAGGAACAUUAAGGGUUUAUGUGCACUUAACUUUCGCCCCAUGUCUUCCAGGAACAGUUGUGCACUUGAAAGCUCUGUAUCUGAGUGCUCUGUUGUUGUUUUUACCCCAGAGCUUUCCCUGUGAAAUUUGGGUCUUCUGCAGAUUGCUGUUUGCUCUGAUUCCGCAGUAAAGAGUGGAUUUUCACAGGGAAAGAUGAGGGGGAGAGAAAGCACUCACACAUGGUGCUUUAAAAUCCAGGCUGUGUUUGGAAAGCAUUGACGAAAGGUAAGCGUGGAUAAGCCCUUAGACCAGAGGCUCUCAAAGUGUGUGACAGGAUACGAUUUCCUCCAGUGUUUCAUCCUACCAAGGAAUCACAACCAAGGAAGUGACAUACUUGGUUGCACAACCUUUCUCAAUGACAACUAAUUAAAUUAAAGAAUGGGGAUUGAGUCUACAUGGAUCUAACCAUAUACUAAGACCAGUGCCAGAUUUACAUAUAAGCUAAACAAGCUAUAGCUUAGGGCCCCACUCUCUUGGGGCCCCCCAAAAAAUUAAAAGAAAAAAAACCUGGAUGUACAUUUCCAAAAUAUAAGAUUAAAAACAAAUAAAAUAAAACCUACAUACAGCAACAGUGGCAAAUGGCUUUAGAUACCUAUCAGGUCCAUAAAUUACCAUAUAGCAUAUAUUCAACACAAAAAACAGUGACAAAUUGUUGUUGACAAAGGACAGCUGGACAUACAAAGGGCCCCAUUACCUUCAGUAGCUUAGGGCCUCAUCAAACCUAAAUCCGGCCCUGACUGAGACUUACACAGGUAGCAAAGUCCAGAGAAAUUAAAAUCCCAGCAACUAAAUAAUAAUAAAAAAGAGUGUUAAUUCAUUGGCCCCACAGACUUCUCCAUCAAUUCAAGUGGCGGGUGGAAACAAAGAUCUAAUGCAUAGAAAGGGGACGAGUUUGGAGGAACUCGGUAUGCCUCUCUUAUCAAUUAUCACACGUUUUAAAUGAGAGCCAGCUCCCACUUUGAGAAUCCUGGAUUUAGGCUGACAUAUUCACCUUCCAUGAAGGCUAAUAGUUCAACAAUUAACUACCUAUAUAUAAUGUUAGAUGAAAUAUGCAUCAAGGUUAACAGUUUGUAAAUAUGCUGUUCAGGUCUAGGUUUAAGAUUUUGAAAGCCAUUAGCCUUCCAAGUACGUAUAACAUGGUACUUAAUACCUGUUCUGUGUUCUACGAUAUCAUAUUCUUGACAGUAACAAAUGGCUUGAAUAGACUUUAAACUAUAAAAAUAUGCAGAAGUUUGUGUAAUAAAUGCAUCUUUUUUAAAAGAUGGUUUUUGUAGAUUAACACAUCCUCUUGUAUUAUUAAAAUGUAAGACAUAGCAAUUGUGCGCACAAGUCAUUGUAGAAUAAACCAUUACUUUAUUUACUUGGAA